UCUGGUUUAUUUUUUAAUCUUUUAUUAAGAUACAGCUCAAGAAAUCUGUCUGUAUCAGCCAAAAUCAAGAUGUUCCUUUUCAUUAUACAUGUAUACUCUUGCUAUGACAUCGCAUUACCACAUUAACCAGAAAGAAAGACGAAAAUUGAGCGUUUGUACAACAUUUAUACAAGAGAAAGACUGGAAGACACCAGCUAAGCUUCGGUUCAGGCCAGCUAUAGCUCCAUAUGGUAAUGAAAAUAUACCCCUGAUUGGCAGGAUCAUCUUCCACAGCUUUUAACAGCAGGGACAUGACUGAUAUGGCCUGUCAUUAAAUAGUGUGCACCCCGAAUCUAAAAAUACACACCAUCGCACCAAUGAGGUCAUACACUUAGAAAGAAGGAGAGAGAGAGAGAGAGAGAGGCAGGCUAUGAUUAUAGGCUUUUGUCACAGGAAAGAAACGGUUAUUUGUCAGCAGCAUGUCAGAAGAGGCCACAAAAGAAAUCAACGCUCUGACCAGCCAGAGACCGAGCCUUAUGUCACUCUUUUCCCAAACCCAUUUCAUUAUUAGUGAAUGAGGAAACUGCCAUGUGUUAUUGGUAGAUUGAAUUUUGUCAUAAAGCAGAAAUGAUAGGGUCCUCGAACAAAAUAGUGAGACCUUAACUCAGUGAAGUCUGCAUGUCUUGUUGACUGAUUUGGAUAAACACACAGGAAUAAAGAGAUCAGGAACUUUAUAUCAAGUUAAAUUUUCAGUUCUGACUGCAAAAUCUGCAUGUUUCUGUAUGAACCUGGUAGUCUUUUGUGGCAAAUCUGUGAAAUAAAACUAUAUCAAGAUCAUAAAACGUCAUGUAUUAUUCUUGGGUCAUGAUUAAAACUUUCUGUUAAGACUACACGGUCCUCAUGGUUCAGUGUAUCACACAGUGAAUGCCCACACUGCUUUGUGUUCACGUCGUACAUGAGUCAAUUAAAAGUAGGAGACCUCUGAACUGAGAUAAAGGGCAAUGUUCAAGAGUGGUUUAUAUGACUCCACAACAACGCCUGUGGUGCUCAGAUAAAGUUGUGUUUAUGGCUGUGGGACAUAAUAUCAGUUUGGAAGGAACACUGGGUUCACUGGCAUUCACUGGCACUGACAAGACUCCUGUCACUCAGGGCUGAGUCUCUUAUGUAACCCUUUGAGAUUCAACAUCCCUCCGGUGAAAGACGCAAAAUAAACACAGUCCUGAUGAGAGUUUUCAAAACACAAAAAAGUGUGUUUGUCAUGUCUGUAUAACGUAUCUGUGUCUGUUUAUUUGACAUUUGUGUGGAUUACAGUGAUUGAGAGGGAGAAUCUCAUGCUCUGAUAUGUCCAAAAGGUGGCAGUGUUGAGUUUUAUAAUGGUGCUCAGAGGCAUGAUGAGCUUCCUCAGUCCAGCUUUAUGCUUUUUGUCAACGGACCCUGAACUAACCACUCAACACUAAUAAUGGCACUUGUUUAUAAUAUAGUAAUGACUGUAAAACAAGGAUACCUGAUACUACCAUCACUAAGUUGAAGUAUGUUUUUAAGGCAAUGACAACAUAUUGUAUAAAUGUAUGAGAAUAAAUUUAAAAGAGCUGAAAUAAGAUACAAAAUGAUGAAGUCUAUAAGCAAACAUUGGGGUUCUUAUUUAUUUUAAAACAUCUAUUAUGAUGCACUUUGUAGAGAUUUGAAAACUCAGAAGUAACACUAUCUAUCUAUCUAUCUAUCUAUCUAUCUAUCUAUCUAUCUAUCUAAACGUAUUCUUGGAUAAAUGCUCCGUUGUUCAUGGAUUUGCAGCAUGCACGCUUCACUUCUCUCCACUUCUCCGUCUGAAUAGAUUUAAUACAUUCAUAAUAUAAAUCAUAGCUCUUUCAAUAAACAAUGGCUUGUGUUUUGCUUUUAGCAGACUAAGAGUUAAGAGUCCCUGUCCCAGCUGACAGUCAGCUGAUGGCCUUUGACAGUUGAGAAAAGUUUUGUUUCUCUGGGCCACUAAUAUGUUAAUUAGCUCUCGGAGUGUGCGACCCUAUUGGCUCUUCGUCCGAGUCAAUUUGCAGUUGCAGCCUGACGUCAGGGCGGCUACAACGCUUAAACUCUUCUGCUGUGUGAUCCCUCUAAAAAAUCGCCCCACCACCAGUCAGCGGCUUCUAACGUGCAGGCUGCAUUCACUCCCUUACUUUCGGCUCUUCUCCCUCUCCGCGUGCGCAAUGCAUUCAUGAGGAAACCGUAAAGUGUUAAAUGUUUGAAAUCCAAAACCGCCGAAUUCACAUGCUGAAAAAGGACUCCGCUACUCGUGCGCGCGGCACUGCUGUGUCUGUGCAAUAGACUCUCUGCAAAGAAAAACUCCUCUCACACGCCUGCAAGAAGGACGCUGAAAAGCUCAUUUUUCACUUUCAAGACAAACGCUCAAAAAUCAAACUGGCUCACGUUCUUCACAACCAACCCAGUUUGACAGCUGCGCUUCACCCCGUUUGGAGGACUGUCAGCAGCAAGAGGAUGGCAUCAGAGCUGGCAAUGAGCAACUCCGACCUGCCCACCAGUCCCCUGGCCAUGGAAUAUGUUAAUGACUUCGAUCUGAUGAAGUUUGAAGUGAAAAAGGAGCCGGUGGAGCCCGAUCGCAACAUCAGCCAGUGCAGUCGCCUUAUCGCCGGGGGAUCCUUGUCUUCCACCCCGAUGAGCACGCCGUGCAGCUCGGUGCCCCCUUCCCCCAGCUUCUCGGCGCCCAGUCCGGGCUCGGGGAGCGAGCAGAAGACACACAUAGAGGAUUUCUACUGGAUGUCCGGUUACCAACAGCAGUUGAAUCCAGAGGCGCUGGGCUUCAGCCCCGAAGACGCAGUCGAGGCGCUGAUCAACAGCAGUCAUCAGCUCCAGUCCUUCGAUGGCUAUACCAGGGGCCAGCAGUUUGCUGGGGCAGCCGGAGCAGGAGGCGCCAUGGCCGGGGAGGAGAUGGGGUCCGCCGCGGCGGUAGUGUCUGCAGUCAUCGCUGCGGCAGCCGCUCAGAACGGAGGGCAGCACCACCACCACCACCAUCACCACCACAGCGGCAGCCACCACCAGGCGCAGGGCGUCCAGUCCAACGGCACCUCGGGGACAAUUCACCAACACAUGCGCCUGGAUGAUCGGUUUUCAGACGAGCAGCUGGUCACCAUGUCCGUGCGUGAGCUCAACCGGCAGCUACGGGGGGUCAGCAAGGAAGAAGUGAUCCGGUUGAAACAGAAGAGGAGGACCCUAAAGAACAGAGGCUACGCGCAGUCCUGCCGGUACAAGCGGGUCCAGCAGAGGCACGUCCUGGAGGGGGAGAAGACGCAACUCAUCCAGCAGGUCGACCACCUAAAGCAGGAGAUCUCCAGGCUGGUCCGGGAGAGGGACGCGUACAAAGAAAAGUAUGAGAAGCUCAUCAGCAACGGCUUCAGAGAAAAUGGAUCCAGCAGCGACAACAACCCCUCAUCCCCGGAGUUUUUCAUGUGAGUCUCCACAUUACCGCGUGAAAAAGAAUAUCAGAUGAGUUACUCACAGCUUAAAAAGUUUUCAUUAUCAAACUUUUUUUUUUUCAUUUGGCUGAAACGCCUAGACCAAGAACUAAUUUAUCAACUUUUUUUGAUUUUUUUUUUCUCCUUUUUUCAUUUUAUACAUUUUUAUUCAAACUAGAGUUCACUCAUGUCUGCGGCUCUUUUUUAGAUUUGGAGGGUUUAGUCGUUCGUGUUUUAAAUUUUGGAGAAGCUUAUUCAGAAACCUCUCAUCUAUUUUUUUUUCUAUCAUAAACAGUAUAUUCAGCUUACCCAGUUUGUCGACAUUUUUCAUCGUUGUUUAUCAGACUUGCAGUGUUUGAGUAAAAUAUGAUUUUUUUUUUUUAAAGUUGAUCCAACUUUAUGCCGCAGUACAAAGAGUGCAUGCACGCACCAAGUAGCCUAUAAAGUUCAUCAACUUGGCCUUUUUCAUCAUUUUUCUUUGAACUCAGUGUACAGAUUCCUGUCAGGCCUGCAUCCAUCGACAGUAUGUUUUUGGUCUUUUAUUACUUUUUUUUUGUCUGCCAAACUUGGAGGACUGCGAGCCCGCCGUUUGACGCCACCUCAUCUCAUGCGUUUGCUUGUUAUUGUGUUGAGCAACGAAAAGACUUGAUUCAUCACAAACUAUUCAUUGUUUUUACAGAGAUUUGUUAUUGAACUGUACCUGCAUGCUGGACAUGUAUGGUUUCUUUUUUUUUUUUCCUUUUUUUGUGCUUGAAGAUGUCCUUUUUUUGUCGGAUGACUCCAGCAUGGCAUUCAUACUUCAUUUAUGGCCUCCUCACUUUUUUGGGACAGCAACAAAAAAGUGACAGGACUUCCCACCUCCCCCUACACCACCUUGUAAUCUAUACAAGUGCGUUUCAGCUGUGUUGAAGUGCACCACCAUCGGCUGUCAUUAGGCUGCAGUGAAUGCGCAAUGCAUUCCUGCUGCUGGAGGUGGAUCGGUGGGGGGGGAAAAAAGACUUAAAGGAAAUGACAGAGCCCUGUCCUGGAAGUUAAUUUGUUGCUUAAAGCUUAUAUUGUUAUUUAAAGAUAUUCCACUCCGCAUUUUUCAACCAUUUUCAAAGCGUAAUUUAAGUUUUAUAAUCCAAGUUGCAAAAGAUAAGGUGCCACAGGUUGGAGCUUAUAGAUGACUAGUCUAAUAAUUAUUGCUGAGAUUACUGCAAAGAAGUGUUUUAUUUUAACUUUGGUUUAGAGGAAUUGGCUCGGCUCCAGUUUACACAGAGAGCAGUAUUGUGCAGUGCUUUAACAGCGCUUUUGCAGCAUGUGCUUCAGACACAAGUGUGACAGCUCCAUUGGAUACUAUAUUAUAAAAGAAGAAAAAAGUAUUGUUGGACUUAAUAAUCCCUCAGAUGAAGUGAAGAAUAAAUUGCCAUGCUUUUUGAAACGUGUCUUCAACGAGCUGACGUCUUUUGGACUGAGAUGCACUAAAAAAAAAAGAUCACCGCCUGUAUUCAUGUGGAGGAAAGUUCAAUCUAAAGAAGUUACGAGCUUUUCGUAACAUUUUGAUACUUUAUCAGUUCAGGAGAGACUGUUGUUUUGUCUUAAACGAACUCAAUAUUUGCGAAGCAAUAACAAAUAUUAUAAUCGAUAAUGUCUGGACAUUGUUAGAUGAUCAGGGAUUGACACCCUGCAUGUACAAAAUGAGGGAGUUUCAUUCGCCAUUAAAUCGUGAGACUAUGUUAAUUAAUCUUCCUUCUUCUAUAUAGUAUAUUAUAUAUAUUUUGCUGUGCAAAAUUAUUUCACUCACUAACCAUAUGUGAUGUUCAUAUGUGCUCGUUCUUUUUUCAUUUCAUACAAUUAAAUGAUAUGCAAUAAAUGUAUGUAAUUGUCCUCAACAUGCUUCUCACUUUUCUUUUGACGUGUCCUGACAGUUUUUGUGUUUGGAGUAAAAAUGAAUCCAGAAUCAAGACAUGAUGCAGAUUUCUCCACAGCUCAUAUUUAAACACUGGUUUUAUUCGCUGCUGUCGAUCUUUUUCAUGAUAUUUCCGCCAACAUAAAAUAAAUGACGGGUCACGCUGAGCGAAGCAGAAACAACACUUUUAUUUUGAAGAAACAGCGCACAGGUUUAGGCACUUUAGUACCAACAUGUAUGGGGGGUGACACAGGUCCGUUGUCACAGAUAAUGAACCACAAUGAAAGAUUUAGACACGCAGUGGACUACAUUUGACUGCACUUCAGCUCACACACUCGAUUAUAUUUCCCCUAAAACUUCCAAAUUAAGAGUUUAUGAACUAAUAUCUUACUUGUUAUCAUUUCUAUGUCAAUAUUUCCUCUUCAUUUCCAUUCAAUUUUUCUUUACAAUCACAUAAUUCUAUAUUCUGUCAUAACAUAGUGUGUGUUUCUUACUUGAAUUUUCUGAAGCAUGAAUUACAUCCUCAUUUGUGGUUAUAUGAGCCCAUUCUGAGUGGUAUAAUUACAUCCUGUUAAUUUUACUGUCUGACAUGACCUGAGAUCAGUGAGUGUGACAGGCUCUCUCUCUCUCUCUCUCUCUGAGUAUAUGUGUGUGCUUUAGUGUGUUCACCUGCAUCUCUUGUGUGUUUGUGAACUUAAAUGAGUGUUAAUGUGAAAGUGUGCACAUGUGCUUUCUCUUUAUUUCCUCUAUGUGAGGAUGUCAUCUCUAUUCAAAUUUCUUCUCGUUCUGCACGCUGUAAAUUUGCACCCUCUGCUUUCUCUUUCAUAUUUCCUCCUUCCUGAUCUGUGUGUUCAGUUUGUUCAUUAUUUGCAUCUGUGUUUUUUUUUCCAGACACCGCAUGCUCUCUGUCUUUAGCCUGUCAUUGUUUUUGCUUUCCUUGUUUCACCCUGUGUUAUCCUGUUUGCUAGAGUGCCUGCAUGUUGGUCUGGAGCGGUCGUGCCCUCAGAAAAUGAGGGUUCAGAGAGGACACAGUCAUGUCAGGCAUGUGAGUGGGCGCUGGAGAAGGUGCCAAUGUAAGUCAGCCACUGCGGUGGGCAGAGUGGCUCAGCGCCGCUGCUGUUCCAAAUCCUGCAUUACGCUUGGUGUUUAGACAUCUCAUUUGAACCGCUUUCUGCAGGACUUUAGCUCUGCACUGGUGCCCCAGCUGAAAAGGCCACUUGUCUGAAACAGGAGAGAAAGUAUUUUUUUAAGUUCCAGGACAAGAAAAAGGCAUGCGGGCAUCUUGUUUCACUGUUCCAGGACAAUUUGUUUGUUGAAACAGGAAGAGGAAUGUGCCAAAAUACACUAAGACGAAGGUUUCUGAGGACAGCUUCAGUCUGGAUCUGUCAGCUUUUCUGCAACUCAGCUGUGAGCAGAGGAUGUUCACAAAGGGCACCUUUCAUAAAAUCCAACCACACUGUUAUGGUCUUAACACCAAAUGAUCAACUGUUUUCUUUACUAUGAGCAGAAGUAUUUAGAGUGUUGAAAUUAUAACUUCUUAAAUUUACAAAAAAAGCCAUCUUUUGCACCAUCUGCCAUGAUGAUGGGCUACACAGCUUAUCCAAGAAAAAGGAAAAAAAAAAAAAGAAGAAAAGCGAGCAGCUUUAACCCAGCACUUGUUCUGGCUCAGUUCUGUGUGAUUUCCUCAGAGGUGCUGCUGCUGCUGUGGUGGCUGAUUUGCCCAGAGUGAGGGGAGAGACUGAGACAAUAGUCGGGCUCGGGCUGAAUUAAAUGAUUUUGCAGAUGAUUAAUAGUGGUGUGGGCCGCUGGCUCCUGCGAUGUAGAGAUGAUAAAUCGUGAGUACGGCUCCGUGCAGCUGUGCCAGUGUUGGGUCUUAGCAUGCACACACCAUGCAAUUUACAGCCAAGCCGCUCUCUUUCUUCCUCAAUUUAUCUAAUUACCUCGAUUUGAUCUGAGCAGCAGUGCGGCUUUAUUUUGAUAUUCCACAUUAACCACAACAAUGAAUUGAAUCACUUCAGGGAGGAUAAUUGUUUGCUUUGCCUCCUUAAAAGAAAAUGUUUCACUUGCCAUUUCAAAGAGGAAACAUUUUUCUUCUUUAUUUAAGAGCCAGGCUUCCCUGCUCCUCAGGCCGUGAGUUUGUGUCCUGGCUUUUCUGAUGUGGCGUGUAAGAAGUGAACACUUGUUUUCUUUGUAAAGCUGUUAGACUCUUGAACAUGUUUAUUUGCAUAGUUUCCUCCCUGGGUUGGAUCAGUUAGACCUCUUAUGGCCAUGCCCUAGAACUAAAAGCAUGCCAUGCACUGCUAGAGAAGAAACCACACACAGCAGACUUGGUGCAUGAGCACACAGACAAAUCUGACAUGGCCCUGGCUGCACAGAUCUGGCUCAGCCUCUUUGUUUCACAGCGUGGUGUGUGCAUCGUGUUCCUCUGUUUCAGGCAUUUAUAAGACUCCAGUUCAGUCUACAAGCUAAACGAUGUUUGCGUGAAGACAGAUCUAAUUUGCAAAAGAUGUUUCCACUAUUUCUGUGGCACCAGUGUGCAAUGGUUAUGUAAGUGAUAAAUCUAUCGAUUUUCCAAUGAUGCACUCGUGUGGAACGUUGGAGCUAUGCGGCCUGACAGCGUAAGACGAUGUUCACUCAAGUAUCAGCUCCCCAUUUGACAGAGCCUGAAUAAGAGCUGGAUGAGAGUCUGACUGUUCGCAGACCAGACUUUACAAAGAGUUAAAGAAGGAGCCUCAGUGCAUUUGUUGCUCUGUUUGUGUGUGAUUCUGCAUCUCUUGACCCACAACACCCGCUGUGUGAGGUUGAUUAGUGCUUGUGUGUGUAAUAUGUGUUUCUGCAUGUCUAAAUGUUAAAGUGUGUGUUCCUGUGUGUGUCUUGUUGUCUUUUGGGGAGGAGGAUGAGCAGAGGUCAGAAGUUAGAGCAGCUCUCAAAGUCAUUAGAGUAAUCCUUGCCCUGGGGAGCUCACGCUCAUUUCCUCUGCCCAGAACCCUCUGAAUGAGAUGUACAUGCACAUCCGACGUGGUGCACUACACACACUGAAUUUAAGACCGCUCACUGCUGCCAUUGUUGUGCCCAUUUCCUGUAUUUGAUCACUGUUUUAGAAAGUUCUCAGCUUACUCGACUUACUUAGUUCCCUAAAUUUCUUGGGGUUUUAACAAAUCGAAUACCUUUUGUGCAAAAUGGACUUUAACAGACUUAUCCUUUCACUCUCUGAGUGUGGAGCUGUUUUAUUUAGUAGAAAAUGAGUUUAAGGACAAGCAGCAAAAGUUUGUGUUGGUCUCUGCCUAAAGAAAAAUAGGCCGGUGUUGAAUAAGUGUAAAGAAAAUAAAAAAUAAGCGAGCAUCUGCAAUGAUUUAACCACUCAUAGUAAUAAUAACAGCUAUUGUGUGGUUGUGUUUGUGGCGGCCACGAUGAUCACAGCCUGCAGUUAUUUUUGCCUCUCACACUCAUGUCAUUCACGGCUUUUAUUGUGUGGGCUGCAAAGACACAACAAAAGAACUUGUGGCCCCUGAAAGCUAAACUCUAUUAAAUACCCACUGAGUCACUUAAAAGGCACUUUCAAAGCCAGUUUAUAUUCAGACUUAAAAAAAAAAAAAAAACAAGUAUUAAUCAUUUGUUAAAUGAUCUCAGAAAUGGUUAACUGUUACCUCUUCUGCAAAAACACAACUUUAAAUAAUAAAAUAAUCAGCUAGUGUAGAUGGAUUUUAGUGUAUACAUCCUGUAUGCAAAAAAACAAUGAUGAUUUGUGCAUUAGCUGCUAAAAAAACGCAGACAGAAGACUCACUGAAUGUGCAGGGGGAGAGCAAUAACAGUGGAAAGGUGUCUCAGCACAACCAGGUGGCAUCCACAUCUGUGAAUGCUCUGUCUGUCCAGGUUCAUAGCCGAUUCAGAUAAAAAAAAAAAAACACCCUCUUCUCACUUUACAGAGCACAUGAGAGGUUGAGUACAGAAACACUCGGUGCAGCAGAAUGAAACAGACAUCAGGGAUCAAUUAAGUAGCUUAUUUUAUCAGAGUACGCUCUGCUCUUUCUAUACGUUUCCUUCGUUCUUUGUGGCAGAAAGUCACGGCGUGCUUCAAAUAGACAUUAAGCGGAUACGCGCCGUGUCAUUAGAGAGUUGUCCUUGAAAGACUGGCUGCAGGUUAUGUUGGUAAUGAGGUGGUCGGGACUUGCUGGGGUAAUUUUAUAUGACUGUAAAUGGACCCAAACCAAGAGCCCGUGACUUAAAUAAAUGCAACACCAUCUCUCAGAAGUCCCACUGCACGAAAGGUGACAGAGUCGAAAAGAGAAAUAUGAAAGGGAUUAUGAUCUUUCAAAGCAGCAUACAGUUUUCAAAAUCCUAAAAAGCUGAAACGUCAUGAAAUCAGCAUUUUCAUUCAUUAGUCUUGCACUUUAUGUUGUACCUCUCCAGCUAGAGGUGAAGAGCGUGUUGAUCGUUAUUGAAUAUUCAGCGACAGUAAAGUAAUACAUACAUGAAUGAGGAUAAAGUGAAGCGCAGGAACAAUGAGUUUAAGCUUAUUCUUGCAUAAACUGUGAUUCCCUUCCUCAUGUUUUCUCUUCUGCAUUUUAAAAAAUGAGCAGAAAAACAACAACGAUGACAGAGAGCUGUAAAAUUACAAGAAACUUGCACCUUCAAAUGCAAUAUACAUCAUAUGUACAUAGUCACUGUUGUGCCUAUUCAGCUUAACCUCUCCAGGGCCUUUUUAAAAUCUUUUCCCCAACAUUUUGCAGUAGUCGUCACUUUCAGCGCAGUGCAGAAAGUUCUAAAAAUGUCUUAAAACUCAAGCUGUCUUAACUCUGAGGGAGUUUAUAGUCGAUGCUGUUUCCCCUGCAGGUUCUGUUCGGUUGAGCUCAGUUAUUUGACAUUUUCCGAGAGGCUAAAGGUUUAAGAUGUUGUCAAGUGCACAGGGCUUGUGGCGCUAAGAGCUAACUUGUUCAGCUACAUUACAGAGGAAACAUAAAAACCCUGCUUUUGUCUGUUUUCUGAGCAGAGGUAAUGAAAGCGUCUGUCAUGUGUUUGCAGCAAGGCAAGACAUUCCCAUCUCCUCCUGUUUAUUUGCCUGCAUGAUAAAUCUCCUCCCUUUUACAACAAUUAAUUGUGUGUUUUAAUGAAACCAGCAGGAGUAAUGGCCUCACCAUAAAACUAUUUUGCCUUUUCUGUGCCACAGCGCUCUGUAUGCUUAGAUACUUAAGUUUUGUCUCUUGUGGUUACAGUGUUUUGAUGCAUGGCUUCUGCCUGUAGAAUCUAUUUGCAUGCAAAUUUUUACAUUUCCCUGCGCAUCAAAUGCUUACUAUGAUACAUGUAGUGUUUCGGCAGACAGACAAGGUGAGAGUGAAUCUCGCUCUGAAUGAAUCUCCUUGUUUCUUUGUGAUUGUUUGUGCUCAUCCGUGUGUGUGUGUGUGUGUGAGAGUGUGUGUGUGUGUGUGUGUCAGGGUGGCAGAGAGCGACACACACAAUAAAAGGAACAAAGACGGAAGAGAAUAAAAAAGCAUGUGUAUUUGCAUUGAUAUUCAUUUAUCUUUUCUUAUGUGUUUUGUUCAAUCUUAUCUGCUCUUCCAGGUCGUCGAGAAAAUUCCUCCAUCUGUGAUUUCCAGCCCCGUUCCUCCGUGCCCUUGGUUCUCUGAGGUAAAACACUUCAGUCUUGAUCUUUCUCUCUCUGUCUUUUUUUGUGCAUCUGCCUCCCUUUGUAAAUUUAACUUCAUAUCAAGGAGGGAAGUCUGCUUUGUAAAACAAGUCCACAAAAGACUAGCUCCAAAAAAAGCUGUCAAAGUUAAUCCAAAUAUAAAACACAAUCACUGAUGAUGUUGUUUUGAUUUUACAAUGAUAUCCCUACACAAUGAAAUCCAGUUUAAUUAUUCAUUAAUAUAAGACUCUCAUAUUAAAUAGAGUGGAUACAGUCACCACAUAUAACAGUGAGAGUUUUAUAGCUGCUGCAGGCUUCCAUAAUGGAAACAUAAUGUACCACGGUUUGUCAAUUCCUAUUCAUAUGCUAAAGAGCACACACCUUCUUUAUGUUGUCAAUAUCUCUCUCCAUCAAAUCUCUCUCUAUCGCCUCAAUGCUGCAACUUUGCAGAGUAUUGUGAGCAUUUAAAAUAGUAUUUCACUCACACGCAUGAAUGUGACAGUGUUCUCACUCAUAUGCGUCAACAGCACAACCAGCCGAUAACGUCCUCUUAUUCAGAUGUAAAUUGCGUGUUUAGAUUUUUCAUGAAAAAAGGUGUGGGGAGUGUUUGAGAGCAAGAGACAGAGUGAUGAAUACUCAGACAGAGAGGUAGACGAGCAGCAUAUUCAGUUUAUGCAUACACAUGUUGUUAAUUUGUGUAUUCCUGUUAUGAUUUGAAAUUAAAGAGAGAGAAUAUCUGAGCUUGGGGUCGUGAUAUCCCACCUCAGCGAAGCUGUAUGCACCUGUGCGUGUGUGUGUUGUGUUUGUAUAUAGUGUUAUUUACUUGAUGUGUCUAAGUGAGGAGUGGGAUCAGUAGCUGGCCUUUCUCCAGCUCCACUUAACUUCAGGAUGGGACGCAGGACAAAAGCCAUCAGGGAAGACAAGGACAAAUCAUCUUUAGAUGAAGUGUUUUAAGUGCUCCGAUUCUCCUCCCACGUCAUCACUGUGAAUUAGGUGCCCUCUGCUCCACGCCGAGGGGUGUGGAAUAUAAACAAUGCCAAGAACGGAUGUUAAACGAAUGAAAGUGGAAAACCAUGAGGGUGUCUAUCUUAGUCAGCCUCAUAAAUCUCCGUUCCCCUCGCCGCGCCGCUGCGCUAUAUACUGAUGCCCGGGUCUGACAACCUGCCAGCCCAGCUUAUAGGGGCUGUGUGCUGCAUGCUGUGGUCUAGUCUGGUCCAUCCUCUUCUUAGCCGUUGCAACUAAGGCAGAGCCAUGUCUUUGUUUUAUGCAAAUCCAUGCAUAUGAGAAAAGGGGGGAGGGCGAUGAGCAGUCUGGCCACGUAGCUCCAGGAGGACAGGCUGAGUGAUGGAGACGGAGAGCCAGGUCUCAGUGUCCUUGCCUGGGGAAAGAGUGUCCUGACUCCGGCCAGCACUGCCUGCACACCACCUGAAAACUAUGCAGCGUACACACACCCCGAAAAGCUUUUUCCCAGGAACACGUGUAUUUACACUGCGAGGAAGUUGAGUUGGGAGCAGAUAAAGAGAGGUUAACUCUGGUAUGAGACUGCAAGUCUCACCUGUGACUUGAAUGUAUGUGUAUGUGCAGCAAAGGCAAGCACACCUCAGGGGUCCUCCACACAAUGAGACACAGGAGUUCAGAGCCCAGCAGGGAGCUGAAGGACCCAGAAUAUGCUGACAAAGAUAAAACAGCAGGUGUAUGUGUACUGUAAGUGUGGGAAACAGAGCUGAGUGUAAAUAUAGAUUGGGGAAGCUGGCUUGUGUGUGUUUUUCUGAGUAUUUGUAUGUGUUUGUGAUCAUAUCAGUACACUUUUGCAGGUAUAGGCAAGGCCCCUCAACAUACACAGCGUGAUGGAAACUUGCUGAAAAGUGUCACCCAUAUACACCACAGCUCGUCACAAUAGUCUGUUUCUCAGAAGCAUCGUUUGCUUCCUUAUAUCAGCUCAGUUUAUCUGCGCAGUAAAUUACCUCUUCAGAUCGUCUUCUAAAUAGAUUUGCUCCCACAUCCUCUCUCGCUCAACCCUCCUAGGACCUGCGUGCUAACAGUGACGGUUGGCUGGUCGGAGGCUCUUCUAUCACAUGGAGCUCUAUUUCUGGGUGCCAGGAUGUUGGUCUCAGUCGUGGAGGGCAGAUGAAAUCGAUCCAGAUUGACCUGUCAUGUGGAGGAGAAAAUGAAUGAGAUAGAGGGGGGUUGCAGAGGCCAAAGAGAGAAGAAGUACAAAAACAACCUCCCGCUUCAUAUGGGUCAAAAGUCGGGGGAUGAUUUAUUCAAGACUGGGUGUUACCCCUCCUCCUCCUCCUCCUCCUCCUUCUCCUCCUCCUCCUUCUUCUCCCUGCUCCACCUGCCUCUGAAAGGAGUGAGAAACUGGAGACUGCUCAGGAGGAGCUGACUAAAUUUAGCCUGGGUGACCAAAGACACUGUGGUCUAACUUUAAAGUUAAAAAUACAGAUAUCCAUGUACAGUGAGAUGGACAACAAGCACCAGUUUGUCAGCUUGAUCCCAAACAGACUGAAGAAAGAGUACAGAGAGGCGGGCAGCUCAUUCAUUCAUGCAAUCUGAUUAUUUUAUUCUACACCAAUACUAAAAGAUUCAGGUUUAAACCACAACAAUAAGACAAGAAUCUUUUUUUUUCCCCCUCUGACUGUCAUGAUGUUUUUCUUUCAAAAAGGACAAACAAACAAAUAAUCAGAGUGGAAGAUUUAUGGCUGCGUUUGUCUGUGAAGUGGGACUAGAUUUAGCUCAGUGUGUUGGGCAGAGCUCCACUUUGCUAAUUAUUUUCCUGUGGCAGAGUUCUCAGCAUGGCGCUCCUCUCUCGCUCUGAGGAGAGAGGCUCAGCGGUAAGUGCUUAGUCAGCCCUGCUCGGGGUGUGAGAUACUGAGAGUCUCUGGUGGACUGUGGAUGGGUGGGAAGGUGGAGCAGCAAUGGACCGAGCUUUUACAACUAGUGAUGACUCAAUAGCUUUAUUUCCUUAGCCAGAAAAACAAGUUUCAAUCCAUUACGUGUCCAGACUAUCACAGUCUCAAGGUGGCAGUUGGCGUAUUGGACGUGACCCAACCUAACUUGUGGCUGAUCUAGCAGGAGGUGAAGAGGUGGAGUUGGAUCGUAGUCCUAAAUGAGCUUUAUAAAGCAAAAUGUGUAACUUUAAUUCCUUCAAAAUGAAUAAGAUAUAAAAGAAUUCACCACUGUGUAGUGUUGAUGGAUGAAUAUGGCACUCAGACCAAAACCUUUUCCCAACCUGGCUUCAAACAUGUUUAUUCCUGCAGUAGAAGUGGUCAUUUCAACAUGAGAGUGAAUGGAACUUCCUGGGCUUUUGAAGUCAGCCUUGAGUGGACGCACAAAGAGCUGAUGUUUUUAGGAGUUCCCAUGAUUCAUUUUUCGACAUCAGAGGUUACCGCUUGCCUACAGCACACCCAUCUGUUAGCCAAAUAAGCCCCUUCCCUGAUCAUGCCUGGUUGAACACAACUCAGAACAGAUCAUCAUUGAUAAGGAAUUUUAAAAGCAGCAGAUUAACUUGUUACAAAGGAGUUAGGUGUUUUAUUCUUCUGUAACUAUAUGGACAUCUUAAGGUGUUGUCAGCUUUUGAGGCACAUCACGAGAAGACACUUAAAACCCUCAGCUUAAAGGAAGUGUGAGGAGCUUUCGUUUUUGUGUCAACUUUGGCGCCCCCUGUGGACAAAGCAGUCUUUGCUCACCAUGUCCUUUACAUGCUUGAAUAGUGACUCUUACCCCUGAUUUCCACCGCAUCUGGAACGGCUGCGGAAAGGCUGUAUGCGCCAAUCGCAGCUGAUUGUUUCCAUUGAAGUUAAUGCAUCAAUUUCCACCCGUUUCUUUCCGUCCUGCUGCAGACACAAUCUACUGCUUAUAUGGUUAUGUGGCUGUCUUCAAAGAGACACCUCGUUAUUGCGCGAUUGCAUGUGAAUCCAUGGGUUCUUAUGAGUUCGCAAUUCCUGCUGUCUGAAAUCCGCCACAAAAUUCCCCUCACAAACGCGUCCAGUAGGAAUUGGCGUACAGUAAAAAUCGCUGCCUUUAUGGAUGCAGUGGAAACUGGGGGUUAGAACAUUAUUCCAUCUUGCUGACAUCUUACAGUUGAGUGUAUUGUUUAUCCUAAUACAUUGUUGUGUAAAUUGUAAAAACAGGGAUAUGUUUUCAGCUGCUUACCCCCUCUCAAGGGUUCUCGGCAUUGAAAUAAUAAAUACUGACAAAAUUAUUGCCAAUGGUUUUGUUUGCUUUUGUAUAUCAUUAAAAAAUAUCAGGAUGAGUUUCCAUUCAUUUCAUAACCAUCAACAAACUCCUCACAGUAACUGCCUAGUCUGAAACCAUUUUUGACAUUAGCACUAGCAAACAGAGGGCAAUCAUUUUAAAGCAUAUACUGUGACAGCCAUGACUGAAGAAGUUAAAAAAAAAAAACCUUUCAAGAGUUAAACAGUUAAAAGUAAAACAUUACAGAUUUAAACGAGUGCAACCUUGAAACCAAUUUCUGACUGAUUAAAUAUAUUACACAGGAUAUGUUUUGACCACAAGUAAUAAUGUAUAUAUAUAUAUAUAUAUAUAUAUAUAUAUAUAUAUAUAUAUAUAUUUUUUUUUUUUAAUUUUUUUUUUUCCAGCUCAAACUAGACUCAAGCUAGUUAGGACGAAGAGACUUAAAUGUAACUAAAAACUGGAAAGCAUGAUUGUCCCAAGACUAGGACUACAAAUACAACUAUAUCUAACAAAGCUGCCCAAACCUACACUGUUUUUAAGAAAUUUAGGAGGUUUUGUUCCAUUGGAGUCAUAUUAGAACAAAGCUUGACGUCUUAGGCACAGGUAAAAAAACUUCCUCAUCAUAUAAAUCCUCAAUAAUAUGACACAGUAUUGCUGUUGUUGAGCUGGUGGUUCUCUGUCAGACCGGAUGCCAUUUCAGAGGCCUAAAGGAGCCUGUCAUUGUAGCAAAUGCUGUUGUAAAAGUCUAUUAAGCUCCAGACUCUAUUCAUAAGCGAUUAGCACGGCGUGGCUAAAAAGGUAUAAACACAUCCUAAUUAGUUUCUAUUCUGUUUGAAUGCCUGUGCCGGUCCUUCACUCAUUCAGUCCUGAUCAUCCUGUCUGUUUCUCUCCUCUCUCUCUCUAUUUAUACACCAAUGUCAAACUUGUCUUUCUGUCUAUCUCUCCUGCUUUUCUUAGAGGGACAUGCAGCUCCUCCUCUUCUGUCUGCCCCGCUAUCCUCCAAAUGACUCUCCUCCUCCUUCUAAACAAACUUAGCUUCCUUCCCCUCGCCUCUGUUCCCGACGUCACCUUCCCUCCCCUCCAUCUUCCCCACCCCACUCCGCUGCCUCACACUGCACCUGCUUCCCUCUCGCUCCCUGCCUCCUCUCCAAACGUCACUUUCCCCCUUCCCUUCCUCCUCCUCCUUCUCCUCCUCCCCUCCUAUUCUCCUCCUCGUUAGCUUGAUGAAUGGCUUCACUGCAGGGAAAGUGCUGAUUUUCAUCCCUCUGUCUGAUUUCUGCUGGCUGUUAUUAAUUUCAAACACUCAGAGAAAAGCAAGUGAGUCAAUAAAUAAGGAAAUGAACACACUUCAUCCUGCCAUACAGCAGCUCUCGCAGUCAUUCACGUAGGAUAGCGGGUCCUCUGUGGAGGCCUAGUCUGCAUUUAUACUGAUAGAGUUCAGCUCCCCUCUUGAAUCAGAGCAUAUUUGUUGAGCCGAAAAUAAAAAAAAAGGUCCAGUCCGGCUGCAUCAUAUCAAAUGUUUCUGGAGUAUCUUGCUUUAGUCAGACAAACAGGACCAGAGGGAGACAGAGCGGCACAAAGUAAAUAGCUCUGAAGAGACCUGCAGUGUCCUCUCUCAUCUUUUAUCUUUCACACUCGUGCACCAUUUAAGAAAUGAAUACAGAGAGUGACAACAGGCAGAGAGAUAGAGUCCAUGCAGGGUGAAAGAGAGGCAAUGAGAAGCAGGAGCAGCACAGAGUUAUUGCUGCACAUUAAACGCUGCUGUCCGCACAGUGUGGCUCAGGCUCUAUGUCUAAGUGCACAUUACUUACAUUCCAGGCUUAAUGCAUUGUGCUUGUGCCCGUUAACAUCAAACACAGAUAGCCUCCCAGACAGUACUAUUCUAUAUUUUGUUUGCAGGCUGACAGAAACUCUUGCGCCAAAGUAUUUAUUCUUAACAUUAUGCGUUUAAUUGAACAUGACUGGAGUAUUUAAUCAAAACAAGAUCACCAUAAUGCAUGCACAGACACAGGCAUUAAAGCCUGAGAUAUCAUUACACUGUUUACCGAGUGAUAAGACAAACAGUCUGCACGGGCGUCCUCUUCAUACACACCCACAUGUCCUUAGUUGUGUUGUCUGCUGAGUGGUCCCCUCUUCUCAGACUAUUUUAUCAACAUUUUCUUUUUUUUUAUCACAAUAUAAUAUUCAUACUUCACAAAUGUAUAUCAACAGCAUAACUAAAGCUCCUGUGAGGAACAUUUCAGUUGUGUCGAUCAAAGAAAUCUUUGCUUAUCUUGUCUUCUACAUGAUUAAUUAGUUACUUUUGGGAAAAAAAAAUCUUAUCCUGCUGACUAUUUAUCAUCAAAUUUAUCAUUUAUUGUGGCUAUUAAAUUUUAAUAAAUAAAUAAAUUACAUUAUUUAUUCUGCUUGGUUGACAACUACCACUUCACAGCAGUUUCAGGCUGACAAAAUCAGGAUUAAAAAGUCAUCUGUCAUGUUGCUGACGGUCUUGCUUGCUUCCAGAUAUCAUGGAAAGGCGUCAACAUGAAUUUCAUUCUGUUUGAUCAACUCUUCACAGGAGCUUUAAACAUGUUUACAGCCUGGUUUAACUUUUAACUUUUUUGCAAGUAAUUAAUUUUGAUCAUCUUCGGGAAAAGAGUUUUUCAAAAAUGUACAUAGUUUGGGGAUUGGCAGAUUGUACUGUCUGGUGUGUGACAUGCAACUGUUAGCCCAGGGGUGCAGCAAGACUUUCAGACUGGGGUGCCUAAACUUGAGUGCUGAUUUAUGCAGAUGUGGCCUAUAAAUAACAGCCCAUAAUUAUCCUAUCAAUCUAGACAAGUCAAAUUAACUUGAGACCACAAACAUUUAUAUAUCUAACUAUUGUUACAUUUCCUGUUUGGAGUGUUUCAACUAUGAAUAGUGAAAAUAUUUAAACUUUAAAAGAGACUUUCAAGACUCAACAAGCAGUUUUCUGUUGAAGUCACAAUUCAAACUACCAAUGAAAGAAAAUGUGCUCCAUUCAAACACAAAGUCAGCUACUAGAAGCCUUUUGCAACACAGCCCCCAAAAAGUUGUUUUUAAAGUUAGGCCUGGUUUCUGCCUCUGCAUCAGACCCACGCUGUAGAUGCUUCUGUUGCCAUGAGCACUACAUGCUUCUGUGUUGGAGUGUCUGCCUCACUCUAAUGGCCUAUGGCCACCCACUGGAUCUGCCCCUGUGUAAACUGGGAGGCUUAAAGCCAGCCUCUCUUUGCCUGUGGUGAGAUUGAGUCAAUAAGGCUGCUGUUGGGCUUCAUAAUUCAUCAUUAAGAACUAAUGGAUAACAACACAGAGUUUACAUCUAUGUUUCACACAAACUAUGUUCUAGACAUACUCAAGUGUUUGGUUUAUGACAGAAGAAGACAAAAGAAAGCUAAAAACGAAAUAUCUGAAAAGAACCUUUUUAGACUUCAUGUACAAUGUUGUGUCCUUGCACAAAGGCAAAUUAUAAAUUUACACGGAUACAAAUGUACACAGCUGUAAAUACGCCAUUGAGUUUCUGUCAUUCCUCAUUUAAUCUAAAAACAAAUAAAACAACAUGAAAGCUGAAUGUCAAAAAAACUAAACCAUCGCUUUAUAGAGAGAGAGAGAGGAGAGAGAGAGAGAGAGGAGAGAGAGAGAGAGAGGAGAGAGAGAGAGAGGAGAGGAGAGGAGAGGAGAGGAGAGGAGAGGAGAGGAGAGGAGAGGAGAGGAGGGAGCUUGUGUUAGUAGUAGCUGCAGGCGUAGUGGAGCCUGUAUGUCUGCUUCAUGGCUCUGUGAGCGCAGACAUAACUAUUGUGUUUACAAGGCUGAGUUGCUCUUACUGUUAAAUUAUUGGGGUGGGGGUGCCUUAAAGGAGGAGGAACAGAGGGACCGGGAGGGGCGGGGGGAGUAAAUGUUUGUCCCGCUCUCUCAUAGUUCUGGCUAACCAGGCUCAAAGAAUGCUCUCUGCCUUUUAUAAUUACAGAGUUAGAGCAGUGUCACCCUCAGAGAGUACACGGCCUCAGAGACCUGACAGCAGGGGGGGGAGGGGUUAGGGCUGAGGAGCGGCACACUUCUGCAUGUAGAGAAGAGGCAGUUAAUGGUCAUGUGUCGUGAGGGAACUCUGACACAGGCACGCCACCCCAGACCGAGCCGCGAACUCAGUUGGUCACCUCGCUGUCGUGUUUUCUGUUGGCGUGGGAGGAUGUGUGACCCCUGGGAAAGAAUGUUGUGGUGAAGACAAAAACAGAAAUUAAGAGUCCUGGUUUUGCUCGCUCUUUCUCAGAACUGAGGAAACCAUCUUUUCUCUCUCUUGCACACACUCGCUCAUAAUCUUUCAGCCCUGCAACCCUUCCAGGUUUUUCCUCCUCUCUGCAACCUGGCCAUUUAAAGGAGAGCGAUGAGUUCACAGCUGAUAGUCUCUGGUUGCGAGGAGCGGAGAGCAGUGUAGGAUGACAUUAUCGGAAGCGGCUGCAUAUAGAUACAAAAAAAAAAAAAAAAUAGACACAAACAGAAAGAGAAUACUAUGGUGCACUUCUCUCAGUAUAAACGUCUGUCUGCUUGGAUUACAAUAAUGACCCCUGACAAACCAUAAUAAGACUCAUCUCUGUGGGCAGCAGCCAUGACCAAAGAAAAGAGCUCUGGGUUUACUUUCCAAUUAUAUUACAAUCUUCCAAAUGAGACUCGUGCUAACAAAAUAAAACACCAUCGGCCUCCUGAUGGGUCCUUAAACCAAUAGGUCAGGAGGAUACAAGCAAAUGCAUUUUAGCCGGUAUGCCACAGCUCCCAUUAGAGAGAGGGAUGUGGAAGGAGGGUGAUGGAGAGGGACAAAGCUCUCCCCUCCGUCCCUGCGGCUGAAGUGGAAUAGUUGUGGUGACGGGUUGUGACAGCUAAGGGAGCGAGGGAGCAGGAGGGGAGUAUCACUCCAAAAUCCCCAGGACGCGGAGAGGAGGGAAGAGUAAUUUAGGAUGAACGCUCUCUGUCAGGCUGCAUGUUUGUGUUGUCUUUCUCACUUUUAGACAUGCACACAGGACUGCACAAGGGCCACAACAACACACACAGACAAUAAGGCUUAAUUCAACGGAUGUCUACAGAAGAAACUGGGAUGGGCCUGUAUAUAUAAACUUAUAAAUCACAGUUACUCUUCUGUAUUUAUACACAUACAACAUAAUAAAUUCAAAUCGAUAAUGCUUUUAUUUUGACCUAAAAUAAAGUGGAUCAAUCAGAAGGUAUUUGCUGAAUUUUACAGUACAUUAAAUCUUGGUAAAUCUGUUCAGCAGUUACCAGUGAAACAUAAACCAAGUCAACUCAAAUAAAAUGAAUAAAUAAAUAAAAAUGCAAUGGACACAACCAACACAAGCACAUGAUUGAUUGUUUCAAAGAGCCUGUGCAUUUUCAGUCGCUGCAGCCUGUGGGACGGCAAAGUGUAUCUGUAAGUGAGAGCAGAGGAGAUACCCACCAAUGGGCUUCUGACUCAAACACUGUUCAGACUGACGUGAUAGCAGAUAUAGUCUUUUAAAUGUAGACAUAAGAGGUAAAGAACAAAAGGUGAGUAAAAACAGCAGCUCUUAUUAUUAUCUGUUGACUAUUGUUUUUUCAUGGCUGAUACUGAUACCAAUAACUUCAACUAAAGAGACUGUUAACAGUAAAAUGUACAGCUUUCUGUCAAGAUGCAGCAUUUUGAAUAUUACAAAACACUCACAGUACAGUUAUGUAGCAAGUGUGUGAUGUCUCGCCUGUCAGAUAGUGUUGUUGGCAGGAUAUUAGGUGAGACAAAUGGGGUCUAUCUGAAAUAAAAAGUUAGAUACCAGUGAUUGGCCAAAUGACGAACAUAGGCUUCCAUAAUUGGCUGAUUAUCGGUCUGCCACUAAUCAGUGCUGACAUGAGUGUUUCACGGAGCAUGUACAGAGACAAAGGCAGACACCUGGCCAGGUGUGGCCAAGAGUCAACAUUUGGAUACUUUGAGUGAGUGCAGUCCCACAGGCACAGGCUGUAUCUGCAGCCUGAGGGAAGUCACCAAAACUCCUCAAACAAGAAAUAACUGAGACAACAGUCUGGACUGAGAUUUGAGUUUCAGUUCAAUAUUCUGAAGUCUGUUUUGAUUUGUAAAGUUGGGGACUAAUAUCAUGUGAUCAUAGUACAUUUCAAAACAGAUUUGACUUGAUUUUAAAUGACCUUAGGCACAGCACUGAAACCAUGGCCUGGGGGAUGUGCUUUCCUGCAUGUACUUUACUCACUACUAGAGGAAAAAAGUCCGGCUAACUGGCCAUGAUCACUUCUUUUGCUGUGGUAUUCAUCCCAAUUUGGCAAACAUAUGUUCAUCAUCCUUGUUGACGUUAAUGUUUUCAUGAUCUCUGAGGGAUGUUUUGGCCCCACUAGGACUUCUUCUAUUUGGUCUGGAGUCUCUACAUUAUCACAACAAAUCAGCCAAUAAGUAUUAAUACUGUCUCCUUGGCUGGAUCCCAGGAUAGUGAGAAAUUAGACAUACAUCAAACACCUCUGCCAUCACAGAAAUCUCCACACAGGACUGUUACACCGCCUCUCAUUUCCUUCCUCCGUCUCUUGAUAGUAUCCCUAAUAGACCUCUCUCCCUGUGGCACACUGCUGUUGCAACAUUCACCUACUAUUGCUUUAAUGAGAUGUCUGCGCUGCCGUGUGUAUGUGUCGCAAUGAGCGUGUGUAUGUGUGUGUGUGUGUGCCUGAGAAAGAAAGAUGUUAGCGAUCCUUGUGGCCCUGUUUAUCUCCACCCUUGUGUUAGAGUAGAGGGAGGUCAGAGGCAGGGCUGCUUGUAUCCAUCUCCAUUCCCACGGCUGCUGUCUCACAGGCACAGUGGUCACAGGAGGAUGAAAAGACUAUGGAUUUUUUUUGUCUCCUCCUCCCUACACUCACCAGAGUAGGAAGAUUAGACAGAAGAUGAGCACAGCCUGCCCCAUUCAAAGCAGCUUUAAGCCCAACACUGGAGGCAUCUGACCCCAGCUCUCUGGUUCAUGGAGCACACAAGUGCACAUGGGACACACACACGCACACACACACACACAAAUCAGCUAAGGCGAGAUUUCUUGGUUCGUUUUUCUGGUUCAAAGCGUGGUCAUACAGUGCCUGGGUGUUAAACACUGAACCUUUGACCUCUGUGUAUUAACACACACACACUCACACACAGGAAACACAGGCAGAAACAAGCACUCCCCCUCCCUCACCAGAAGCCCUCAAUAGAGGCUGUUACUGCGUGAGUAUAAAAAGAUACCGGGGGGGAAACUUGACAGACAGAGGGGUGAGAGGAGUCAGGCGAAGAAGAGGAAGGGGCGGGAUGUUUGGAGACAAAAGAAAUUGAUGCGGGCAAAGAGAAGCAGCGAGAUAAAAUUCAAAGCUCUUCUGCUCUCACUGGCAAUUAAAAUAAUUUCUGUAUAAUUUGAGAAAGGCCUGAGCUGUCUUAUCAGUUUCCUGAUAAGCCUCCUCCUCCCCCUCUUCGUCGUCGUCCUCCUCCUCCUCUUCCACAGCCAGUCUGCAUGAGAGGCCCAUGACUGAAAAAUGACACAGUGUGCACUGAUAGCUGCAUCCUGUCAGCCUGAAUGCUCUUGCUUUUGCUUCUGCACACACCCUUAAGCAUUCAUGUGUUUGAACGCACAUGCCAUGCACACAUAGGGCCGUUCAACUGUGAGGAGUUGAUCUUUUUUUUUUUUUUUUACUUUUUCUGAACAAUAUUGGGCAUCAGUUGGCAAAUCACACUUCAUGUCAUAGCGGACUUGCUCAAAAACAUAAUUUUGCACCUUGAUCUGGAGUAAGUGUGAACUGUGUGGCCUGGAAAUGUAGAAAAAAAUGCACACACAAAAAGAAAAAAACAAAACAAAUCAUGAGAAUCAGAGCAAAAAAGGGUGAGAAAGCCAACUCUUGAAAAAAGUGUGGGUGAGCAACAAAGCCAAACCAAACAAAAAGUGAAACUUAAUUUUAUGAAGUCUCCCUUUACGAGGUUACUUGUGAACUAAAAAUAGCAACAGAUAAAAGAUUUAGUGGGCAUGCAUGAAACAACAAACAGCGCUGACGGGAAAGGUGAGGAAGGGAUCUUGCAUAUAUUGUGAACAGAUCUGAUGUAAAGGGAGUGUAUGUAUCGUAUUGUGGGAAUAGUGGGGGCAGACCUUUGCAGAACAGAGAGGCAUCAAGAAAGCGUCCUAUGUGUCCCAGCUUUUUAAAAGAUACAGUUAAACCGAGCAUCCCCUCGAGGUUUACUCAGUUCCUCAUGAACGGUCUCCAUGGUAUUGUUGGGGGUCAAACUGUUCACACUCUUCCGUUUGUUGGCUUGAGGUGACAACUGACUACAGACUUUCUGCUGCUUUACUUCGAACGACAGUGGCAGAAGUGGUCAGCUGUGGUUGUGGAGGAGUGUGUGAUGGGUAAUGGCGCAGUGAACGAUAAUGGAGGCGGGUUUGGUAUAGCAUUCAGUAGUGUGAACCAGUGGUCAGCUACUGUUUGUCACUCAGGGCUCCAAACUGCUUCCAUCAGCACAUGAGAGAGAGAUAAGAAUCAAGAGACCAAAAACAGAGAGAAAGAAAAGUGACACUUUCCAGCACUUUUUUUUUUUUUUUGGUAUGCAUGUAAAACCAAAAAUUCUUAAUCUCUAAAUAAUGCAUUUGUUUACCUGUGUGUGUCAUCGAGGUGUUACUGAGCAUAUGCAGAGCAAAGCGAGGUGGCAGCACGUCUGCGUCAUUUUGGAAGUUAGCUGGUCGUCAUGGACACACAGAGGGCGACGUUUCAGUGAACAGGAGGUGGGUGCAAUGACAUAAGCAGGCCGCAGCGUCCUUACUGUACACGCUACACUCCUAGCAACUACAUAUGGAGGGGUCAAGGGCAUGCACACACUGACUCACACACACACACAGACGCACACACACACGCAUCUUUGUGAUUGGUAAAAUAAAAGGAUUUUAACCGUUUUGGUUUGACAUGAUCAGACGAAUCAUUUCUCUGGCUGUCGCGUUGUUUGUUUUCAAAAGUGAGUACAUCUUUUUUCAGUCUCUGGAAAGCUACAGUACGACGCAGAGCACGUCUGCUUCCAUACUCUUGGCAGCAUCUCGCACACACACUGUGUGAGUGCUGUAAAUAGCCAGAGUGUGUCGUGCAUCUCUGCUGUGUUUGGACCUAUUUUAGAGCUGACACAGGAAACAGGGCCAUUCUGACAGCCACCCUGCCAGCCGGUACUGCACACAGCAGCCCCGGAACCUUCUGUCGCACACACAUUUACUCACACACGCACACACACACAGACACACACACACAGACACACACACAGACAGAGCAGAUUUUUCCAUGUUAACAACCUACCGGCGCUUCAUCCACCUCAUAGACUUCCACGAAUCAUUUAAUUUCCUUUUUAAGUCAACACUCCUUCUCUCAUCUCUCUGUUCUCUGCCAGUUUUCCACAAACUCUGACUGGAAAGACCUUUAACAAAAGCACCCUGCUGCGCCACUUGGCGGCCCCCCUGUCCUCCACAUCUUGUCUUUUUAGUAUUGAACAUUUCAAAGCCUGCGGUUCAGAGGUGAUUUCACUUCUGAGCCAACUACUGCGGCGAGUACCUAUCUGCUUUUUCUGCGUUACAUAUCCCUGCAUAAUAAGCAAAAUGAUAACCGUGGCAGAGGGGAGCUCAAUUAGCCGAGACAGGUUUCUACUUUCAGCUACAGCAGACAGCUGGAGACCUGGCACAGCACACCCAGUUCAUUUAGAGCUAAUUCAUGUAGAUUGUUUGCUAUUCUGCUUUAUUGCUUUUAGACCAUUGUGUGCUUUAUUUAAUUUAAUUUGCCAAACAGGGUUAUGUUCCUGCAUUAAGCUUCUUUGUCAUUUAUACAUACACUAAAUAUUUUAGGGUACAGAAGUCCUGACUCAGUGAGUUUACACCUAAAUGAAGCUGCGUGUCUGUGAUGUGACGGUGCUUGCUCAUUUAGAGGCCGUUAGCACACACACAUAAACGCCUCUUCAAAGGCUCUAGCGCUCACCAGUGUCUCAUAUUUGGGGUGGAAGAUAAAUUCUGCAGGCUGCUCCUGCCUUCCUAUGUAAUUAUGUGCAUGGUGAUGUGCUUUUACAGCCUGCCUAACAGUCGGAAAUUAUCUCCCGGAAAUGAAGUCCAAUUAAUUGUGGCACUUUGGAGGCAUGCGUGUGUGCAGAAACACUGUAAUGACACUUUACAGGAAAUUGGCUCCUGGUGAAAUAUUUAAUAAAUAAGUUGGGAGGUGAAACAACCUUGUAUGAUUCUGACAAACGUUGCUGUUUAUGCUCCUCUACACACACACACACACCUCCACUCAUUUGGAUGAAGUGCUCAUACGUGAAGAGUAAGAAAAGAGUCAAUAAUGCCACAAAGCUGACAGUUUGAGAAACACUGCGUGCGUACGAUGUCAGAGAUUUGAUUCAAGAUGCAGACCUCCUCUUUCUCUCCCUCCUCUCCCCGUUUUAACGUCUUUUAAUCAAGUGAGAAAAUGUUGUGCAAAACCAGGCGGAUAAAAUCCUGUUGGAUGAGGUGUGGGUGCACCCUAUCGAUCUCACCUAAAAUAGGAGAGUCUAUAAAAGGAAACAGCAGUCUUUUAGGGUCAGUGACAUACCGUGUCACGCCACACUGAAACUCUAUUGUAGGACGCGCUGUGAUGAGUCAGCACUUUCAGAGAAUAGCACCUUUUGUUUUCAGCCCCUGUGAGUCUGGGUGUUCUGCCCAGAACUCCAGCCCAGACAAAGCUCAUUCAUGGAUUUUAUUUUUCAUCUCUCAUACAUAUUUCAUCAUUUAUUUCUAUAUUGUAGUCUGGAUAUGUACAGAGGAUUCCAAUUGAGUUUUUUUAACUUAUGGUCAAUUUUUUUGGUUGGAAAAUAAAGUAUUUAGAUUCAUUGGCAUAAUUUAUCUGCAGUGUGGUAGACAAAAAGUACAAUCAGAUAUGAAGACUGAUGUGACAUAUGUUUCAGUGCAUUUGACUCAUUUUCUAAAGGAGUCCAUGGUAAUCCUAUGAAAAAAAAUUCAGAAUUGAAAAAAUAUAGGAUUCAAGGUUUGGGAUUAAGUAAUUUCACCUCCGAACACAAACAUACAUAUGUCAUUUUCUUUAUACGAACCCACCCUGUAUAAUGCAUCAUCAGCACAUUGCUAAAGCUUUAUAAAUGCAUCUAUAAGGCCUUAUGCUCACUGCUUAUAACACAUCAUAAACAUUGCUGUAAGCUGCUUGUUAUCACAUGUAAGUAUUGCCUCAUUUAAACAGCUUUAUUAAUGUACUUAUGAUGCAUUAGAAGAUGUCAGUUUAUCUAAAGUGUUACUGUUUUGUUAGAUGCUGGUGUAUCAGGUAUCAUUUUCAGACCAGCUUGCUAAGGUUUACCCUCCAAACAUAGUCAUAGUUCAUCAUUAUGUUUAAGCAAAGCACUGCAAAUCAGUUUUGGAUGUUGUGAUAAACAUGUGUAAGAAAAAGUGUUUGUUAGUGUGUGUGUGUGAGAGAGAGAAAGAGAAGGUGUGUGUGUGUGUUUGGAUUAACCUGGAUGUGUGUAUUUAUGUCUUCAUGCUUGUAACUUGUUCAUUACUUUAGGUCAUUUUGUUCUGCUUGAUUACACACAGCAGCUUGCUGGUCACCGUGUGUGUGUGAGUGUGUGUGUGUCUGUCAGAUUGUCUGUCUGAUGUGUUGGGGCCUGUUGUAGCGCCAUUGGGCUCGGCAGUAUACGGCACGUAAAUGGCAGCAGAGUGGUGUGAGUGUCAGCCGGAACGUGUGCUUGGCAGGCAGCGGCUAUGCUAUUAGCAAGCGCUAACAGUUUUAUUAUUAGAAAAUAAACGGUGCGCUGCAAAACUCUGAAUGUUAUUAGCACCUCACCAUCUGGGUCUGACAGCUGUGUUCAGCCACCAUCAUGGCUGAACUGCUAACGGCUAUAUCUGAAAUCUGCACUUUUUUAUCUGCAGUGCUUUCACACUCGUCCUCUGCGUGUCUGUCAGGGUGUCUUCCUCCCUUUCUCUCUUGUUAUCUCUCAUUGUUGCUCUUGCUGGUUUUCUUGCAGACAUAAAGAUAAGUGAGAGGAUAAUAAGCGAGCGCAGGCAAACAUUCAUUUCAUGGCCUCACACACACAGAAAUCACACAAGCAGCAGCAGCAGCUCUAAAUUUUUCUCCUUUUUCUUCUCUGUGGCCUAUAAAAUGUGCAUUUUGUCUUGUAGGGCUGCGUUUUAUUUGUGAUGGUAAACUUGUACUUAUUGCCUUAAUUUAGUUGAGUAAAAACUUUAAAAAUCUUGCAGGAAAACCACAAAAGCAAAUGUGGUGUUUCUCACUGCAGUCCAUGUCUGCUCAUUUGCAGAAACUUGCUCUUUUUCUUUUGUUUAACUUUAAUAAACGUUUUUUUUUUUACACACAACAUACCAGCAAAACUCUGCAUCUCUGAAUGCUGGGAACAACAAGUCAUUAAGCUAAAGGAAUAAAAAAGAGCUGCUCUGUUUGUGGUUGCUUGUGUGUGAACUCUUGCAUUCAACUUCAGAAGUUUGCUGCUUUUUAAGCAUGUGAGAGUAUGAGAGUGUGUCUGCGCAGAGAGCUUGAAGAAAAAUCUUCUUAUGCAUGUAUGUUUUUGCUCCCCGAUCACACAGCUUUGCAGGGCUUUAUUUAAACAGAUAACCUGCUACCAGACGCCCCCAGCAUCCCCCAAAAACUCCCAGCUCCUCUCCUUGCCUCCCAGUCUUUCAUAACAAACCCCAUCGAAAGGAGACACCUCCAGAAAUUAACACUCCUAUUGCAGACGCUGCAGAAAAAGCCUACCCUACAGUGCUUCUCCUUCUUCUCAGAAAAUACUUUUUCCUUGCUAAAACAGGGCCAACUCUCUCUCCUUCUAGGGGUGCGUCUCCAGCUCCCGACCUAAUCUACAUGCAUACUUACCUUCCUUAUAUUUAGAGAUGUCGCUAGCAGGCAGCGUGAAGGACUCUGGAUGGCAUAAGAAUCUAUUUCACAUGUAGAUGCACAGGGCUAGCGUACAGGAAUAAGAUUCAGAGCAGGCAAAGUGUGUUUUCAAUUUCACUGACCCUCCUCGUAUUGUGCCAUGGUUAUUCGCUGUCUAAUCCCAUUUAUUCCACUGUUUCUUCACUGUCUGGAACACUUUUUUCUAAAGCUUUUCUUUUUAGUUUUGAUUACUUUUGAUGACCUUGUCUGUGCUGUUUAAGCCGGCAGAACAGACGGAAUCAUGCAGAGUGACUUAUCAUAAUCCCAUUCAGUUAAACACAAAUCUCUGUUCAAUCUUUCUUAAGGGAAUCCUGAUUGUUCGUUUUUGACAAGGAGGAAAUCUUUCCUAAAACUGGUGGCUUUAUUUACGUCAUUUUGUUUUAAAUGUAAUUCAUGGCAGCUAAAUCUUUGUCAUUUUACAUUAAAGUUGCUUCAUUUAUGACUGCAAAUUAUUUUUUUCUUUGUCUCCAAAUAUCAUGACAAAAAUGUAGAAAAAGAAGCUUGUCACAUUGAUCUGACUGCUCUCUUCCAUGUUGUUGUACGCACUGGAACUGUCAUUUUGGGUCACUUUUUGCAGCCUAUGAGGUCAAAGUGACUCGUUUUGUCAUUGUGAGGAGUUUAGACCAAUGUUAACAUCGUCUCAAUCUUACACUGAUGCCUCUUAAUGACACAUAUGAUAGAUGAGGAUAAACAGUGACAAGGCUGGUUGUUUCUUUGAAGGGAAUUUUGGUGCUUGUGUCAGGGUUGGAGUUUCUGGGGAGGAAAAAGCAACAGCACAUACAAUUUUUUUUUAUCGCCAUAUGUGAGUGCAUACAUAGGACUGGAAAAAGAUGUUUCUCUUCAGCCCAGAAAUACAAAGAAUGAUUUUGAAAAAUACAAAAAGGUGCAAUAAUGCUGUAUAAUACAGUAGGAGAGUAGUGUAUGUACUUAAUUUUUGGUGACAUUUGGCAGAGAGAAGUGAGUUGGCAAAAAAAAGAGGAUUUUCCCCCUUUCAACAAGCUUUGUUUGUCCUUGCUGAUACUGGAGCAGGAUUUGCAAAAGGUGUACAUUUGUGUUUAACUAUUGUUUUAGAUGGAGAAUAAAAAAGGCCAAAAUGUAGAUGAACAGUAUGUGAUGUUCACGCUGUCAUAUGAAGGCUUUCCUGUUGUUUAAAAUAUACAAAAGAGUCAGAGCAUGUGCACGUUUAUGUUAUGACACCAGCGCAAACAUCAUAAAACCAGGCCUGUACUAAGUGACAGUGACAAAUCAAAGAUUACAAGAUUUGUUGUUUUGAGGUAAUAAUGUCAUGAAGCCACAAAUCAGUGUAUUACCUCAUCACAUCACAAAGUUGUCUAGAGUAAUAAUAAUAUUUAAAAAAAAAAAGUAUUUCAAAGAAAAAACUGUGCUGUAAUCAUUUGCUCCCAUUACAAGUGCAUCCACAUGUUUAUGACAGUGGGUGAUGGUGCUCAUGGGAAAUGGAGUUUUGAUCUGAGAAAAACAGGACUGAAUUCAUCCAAAGAGGUCACCAGAAUCAACAUAAUAUAAAAGUUCCUCAUGGUGGCCUCACAUGUAUACUUUCUUGAUAUUUUUGUGUGGACGUCAUAAAACACAGAGAAAAAACUUUGCAGAGGAAAAUGUCAACAAAGGACCCCCACCCCCCACCUCCGUCUUGUGUGUGUAGUAAAUUGCUUUGCUUGAAUCUGACACUUUUACAGCUUUGACAAGCUUUCUGAAUAACCCUAGAGGAAUACCAAAUCUUACACUGCAUGUCUGGUUUGCUUCUGUAGCUAAAGAGUGGAAGCAGUAUUAAACUGAGUGCUUCAUAAUCAGUCAAAAACAGGGACUUUAUAAUAGCAAGAUGACGUAGUGAGUCUAUGAAGCAAGUAUUGCCAUAACCUUUCUUUCCAUUCUGCUGUCGUCACAUGGCUGAAGUGUUCACCCUUUACUGCAAAAACAGGCACCUACAUUGUUAAAUAUGAUAAAUCAGACAUUAUUACAAAAACACCAAUAAUACAUUUUUACGAUAUUUGCAUUAUAUUUGGAUAAUAUGUUGAGAAAGUUCGUAUUUUUUGAGUAUGCUUUUCUUUCAUAAUGCUUUUAAAAUCCACACAAUGUCGCAUUAUGGUGUGAAAGUGUCCAAACAUCCAAGAAUUGAGCAUAAUACAAGGGUUUAGGGGGGCUGCAACAUUAUUUGGUCACACAGUGCUUUACACUUACAGAUUUAUGGAUGCACUUUGAUGUGGACUUGAAUUGCAUAUGACAAAAAUACUGUAUAUUUGAGUCUAAUGGAUCUGGUUGCAGUAAUUACUUUAAUCUCUGCUGUUGGUUCAAAAUUACAGCUUCAGUCUUCAGUUUCGGUAAAACUGAUUCAUAUUCAGAUCCUCAAGAGUAGUUAGAAGUGUGUUGGAUCAGUCAAUUUCACUGUAAAACUUUGCAGUAAUUUAGAAUAAUUAUGGGUUUGGAAAUCUGGAUGCAAGAGAGGGAGCAAUUUACAGUUUUUUUCACUAUGAAUACUUUGAAAAUGAGUCACAAGAGGCAGAAAAAGAGAGCUGUUUGGCUUUGAAAUACACCACACAGCAUCGAGCGAGUGUGAGUAUAUUCUUCAGCGCUACACGAACAGUCUAAACAAACAGUUUCUGAAACGAUAUCAAACAGCCUGCAGGCACGCACAUUCAUUUCACUCCUACUGAGGUUUGCAGAGACCCUUCCUUUUUUUUUAUGCUGAGUGUGUUUGUGCAACUGAACGUACACAUCUGUGUGUUAGGUGGUUAAUGCACUUGACUUGAGCCUAACCACAAAUCAAAGUGAUGGCUGGCGAGUACCACAUAAGAGAACAGAAAUGAAGCAGAUAAGUGUUGAGAUCAAACAGACCAUCCCCAGUUGAAAGCUCCCCUCCGGGGGCAGGAGGGCUGCGAAGCACUGCGCGGUGAAUGUCUCAUUUAGCAGAGGCACCGCUGCAACCGCUAACGAGGUGAUAACACGGACAGAUGAUAAGUUAUUAAGAGAAAAAGAUCAGUUAUGUCACUUUUUUCUCUGUGUGUGUGUUUCAGUGUAACUCUGUGUGGCUGUGCAGGUUUUAAAGGCAUCUUUUACGAUUAAACAUACCUGUGCACAAGUUACUGAAAUCGGUUGCAUAGGCUGUGUUGUCACUGACUAACUUCACUUGUGUGAACUGAGAUGAGAGCUCCACACAGACAAUGAGACUCUGAGGACAGAUGAGGAAUGGCAUUGAUGAGAGGUUUCCGUCACCAGGCUGGCUGAGAGCCAGAAUCUAAUGUGAACUGUGGAGUGUUAGAGUUUGACAAGACUGAAUGUUGUUUGUCUGGCAGCCAGCUCACUGCUUUGUAUCUGAGACCAGAUCAUAUCCAGACCACUUCGGCCUCCCACCCAAACACCCCCUCUACCAUGUCUUUUCCAAUGUAGUUUGACUUUUUGUCUUCCGUCUGUUCAGACAUGUGUAGACGUUCAUGCAGACAUCGCAGUUUGCUCUUCCCCUCCCUCCUAAUGACUAACCCUUAUCCUUUAGAUACUUUGUCCAGCUAUGACAGACCCUUAGGAAAUGCCUCAUUUUCCCACCACUCUGAGAGGAGCUGCAAAACUUGAGAAAUAAAAUAAUAAUAAUUUAAAAAAAAAACAUUAUAAGAGAUCUUAUAAUCUCUAAAACAGGGUUGUCAAAUAAACAAAAGAUGUUUAAGUCUACAUGUGAAAGCUUCUCAAAUGUUUUGGGUUUUGGCCUCAAAGACAUUUAGACAGGUGACUGACUGGUUUUGGGCUUGAGGUCACUAGCUCAAUAGCAGAUACGAUUUGAAUGCAUCAAUUUGUACUUUGAAAAAAAUAUAUAUAUGUAUAUUGGAAAGAUAUUCUACAUCAGAAACAUUCUGGCCUCUAUUUGUAGUUCAAAUAGGAAAAUCCACAAUCUUUCCAGCUAGAGUUGGUUCAAUGGUUCAGAACUCUCCAUUUAGACCAAAACCAGGGGCUAUAAAACAAUAUAAACUAAACAAACUGGGUAUCAUCUGAAAACAGUUGAGUAUUCAGUUAAUCUCUUUAAAGGGAUGUUGAGAUGGCGCGCAAGGAAAUGGAAAUCAAUGCAGUCACAUGAUGAUUGAAAUUGAUGAAGUACAAAAUGAAAUAAAAGUACUGUGCUGUAGGUAACUGAUGUGCUUUGAUAUGAUUGGCUGUGGACUCUAGAGAGUUAAACGUAGUUUAUGUGGAUGGUCUUUAUUGAAAAUGAAACACACAAAGACAUCAAUAUGUACAUAACUUAGGAACAAAGUAAAGGUGGUUUUCAGUUAUUACAUUAAAUAAAGAUCAUAAAGAGUUUGAACAGCUUCCAUACUCUCUGGAUCAGAUGUGAAGCUAAUAUAAGAUUAGGUUUCCUUUUCAAAAGCUGUAAAUCAAAGUUUAAAGAGACUAAAUUUGGCUUUAUAAACACAGUUUUACUAAAAAACAUUUUCUGUGAGUCUUUGGGUGUACCAGUUUGACCAAAUGUAUUCCUGGUGGUCAGAUUGGCUUGGGAUCCUACACCUUAUGCCAGGUCAAACUUAAAACGGGAAACUACAUCUGCACUCCCACCCAGCCAAACUCUGAAAACAUUUUUAUAUUAAUGUACAGCCAAUCAUAUUGUGUGACGUCAAGUGCAGGAUCCUGAACCAAUACGUACAUACCUUCAUAGCCAAAUAGACGCAGCAGAGUCAAGUAAGCGGAGUCUAGUAGAAGGUGCCAGCUACAAAGUUAGCAAAAGUUUGCAUUAGACUGAUCAACUACAGUAAAAGCAAGAAUUCAGUCUCUUAAACAGUGCCAUGUGAAGAAGUAAGAGACACCCAAACAAAUUAUAGUUAACAAGCAGAUUUAAAAGCGUCCUUGUCAAACAAGUGUGAAAGCCAGUGCAAUGACCACGUAUGUAGGGGCUGAAAGUUCACAGAUUGGUGCUAUCAUCGUGUCAUGAGCCAAGAAUCCUGAUUUUAUCAUCCUCAGUCUCUAUAAAAGCAAAAUGUUCCUGCAUCAAACUCAGUUCUUCUUGUGUCUAAAACUGUUGUUGCAAGAUUCUUCUUUGAACAGGAACUAUCUCUCCAAAAGGCUAUUAUACCAGCCAGUGAUAUGAGCUCUGAGAUUGCAUGAUGCUAAACCUCUACACUGAAAAUACAAGCAUCACUAUUUCCUCUGUGGAUUCAUUUCGUAUGUGCAGCUACAGAUCCUCCACGGCAUGCCUGGUUUCCCUCACAUGUUUUUUUUAAACCGAGCUAUCCCCUGCUAAGUCCGUGGAUGGGAAGCCGCCUUUGUUGAAGAGGUACUCGUGGCCCAUUGGAAGGAGCUCUGGGAACAAGAAAAACGAUUGUGAACUGUUGCCACAGUGGAGUGUAUAUUUAGUCGAACAUCCCACUGUUGGGCUCCCACUUUCUCUGCCUCUGUCAUCAUCUCAUUUAUCUCAGGUACUCUCAGUCCGUCCAGGAGCUGUGUUUUAGCAGCUCUAUUAAUGGCAGGGUGGCAGAAUCAAAGACAGCUUUAUAACAGUAAUUCCUGCCUGCCGACAGCCAAAUUGUUCUGAGGGAGAAAUAUUGACUUAUCUUGUCCAUUGUUCCUGAGGUACAAAUUCAACCACAAAGCCAUGAAUACAAUACAGCACAUUUUUACACUUGAAAUCAGGCUUGUGUUCAGCUCCCUCUCUCUUUGUGUUUGUUGGUGUAAUGUGCCAAAGUUAUUUAAGUUUCAAAGAGGAUGGAUUUGAUAAGUUAUGUGUUUUCUAGAGGAAAUAUGUGGGUAUGAAAGGGUGGGAAAAUGCCAUGAAUAUUGCAUUGAGGAAAUGUUAUUACACAAAUGGACUAUGCAAGACAAAGACUUUGAUAUUAUCAUAAUUAAAAGUGAGCAGCACCAUAUGGUGAGGGAGAGGAGCUGCUCAAAAACAAUCAAACUGAAAGCCUCUCAGUGAGAAGAAAUACACGAAAUGCUCAUUUUUCAACCAGACGAACCGACAAAGUCUGAACAUACAGUUUUCUAUAACCUUCUCCUCUCCUCUCCUUCCUCGUCCUGUACGAGUGUGAGUGUAAGCCUGGUCAGUGCCCUGGGCCUGCACGGGGUCUACAGUAUACUCCAGGAAUAGUGCGGUCACGUGGCCGCUCUGUGGGAUCUGUUCCCCUGGCAGGAAGCUGUUAUAUGGUUACAGUUAUUUUUGUUGUCUGUCUGGGGAUAGUUUUUACUGCGCACCAGAGGAUCAAUAAUUGUCAUAAAAAGACUGCGUCACCCCGUGCCCUCUCAGAGCAGGACAGUGAGCUGGUGUGUGUAGGUUAGCUAGUUGCGUAUGUGUGCGCACAUGUUUAUUUUUGGCCAGGCGUUUGUAAGAAUGAAUGAAUGUUUGGGUGCAUUAAACUGUGCGAUUAUGUCUGCAAGUAGAUGAGCAAUGUUAUGGUUUAUUUCACUGACAGCAUUUCACUGUUGAAAUGGUGAAAGAUGUUUCUGAUGUGAAAGGAAAUGAGCUGGUUUGUAUGUGGUCUGAUUUUCUUCAAAAUAAGGACAACUUGAUACGGGUCAGCCAGGAUGCAGCACAACUUCACAUCGCCACUCUGUGUCAUAUCUUCACGUUACCUCUUUGACCUGCUGCAUCCGUCUGCUCUGCUCUCUGUCUGGAAGACCACACCACUUCCCUGUCCAUAGUGUGUCUGCAGAGUAUCUGUGUCUCUCCUAUAGUGUGCGUCUGCUGUAUACAGUAUAUGUGCCACCACAGCCCUGAAGCUGCAGUCGGCCCUGGGGACUCAGAGAGGAGGUCCUAUAACAGCGCAGGCAUCGGAAGCUGGCUCCUAGCUAAUUGGUUCCUGUGUUAGCGGCACACAGAGACGGUGUCGGAGUCAGCACUUUCCCUCCCUCUUUCCCACAUUCCCUCUUUUUUUUUUCUUUUUUCUCCAUCCCUUCCAGCCAGCCAACCACAGAUGCCGCAGGUUUGACAUCCCUUCAGGACAUGUGCCUGAGCUAAUAUGUACAUUACUGGAUGUGUGUGUGUGUGUGUGUGUGUUGACAGAUGGUUUUGGGCGUGCUUUUGCAGUGACAAGUUAGACACAGAGUGGGCCUCAAAAAACAAUUUCAUGUAUUUUCUAAAUAAAUACAUAAAUAAAUAUAGUGAUAUUGUUAUAGAGACCCUUAGCAGCUAAAUAUUACAAGAUAAGAGUCAGAUUGUCAUGUGAAGGAUGACAAAAUUAGUACCUGAUAUUGUAUAAAACAUGGAGGUAGCCUCUGUGAUAACACCCUAAGGUUUCUGGGCUCCAUUUUGAUGUGCUCCAUAGUGGAAAUAUUGAUUUAACCUAACUUUAAGAAAAAACUGGAAACAGUUAAAACAAAGAGUCAGAGCUAAGAGGGGGUCCUAGCUUCAAUGUAUAUCCAUCUAUAUUCAACCUUGCCUCCAAUGCUAAAAAUGAUGUUUAACUCUUGAAAAGGUUAAAAAGGAUGUGUUAUCACUUGUACAAUGUAUUUAAACAAAAAUGUGAGCUACUUUCUCCCAACCAUUUUCAAACCAGACAUAAAGUAGUUAAAAUUUGUAAGUUAAAAAAAAAAAGGAUAUGUUAACAUUAGAUCUGAUGGGGGUCCCUUAGUUUUCCCAGCCAGCCUCUAGUGGACACUUGAGGAGCUGCAGUUUUUUCACACUUCCACACUGAGUUUGCUUUUAAGAUUUUAACAUUAGAGGCUGUUGCUUAGUUUGUAUUAACAAAAGUAGAGCAUCUGUUUAGACUUAUAAAUGAAGAAGUGAAGUUAACAAUGACACAUAAGCACCUUUCUCCAGGUGUUUAAACUUUAAGCUUUCUGGAUAACAUUUUACAUUUUAUAACUUUGGUUACAACGGUUUGGUUUAGUUUGGACCUUUAGGAAAAGAUGUUGUUUAAAUAAGUACAGAUGUAAGCUCUAGUAAUGGAGUGACAUAUUUCAUAAAGAAAUCAACCUCUCAGAGGAAGCAGGAGUUGAUUCUCUUAACACUGUGGUCUGUCGGACCUAUGCACCCUUCACACUUCAUCAGCUGACUCUAACACAAUCUGAAAACAAUCAGCUUUAAGAAUGCAGCCAGAAAUCAUCACAAAAAAGUACAUAAAGCACCACCUUGUGCCACUGACCAUGCUGCUGUAUUUGGUGACUCAAGAGAGAAAACCCAGAGUGCUCCUUCUGCCCGUAUACUGUAUACCUGCAAUUUUUCAGUCUUUAUCCUCUUUUGUCCUUUGAAUUGCUCUCAACCCACAGACACAGCCCACUCCACAGGCAGAGUAGAUGAAGGUCACAGUGUAACUGUGUUUACAUCACUCCUCCCUUUCUCAAACACACGCCAACAACACCUCUGCUGAUGGCCCCAAUGACAGGGGAGGUAGCCUCAGUCCAGGUAAUCACAGCUUGCAGGUGUCUUGGCUCUGAAGUGUGUGCAGGGAUGCUCCCUCUGCCUGUGUGUCUUUUCAUACUGUGAGAGGAGAUGACUCGAAAGUGUUCCCCACUGAGCUCAAGUUAACCUGAAGAAAAGCGGCCUCUUCCUGCUUAGAUCACUGAGUAGAUGUCUGUUCAGACCCAGGUUUGUGAAAGGACAUCCUGCUAUGAUAAACACACAGCACCAAACUUUGUGAGACCAGGGUUCAAUCACACUUACAAAGUAACAUCCUCGACAUCCACCUACUAAACAAACCCACUGUAUGACUGUGGUAUAGUACAAAAUGCAAGAAGACAACACAGCUUAGUCCACAGGCAGUGCCAAAAUUCAUUUAAAUUUUAGUUAAAAUGUUGGAUGUCAAUAAUAAAUGUUAAAAAGUUUUGAAACUGUUGAGACUGAACAGCUUGUGUAAAAAGUCACAAGGCUUCCAGGAGAACUGCAUGAGAUUUGCUUAUUUUAAGACAUCACCAAACAGCAACUUUCCUUGACGAAACAGAAAAAAACAUGAUGCUUACCGACCACUUUGUAACCUGGCAACAGCGGAAAGCAGAGGAGGUUUCUGAAGUGCAGGGGCCCAAAGAGUUGGGAGGCCCUAUGAGAGACAGUAGCUGUGUUGAAGUGCUUCAGACAGAGGGGGGAAAAGAGUUUUUUCAGACACUAAUCUGACAGAAGUAGAGUUUUUAAAAUUUGUUUGGAAAGGAUAGCUGGAGAGAGAGAAAAUAUGCAGAGUAGAGAUGGAGGGGAGACCUGAGGUGAGAACUGGGGACAAUAUACAGCCUUUAAAUAAGCAAAUACCCCAUCUUUAUUCAAUAUAAAACUCUCGAGACAACUAUUAGGAGUAAGCUGCAUGAUUUUUUCUUUUUGUCAAGGACUUCUUGUGCAUCAUAUUGCCAAUCUGGCCCACUUGCAGCAGUUACAAGCAUUGAAAAUGUCUACAGAACUAGUCAGUCUUUGUGCUCGCAGUCAUUUUUUCUUUUAUGGGUCAUAAAAAAAUGUACUAAAAUCAAAUUUAGUCUGUUUCUCAACCAUCUAAAAAACUCCUUUCGAGGGGUGUUAACUUUAAAUAAAUACUUAAAUACUCAAACGGCAGAGAGUUUUGAGUUGUGGAUAUUUUCAACAGAAAUGAUCCGUUGCGUUGUUUAAUCACCUCUAAAACAGUUAAAGUCUUGUUGCAACGAAGUAAUGUAUCUCAUUUCUAGGAUUCAUGAGGCCUCUUUUGCAAUGCAGAGCCACAACAAAGCUUUGUCGUCACUUGACUUUACCGUGUUAUGACACUCACGAAAAGCACAAGGUGUAAAUAGCGUGAGCGUAUAACUGACACUCAAACAUAGACACACACACUUGCACACGGUGCUGCUCCACCUGUCUGGUAUUUUUACUGACAGUGAGGUUCAAUGGAGAGUAGACGGUCCUGUUUUGGACAGACAAUGUAAAAGAGGCUGUAGUUGCAGUCGACCCCUGGAGGGAGUGUUUCCUCAGUAGUCUCCUUGUGUGACAGACCCCUUGUCUCCUCUCACACUCCCCAAACACCGCUGUGGUCUCCCUCCAGCCUGACGACUUCAGUGCUGACCUCCUCUAUAAGGGUGGCGGCCCCAGCCUGGCCUGGCCCGGCCCCUCUAUGCCCCACUGCAUUAAACAUUGAUGGAGCUGUAAGGGAAGGCUGGAGCCUGUCUCCUUACUGUGGUCUGGUCCUCGCCUUUAGCCAGUCUCUCUCCUCUGGCUGCAACCUGUCUCCUCAAUUUCUUUUUUCCCUCCUUUAGUGAUUUCUAUCUUUGCUUGUGCUGUGGUUAUUUGUAUGUGGUGGAAUGAAGCUGUCUACAGCGAGUGCUUAAAAGACACAUCAAAUCUGAACAAAUAAGAGUGAUAAGUGUCUGCUGCUUCUGCUGCUGCUUGUGGCCAAGUUGCACAGCAGUGAGACGUGACUUCCUGGAAAUGACUCUGUGUGUAAGUGUGUGUGUGUGUGCAUGUGUGUGUUUGUGUGUGUAGUUGAUUCCUAUUUGCAUCUCUUGUCUAUGUGCGGUGCAUUUAUGUUAUGCAUUUAUGACUUGCCACAGAGCAGGGCUGUAUAAAAGGAAGUGGUGGGAGACACAAGACGGCAGUUCUUUCCUUUCUUUAUCAGUGUGAGUGUGAGUGUGUGUGUGUGUGUGUGAGUGUGUUCUCUAGUCCUGCCGCAACAUCAGAACAUGAUCUUCACACCAUGCUAUCGUGUUAUUUCUCAAGAUGUGUAGAAAUGUCGGAUUAAUUAAUGUGGGAUUCCUUCUAAAGAUAGUCAAAUAGCGCAUGCGAUUCUGUAACGAAUAUACAGGAGGAAUGAUUUUUAUAAAAAAGGUAAAUAAAUAGAUAAAUAAAGGACCACUUCAUACGAACAAAUCCAAACACUUAGAGACCCAGAAAGAACAAUCUUCCUCCACCCUGAGAGAUCUGCCCCACAACCAACAAGUGUUAGAGUUCAGCAGCAUACCAGCCCUGAUACUGAGUCCUGUUAAGACUGUAAAUGUAUUUAUAGAGCGCAAUAUGAGCCGGGUAUGGGUAUCAGACUGUGAGAAUGAGACGUUGUAAUCUGGCAUUUGUGAGCAUCAAUGUCUGGUACUCGUGCGUGCGAAUGUGUGAAAUCUCAGCGCAAUGUUUGGAUGUGUGAGCGUGUUUGCUUGUGUGGAUGUUUAUUCAUGGCAGGAGCAGGCUGGUGUUAAUCGGGAUCAUGUCUGAUUAUGUGGCCAUAGGGCAUAGAGGGUUUACAGACAAUGCUUGUGUGUGUGUUGUGUUGUGCUGGCAGACUGGCGUGCUGGGAGAGUCAACUGGCUGAUCCGCACUGCCAGUAACGUGCCAUGCAGCCCUGCAGGCAAACCUCCAUUCAACAAAAGUGAGUACAGUAAGGAUUUUCUUUUGAUUCUGAACUACAAAAAAAAAAAAAAAAAAGCAGAGAUGUGAUCCGGUUUGCUAGCAACACAACAGCAAAACACUUAAACAAAUGAGAUUGUGAUGAAGAGGAGAUGCAUAAAAUGGUUGUGAUUGCAAUAAAACCUCCUUCAAUUGAUGCGUCUGAUUUUUCCAGCCAGAGCAAUCAGAUGUGAUAAAAUCAUCUGGAUGGCAAAAGAAAGCUAGAGGAUUCUCAUUAAUUUGCGCAGCUCUGACCAGUUGUCUCCUCCAAGGAAGGAGAAUCACAUGAGAAUAAUCCUAAGUGAAAUAAUCACAGCUCAGAGCAACAGCAAACGGGGAUGAAUAAAUAAGGCUGACUAAAUAAAUGAUCAGUGAUUGUUUGGCUCUAAGUGCCGUUGCUGUAGCUCGGCAUCCUGAUUUAGUCGAAGCCUUCAGCAAUCCCUCAGCCGAGCUAUGGUCUUAGCGGAAGAGAAACGGCUAAAAAGCCCCAUUCUUCUUCAUACCUUCAAUAUUCAAUGAGAGCGCUAAUUGCACCGUGCUGAAAGAAAGAAAAAAGGGAGGGAGAGAGGCAGGGUGGGGGGAGGUGGGAGAGAUCUACUGGCUAAUGGUCCGUAGGGGGAAAAUGAAGGAGAGGAAAAAAGGGGAUUUAAAAGUUAGACAUAUCCUCAGGAGGUUCCUUCCUCUGUUUUUUUCUUUCUUUUUUUUUUUUUACCUGUGCGUCUCUUAGCUUUAAUGCUAAUGCUCAUUAGCCAGUCUGUGUGAUAUCCGACGAAUCACGGCUACUGUUAGCGACCGCCACCGCGAGCACUCAGAGCAUCCAGUGGUAAUGCACACACGCCUCUCUCUGUUGUCAGCCGGAAUCCCACUCCGGCUUUUUUUUCUUUUUUUGUUUUACCUCAAAAGUUAGUUGGAAAGAUAUCUUGGAAUAUUUUUCGCUCAAGGUGCACCCAUUUGUGAAGAAGAAUAGGGGGAUGCAUAUGCAUUAAAAAGUCUUUGUGUGUAUAAAAUGCCAGCGCAGCACUUUAGCCUUCCCUCAUCCUUCCACCCCCGUUUCUCCCUUUAAUCUUUGGCGGAGUUAUAAUACAAUAAGUCUCCGUAAUCAGUGGAUCUCCUCCCCUAGACUUAUACCUGGGAUAAAUGAAUGGAUUUGAACAGAGAGGAGGGGAAAAGGAAAAAUAAAUGAUGCAAACAUUAAAUUCAUCAUUACUAUACAAUUGGAAAAUAUAUCUGUUUUAAUGAGUUUUUCCAGUUGAAUGCGCUACCGAUGACCACAAGGGGCAGUGUGUCAGGACGUCCGUCUCCCUCUCUCCCCUCCAGUCAGCCCCUUUCCCUGUCCCCUGAUACACUGCGACUGAAAUCCUGCUGAUCAGAAGUUUUUCUCAUAAAUCAUGCCAUCCACCAAACAAAGCAAUAAAGAUGUUUGUUUGCAUUAUUGAAGGGGAAGUAUUGCCUUGGGUCAGCUUUAGCAGCGAUGUGUGUGCGUGUGUGUGUGUGUGUGUGUGUGUGUGUGUGUGCAGGUGUUCCUAAAAAAUACAUGUUUGCUGGAGUGUGUGCUUGCCAAGUAUUUUUCAGUUAAAAAAGUAAUUUGUUUGAGAAAAGCAUAUUUUGUUGAGUUCACAUUCUCUUUUUUCUCCACACAGGAGCCUGUAAUGGUGUUUUUGAUUGCUCAGGCAAUCACUAUCAGCGGUGUGUGAGUGUGUGUGUGUUUGAGUGUGAAGGUGGCUGUGGCGUUUUUUAAAGGGGGAGCAUGGACUAAAUUUAUGUUGGGCUUCAUGUCUGUGCUUGUGCAUACCAGUUUGUGUCCUGUCAAGUUUCACUUUUGUCUUUAGGGAUCAUUUACAACUCUGGACAAUUUUAAACAGUCCAUUUGGUGCUAUUUAUAUUGAUCACUCAGGCUGCCAGGCACAGGCUCAGAAAAACAGACUUCCUCACAAAUACACUUUCUCUCUCUCUUUCUGUUUGUGUCUGCCUUUCUCAGACAGCUUGACUUCUUUCACACUUUUUACGUUCAUACAGAUUUCUGCUUGAAGCCCUUUUUUAAUUUGGUGUGUCGUCACAUGCCGCUGCAGAUGGUCAACUGAUUAAAUGAGGGAUGUGUGGGGUUAUCAAACAUGCUAGGAGUGUCCCUCGCUGUAUCCAGUAUCACUAUAGAAUUUAACAUGAAACCCUUUACCAAAUGAAUGAUAGCUUAUUUAUAUAUAGUAACAACUGUCCCUAACACGACCCUUUGGCUUGAGCGUGCAAUUUUACCUCUGUCAGUCACACAAUCUGCUUUCAGACAUGCACUGGUCGGUCUGCUGGAAAUCCCCCAGCAUCAUCCAGGGGGGUUACAAGUGUGGACACAAAUGCUGUAUUUUAUCGCCCUGAAAGCGUGCAGGUUUUUUCCCUGCAGCCCUUUCUGUAAAAGGCCUGCAUGUUUAUGUAAGCCCAGCAGGUUAGAGUUGGGGACAAAUACCGCAAAUGAGCAGGGUGGUGAUAUUGUCCGCACAGGGCAGAGUUUUGCAGACUAUACUGCACGUGUUACUUGCUUGCAUAUUGUUUCCCAACUGCUGUGUUUCCAUUGCAUUAACACUGACUAUCUAAAAUGAAUUGGCAGAAACCUUUAGGUCCAAAUUGUCCUGAAAUCAUCUAGAAAAAUCAUUCAAGCACACGUGCUAACAGGGCUAAAGAGACGAGUCAAAUAAGAGGUCAUUUUUGACAUAAAUACUCCACCUGAACUUGAAAAGAAUAAUACUGACAUUUAACUGUAAUUACAUUUGCUUUUUAUUUUUCUCGAGUGCCUCAUAAACUACGAAAGACCAUUUCACUCGCAUUUACAGCUAAAAAUAGAUGUGUGCAAAUUGUAAAAUGUAUUUAGGGGCACAUGUGCGCAUUAAAAAAAAUCAGCUGAGGCAACAAAUGUUUUUUUCAUGUAAAUACUGCGGUGAAGUUAGUGUAAGGUUAGAUAUUCGACGGACCUUUACUGCAGAUCUAACAGUGUCUUCUCACUUUCCAUAACCGGGAAUAGAAAUAGCAUUGCGAUUAAAUCUACUCGACACCCUCGCUGUCAAUGCCGGGUGUUGAAUAAGGGACCAUCAAUAAAUUACCAGUUGAUGUUCUCAAAAAAGCUGUUUUCCUUCAAUAGCGUCCAUGUCAUGUGACCAAUUGACCUAAAAUUUAUUUCAAAUAAUAGUACUGAGGUUGAACGAUAAGACACACCUCUUCAUUUCCUUAAUUUGUCCAAAAAAUUGGGGGUAAAAUGGGUUAAAAGCAACUCUCAUUGUGCCACUAAAGUUCUUUGUGUGUUCCUUACUUUUUCAACUUUGGAGCACAUGUGCUCCUUGUGAAAAAACUUAGUGUAUAGCCCUGAACUGAUAUUCUGACAUAAGUGAGGGCACACAGAGUACCUGUGUAAACUCAAAACCUCCUGUUUGCUAAUCAGAGCGCAACCUAACCCAGGUCUCUAUCAAUAUGAUCCUCCACUCAGUUGGUCAGUCAACAGCAUUCCAGCUUAAGCCUGAACCUGGUAUACUCAUUAAAACCAAACCCAACUAUUUGGUUUUGCGGUCAUGGGGCUUGCAUGCGAUUCAUCACGGCAUGUGUUUGUGUGUGUGAUGAAACUGUAUAAGCCGGUCUCCAGUUGUGCUGUAAUAUAACCUGGUCCACGGGAGUCCGUUCUGGGCUCUUGGCUUUGCUCUUGUGGCCUUCAAGCAUUCGGCACUUCAUCUGAGGAGGACUUUGAGAGGGGCUUUUGAAUGCUUUGCGUGGCAAACCAGCUUCUCUCUAAAUAAGACGGUUCCCAGCUUGACAAUGCUAUAAAAACGUAGCACUAAGAGGCCGAGACUUACAUAAAGGAAAUAGGGUCUAAUAGUAUUAGAAUAAAUGACUGGAAAGUUAAAAACCUGAGUAGCUUUAAGACAUUUAGGAAGAACAAUAUCCUCUCUGUACCUGCUUUAAAAACUUUUUAUGAUCCUGCUUUUUACGAUCCUGUUCACUCUGCCUCUUCCUCCUCUGCCCCCUCCAUCCCUCUGUCGCAGGGAUGACUAAUGGUAAAUGUCUUUCUGGAGGGGGCGAGAAACUACCUGCUUUUGUUAUCUUUACGCCCAGCAGCUUGAAGAGACAACCAUCAAACAUCACACUCCUGGUCUGACUCUCCUGACGUGGAAGGAGCUGGCAGUGACAUGGUUAGUGGAGUGAGAGGACCCUGCAUCCUGGGGCCUGGCAGCUUUAUGAGCCCAGGGGGACCGUAAAGAGACAGGCUUCCAGGAUUUCAGCUGAUGCAUGGGUUAGGGUUAGAAAAGCAUGAAAGGACAGGGACAGGAUGCCUGUUUGGUCAGAGUUCAUUGUUAUCAGAGCGGGGUCUUCCCAUUCACAGUAGCCCUGGUAGAAAAGGUGAUAGUGACGAAUAAACUCCUACAAAUGACCCCUUAUUUGUCAAAGCUAUGCCUCACAAAGGAGCGUGUAAAGAUAAGAAAAACUCGAAUAAACAUACUGCAAAGUGGCAAGCAUGUCCACUCUGACAGAAAAGGCGGUAUCCUUCUCUGCACAUACCUGUGGCGUGUUGCUGACGGAUGGAUGGGUCAGUGUUUGUUUUAGCAGCCAAGUCUUUGGACGAAAGGAGGAAGCUCUGGAAGAGCUGUAUCAGUGUUUGGACAGAUACCACUGGCCCCAAAAGACACAGGCCAUCAUCGGCCUUUGGGAUAAUGCAAACAGAGGAAAGGAAAGGCCAAAGAAACACUUUUCAGAAAGUCAAAUUUGCGCUUAAACGUGCCAUUGUUUUGUCAGUUAGAGGUGCGAGAGUGUUGUAUAUAAAAAAAAAACUGCAAUAUGGAUAGUUUUUUUUUUUUUAAUGCAUCAGCGUAAAUCACAUUUUAUAUUACUUACGAAGACUCAUGCACUGUUGAUAAACCCCUGCUAAUUUUGUUGCCAACAAUUACCGUUGAGCAGAGGACCAUUUUCACAUGGCCAAUGAUUUUUUUACUGGGUGUCUGCCCUUGUUUCCCAAGCACUCAUUGUGACUGGAAGUGUCCCAUUUGGCAGGAGCUUUAACAGAGUUUUAUAGAGUGAUCCUCAUUGUCCCAGCCUCCUCUUGGUGAGGAGUUAAUGAGACCAGGUUGAGGAGGAGACAGAGCCACAGCAAAGGAGCACCGACAGGCUUAGACACAAUGGGAACACACACAUGGGCACAUCUGUUUCCACUGAGAUCUCACUGAUGGAGAACAGAGACUUCACCAUCUGCAGCUGAAGGGGACGUGCGCACACUCGCAGGUGCGGAGACAGACUUAAACAUACAGUAGAUACACGCAGGAUUUAAACUCUGAUUAAAACAAGCAGAUCGGUGACUGAAAGACAUUUUAUCAUGGGACAAUCUUGUAGCAAACUUGCUGCUCUGUUGUCCUGACUAAAUGCAACUGUCCGAACAGAGCCGUGGAGGAGAUGAGUCAAUGCUAGCCGAGACGGUGCAAUCGCAUGCUGUUCUUUCUAGACGUGUGAGCGCGAGUUACCUUUACAACCUCUGACAGUAAGUGUGAAUCAUGAUCAGCGUACUCUGCCUCCCUCAAGAACCCAGUAUGGGGGUUGUGACCAUUCCGGUUUUCUAGUAAUGUGUAAGCCAACCAAGAUACAAGUUUUAUCCUCCUUCUCUGCCCACUUAGUCAAACCAGCACUUCUUCUCUGUCACGCUUCUCUCCCUCUUCUCUUACAAAAUAAGAUAUAUUGCACUUUUUUCUGUAUGAGCAAUUAUCUAUGUUCAAUUGCACAUUUUAAGGUUGUUUCAGUUUUCAAAGAAGGCAACCACAGCCUCUCCACUUGCUUCUCACGGCUCCAGAGACCAGAGGGCGAUGAGGGUGGGGGAUUCCAAAGAAAACCUGCGGUAAAGGUGGUCUCACUGUGGUUCACGGGUGUGUGAGACUCUUGUAUUGUAUGUGUUUGUGUUCACUCGCAGGCAUAAAAGAACUACAUCUACAGGGGGGAGGCAAGAAAAGGGAGCUAGAGGUAGGAAGCAAAGUUUCUGUUGCCGCAGAAACCAUAUCAUUUCUCACCACCUGAAAGUCACCGGAAUAAGAGACUGCUACUGCUGCUGCUGCUACUGCUGUGCAAAAUGAAAAAAAUAUAUAUACCAACAGACUCCAAAGAUGUAAAAUGCCCGCUGACAUGUUCCGCUGAGCGAGCUUACAUAAUGAAUGUGGGUUUUCAGCAAACUGUCUUGACAAUGAAUUAACUGGAUUUAUAGCAAUAGUACAGAGUGACCCAGGCUUUCUGCUGUUAGAGACACAACACUAAUGCAUCCAGUUAUGUAGGUGUGCUGGGCUUGUUGAUGCGUGCAGUUGUAGUGAGAUUUUAUUUAUAGUUAUACUCUUUGACAUCUCUGAAAGUGUAUAUUUUGGUGGUGAAAUGGGUGUAUUGAAUCAAUGUAGAGGAAGUGUUUUGAGGCCUGUGAGCAAAUGUUGGUGCACGUGUGUGAAGAGGGAGGAAAGGAUGUCAGAGCUGAACAUCAUAGGCUGUAUUGUGACCAUCUACACCAUGCAUGUGAGUGGAAAAGUAAAGCUUCCUGUUCAUUUGUGUGAAGAAGGUUCAUGCAGCAUUUGCACGAUUGCGUGUAGGAGAUAAGACGUUGAACAAGUGUGGUUAUAAUAAAAGAAAAAGAAAAAAACUAUCAGUACAUUGAGGUCUGAUUAAUCACCACUUUAAUGAGUCAGCAGUCUGUAUUGACUUCAGGUUUCAAAGAAAAGGAAUCAAGUGAUCACCUUGAACAGAAGUGUAUCUAUAUCCAGUUUUUAUUGAAGGGAGCUUUAAGCUAAGCUGCUCAUUGGGAGUCCUUGAACGUCUAAUUUCUUGUCUUACACUUGUGUUUGUUUUCCUCAGUGACAUGAUUGUCCGAUAUGAGCUGCACCUUCCCAGCAUUGCGGAAAGAAUGGUAUCUAUUUCUGUUCCUUCCUGCCAUGGCUUCGAGCAGGCAUCCAUAUCUUACCAUAACCCCAUCGAAGCUCUCUGCAGACUCAUAUCUCUGUCAGCCUCGCAGAGCGAAACAAUGCUUCCUGUUUGGUUUGUCCGACCAGUGCCAGCGCUCUCUUACAGGCUGCUAAUGUUCCUAUGUCAACUUUGACCCUACUUAACUGAAACCACCACUAUCAGACCAGGUUCACACCACUCACAGGAAGUCAUGCUCUGAACUCACGGCCUGAGCGAUGGUUACAAAAGAAGGAAAACACACUGACUGUAACACAACCACGUAACUACUUUUAAUGGAGGAGGCUGAGGUAAAAAUAAAAACAAGGCAAUAAAACGCAGUGAUAUCAGGAGACAGAGUGGUGUCGGUUUGAGUGAGUUAUGUAUAAUUUAUGUUGUGCUGUAUGGGUUUGUAUGCAUUGUCUUGCAGCGCUCUUACCAUUUAAAUUUAACAAACAGUCUCAUCUCCUGGAGUCUAUCUGCAGAAACCAUCAUCUUUCAUUCACGCUGUCAGAUAUGUUUUCUAUUUGACUGUCUCAUCCGUCCUCCUCCUUUGCUGGUGUAAACUCUAAACCGCUACACUCCCACACGGAGCGCUGCAGCCCAGCAGCUGAGAAGGCUGAGACGACAAGUACAAAAUUUAAAAAGACAGGCCUCUUUUUGGCUUAGCUACAACAGCAGACACACAGCUAGUAGGCGCUAAGUCUCAUGCUGAGUCUGAGGACAGACGACGUGAGCUCCUGCAAAGCUCUGUCUCCUGAGUUAGGAUGCUGCGUGUCUGUUCUGCCGUUUCAACGCCGAGCGAACUGACAAAAUAUCUGUUGGGAAUCUUUGAAGGGUGAGUAAUGUAAAAGAAAGUGGAGAAGAAGAGAAGGAGGAGGAGCAAGAACUUGCAUGUGAGCAUCUCUGUGGGAGUGCACAAGGGAGAGUAGUCGAGAUAUGAAGAGAGAAAAAAAAGAUGAAGAGGCUGAAGAUAUGAAGAAGGGACAGACAGCGCAGCAGACCACUGAGUGUCUAAGAAAGUGAGCAGAGCAGCAGCUCCAUCAGCCUUAAUAGAAACACGCACCGGCCCAUUAUGAGGAGGUGUUUGAGAAUAAAUCAUCUAACAGGCCCCUUUUCAAAGCAUUACCCUGUCAAACCCAAUCUAACCUGCCUGUGUCUGCUCUCCCCUCCCAUCCCAGCUCACACUGCACCCCCUUUCCUCUCUCCUAAGUGAGCAAAGCCGUUUGCCGCCUCAGGCAAGGGCUGGGAACAUAAGAGCAAAGUCACAGCCGAGCCGCAGAUUCUAGUCACCACCACAGUGUGUCCUCUCAGACUGACGGGGGGGUUAACUCCAACAAUAUGUGUUUGGUUAUCCGCUGUAAAAUUUAGGCUUUCAGAACCCACACCAUUUCCCGUUUUAAGUGCAUUUUGAAUGAAGCAUUUGUAAAUUAAUUCGUCAAGAACUUUGGAGAAAAAGAGCGUCCCAGUCUGGAGAACAAAAAAGGGAAAGCGAGUUUGCAGUCUUUGAUGUGACCACUGCUUCAGUGAACAUGGAUGAGAACUGCUUUCCUCAUGUCUCCUCUGUGUCUGUCACACAGUGUGGUUUUCACCACAAGACACAUCCCCUAGCCUUCUGGGAACCAUAAGGCCAACCUCCGUGACAGCCAGGCGAAGCAACAAAUAGGCUAGUGCGGAGAGUCUGACCGCGAGAAAGGAGUUUCAGCAGAGGAUGUGAACUGACUGUAUCUUUAAUGCUGCUUAAAGAGAGACUGCUCCUCUCUGCGUGCACAGAAGCUUGUCUCCUGAAAUCAGAUUUAUGACUUUCACAUGCACAGUUUGAGCCCUGCGAGGCUUUUUCCACUUUAAUUAAGUUUGAAAAGUGUAAAUCUGUGUUUAUUUUUCAUCUGCAUAUUCAGAAUUAACUUCGUAAUGACUUGGCAGCAUGUCUGAUACAUGAGAGCUGCUUCGCACAGGUUUGCACUUCCGUUCUCACUUAAGGACAAGCCCCAUUGAUCGGUGGGAUAUGGGGCAAUAAGCCCUGUGUGUUUUUCCAUGGCUCCCUCCAGUGCUGAAGCAGGCUGAUGCUUCGGGCUGCUGUGUGUGUGAGAGAGACGGCUGGGUCGGCUGACUGACAGCUCUGGAUAAGGGAUAGUGUGUCUGCCCUCAGUGCCAGCACAGCUAGAAGUGAUAAACACCGGCAACCUGAUCCAGAGACAAGAGACGCCUCUGCCUCUGACAGAGUUCAAACUUAAUGCACUUCUAUUCUUCUUCGCCAAGUCCACAUUUGCUUGGCUCAUCCCCGCCUGGCCAGGUGGAGGUCAGCGGAGGCUAUUCCUGCAGUUUUUCAACCACUUCUGAUUGGUUCUUUCUCUUGCCAGUCUAUCUCAUCCCAUCACUAUUUAAAUCUGUCUACAGCUCCUGCUUUAUAGCAGCCUUUCAGCGUCCAUUAUUCCUAGAGCCCAUCCUAUUCAAUAUUCCUAUUGCGCCAACAGGACCUGAGCAUUCUCUCUGCUCUGGAAUAUUUAUGGAAAGUUUAUUUUAUCUGUUUUUUUUAUUGCUACUCUUGUGCAAAUCGGCCCCCAUAGAGUCCCCAGUCCCUGCCCUUGCAGUAAUGGCAAUGUAAACAUGGGAAAGUAAUUUGAAUUCUAACAAAGUGGAGAUUAGCUGGUGACAGUUUGUGGCAUGGGCGAUUAUUUCUAAAAUAAUCCUGUUUUGAUAUGCAUCUGCGUCCCGGCAGGAAUUUUCAAUUUGUUUUCCCAUUGCUGCAUGUAAACAAGCUCUAGUGUCUCCUUAUCAUGGCGUCGCACGGACAAGGAGGGGAGCGUAUGCCUGCCCUCCCCUCCAUCCCCCACACCUCCCUCUCUCUUGCUUUCCUCCGUCUCCCAGCACAACCUGCCUCCUCCACCCAGCAUCUGGUUAGAGGAGCUGAGCAGCCGCGCUUGUCUGGGUUUCAACAAGUCUCUUUAUCACCAGCAGGUAGGGGGUUUUAUGUGUGUACCUGCAAGUCAUUUGCAAACAUGAAGUCCUCAAAACGCACCCCUGAAUAUGUUCUGCUUGAGGGGUUCUGCCCAUUCCCGGUUUGAAUAGGCCAAUAUGCAGCAUGGCAAAAUGGCCUCCUGUCUGCCAAAAGGAGCUGUCGUACCCACAGGCCUGGGCCAGGUGAUAAAUGUUUACACUUUUGAUUGUCAGCUGGGAGUUAAGGAAAGAAUGGGGACUAUUUAUUUUAAAUUGCUUGCUUAAAAAACACUUUAAUUUAAAGUUGCAGACUUCUUCCUUUUUUUCAUAAAGAUUUGUGUUUCAGAUGUUUACUCAAGAGGGGGGAUUCAUUCAUUUCCCAUGAUGCCUGUGGAGUCUCAGAAAGUCCUACACAAGAUGAUAUCAGCUGUUUACUUACCUGCCUUUGAUGCGCAUAGAAAGCCAGGGGGCUAUUUAUCUCUCGCUGAUUGAUUGCUUCUGCCUGAAGCUAAUCAGCAUGUAGCUCGUUGUGUCUUAAUGUUUAUGGGGAUUAUGGGAGGAUAAACAUAGUAAUCCCCCAUGUUGUGCAGGACUUCCAAUUAUCAUGCCGCUCCACCAAAAAUAAGGUCACCAUAGAUUUAACCUUUUAAUGCAAUAUAAGCCAGCCGACAUCUCUCUGCUCUUCAUCUCAGCAAAGUUUAACCUGACUUUGGACCCACGUCUCACUCACAGGUGACUCAUCUCAGCUGUAGUGGGUUGUGACUGGAGCUGACCAGCUAGGUUAGGCUGUGGUCAGUGCGCUGACUGAGGCAGGCUUCCUUACAGAUAGAGAUAACAGGCAGAGGUGAAUGUCUAGUCCAUGCUGACAGUCUGGAUCGAUUAGGGAUGGAUCACUUACACGCAGCGAUCGUUACAACCCCGCCCCAGUGCUCAGGUGGAGACAUGGAGCGACUCACAGCAGCAGCAGCAGCAGAGAGGUGAAGCUCCUGACUGAAAUGUGCCCUUGCAGAGAUAGAGGAUCACAGUUUGUUAUUUUUUAUUACGUACUUUUAUUUGGCGUUUGGAGUUGUUUAUGUCAAGUUACUUGUCCAGCUGAAGUAUCCUGAUUGACAAAGACUGCAUGAUUGAUACACCUCUUCUUCCAUCGCCAUUAAGGGUGUGAGAAGAGAGGAUGCAGAGUGGCCCAGCUCUCACUGCGAGUCACCUCCACAUCCUCCCCUCAUUAAUCUACUCUAAUACAUUCACUGUAAAGAGCUGCUUUCCCAGCGAAGAGCAAGCAGGCCUUAAAUUACAAUACAGAGGAGUGGAAUCAUUACUACCUUUAAUGUUCCCAAUCUAAUUGAGGCAUUAAUUUAAGUAGAGUCCCCAGUGAGGAUUAUUCAUAACUGCUUUUUAAUUUAGAAGGGGGAUCAGUGGAAAUAUUCCCCACAUCAGACACAAAGUUCUUACCCUGGUUACCCUUUUGACUGCUCUCGGUGCUUUUUCUAAGCCCCCUGACAUUCGCAGGAUGAAGCAGCAGGAUACACAGAGCAGAGAAGAGCCGCCUCUGUUACUUUAACAAUAAAAUACAAACACAGCGCAGCUCCUUUGGUGUGUUUCCCACUUACCCUCGCCUUAAGUAAGUCAGUUUGUGGUGCUUACAAGACAUGGUUGCUUUUGACGUAUUUUUGCUUGCAUAAAAAAUAGGCUUCAAAUUCUUUUGCACAACACUUUAUGUUAACUUUGUAGUGGUUUAAACUCUGUAUUUUUGCAAAUGAAUAUUCAAAAGCCUCUGCAAUAGUUCAGGAGCAAUGAAAGAAGUCAUUUCAAAGAGAACUACACACCCGAAUUAAAGUAAAGGAAACUGAUGUAGCUAUAAAUAUGGUUUCCAGAUAAAGCUACAGUGGCGAGUACAGAAAAUGCAUCAACAAUAAGAAGUAGCAGGCCAGGGCGGCGAAGAGAGCUGCACCUGCAGAGUGAAGUCAGCAGGACAGACUCAGCAGAGAUGCAGCAAAAACCCUAUUAUUAAAGCAUUAUAAAAACAAACCAGCACAGUGUGCUAGUACAAAUAAGAAAUCUGUUACCAGUCAGCUGACGGGAGAACACCUGAUAUCAUAAUGAGCCCCUGAUGAAAAAAAACAAGAUGAUUGACAGACUUGUUCUGUGUCCUGCUUUGUUUAAUAAUCCUGUUCCUUUUAAAUUAUUUGUUUUAUUAAUCACUGCACUUUUAUUAGAAAAUCUCUAAAUUGUAUUUGUUCCUUAUGUAUACACUAAAAAAAAUGCUCUUUGCAAAAGCUGCAUCUCAGCUUAACAGGGAGAUACCAUAAAAAAAAUAAAAAAAUAAAAUAAAUAAAUAAAAUAAGUAGUUUUGCUUUUAAACUCAGGGUAUCAAGAGUAUUCAUGAACCAAAAAAAUGUAAAAGCUGUGUCAUUUUUAUGUCCUCUCUUCUUCUGUCCAGGUUUUAUUUACUAUCCAGCAUCCUAUAAUCUAUUUAAGCUGUCCAAUGCCUGGGUCAAAGCCCAACAUGCGAACUGUGGAGCAUGUGUAAAAUGUUUUGGCAGGUUUCAGUCUGAUGGGGACAUAAACAUGGAAGAGAAAAUGGAUGCCCUACACCUGCAUUAUCUAGAUUUGAUUUAGUGUGAAUCCAGUUGGACUGAAGUCUUAAUGUGUAUUUUCAAAGUCUAUUUUCAGUGGGACUAAUGCAGUAAAUCAAUUUCUAGGAUGGCAUAUCCAUGUAUUGUCAUGAUAAUCUCAGCAGGUAUAUCCAACUACACCUUCUGAGCCACGCCCUCAAACUUUUUGGGGAAGUCUACCUUGGCUUUCCCACGGCAGGCACACCCUAUUUAAAGAGAGGUGAGAGUGAGAAAAUACUUGCAUUCGUAGAGACACACACUGAAAUCCACUGGAUAGAAGAAGUCUGUUUAGAGCUGGAUCCAAAACUUAGGUUUAUGUCCCUUUAAAGCUCCAGUAAGGAACUUUUUGUUUGUGUCAAUUUUGGUGCCCCCUGUGGGCAUAACUAUUCAUCUUAUCUUUCCUGACUAUGUGCAAGUCAUAAUUUUGGUUUAGAAACUCUUAGACUACUUGCUGAUAACAGUCAGAUGCAUUACUCAGAGUGGAUGUUAGCUGUGGAAAAAGUCACAGUGUUGAAUGAUCUUGACUAACCUACCACUCCAAACUUAAAAGUGAUGGUCUGUUUACUGUUGCAGGCAUAAAGAGGUGACACCGUUAUUAUCAGUCAGUUUUACAUUCAGCUAAAAACCCCUCACAGGAGCUUUAAGUUUUUGUUACACAGUUUAACGUGAGUGAAAACCUCCUUUUAAAAAUUCUGUUCUGUGUGUGUUACCUCCAGGAGUGAAGAUAAGUUUUCCGGCCCUGUUUCCCCUUUGAAAUUUCAUACUUAAACAGCGAGGCUCUGUGGGGAGGAUUAUUAGCGGUGGAGCUCCAUAUUGAACCACAGCAGCAGAAUUUGGCCAAAGGGGAGAAAUCAGCGGCUCAUGAGACACAAGCAUUUGAAUGUUGGGACUUUUUAAAACACACAACCAAACAAGAGCACUUAAGGGACGAGAGCACGCACCCACGUACACAAACUGAAACAGGCGUGCGUGAGGCUGUACCCCGAGGGAUGUGAGUCACACAGAUACCGCCGCAGUCCCCCUGUGGCACUAGAAGCAGGCAUGGCGUGCCAUCUGGAGCUGGGAGGAGGGUUUGUUAGAGGGGUGUUGAAACCGAGUGGUACAUGCUUCGACCGUGUGGCCGGCCAUCUGGCUUGGCGUGCUGUGUAUCAGUAACUUUGAGCAGUCCUGUAUGGGAGCGGAGAAGGGGAGAUGGAUGGAUGGAGACAGAGGGGUGGAUAGCUGUAGGGUUAAAAGCAGCCAGAGCGCAGUGGCACCGAUUUGAUGGAUGUAUAUUGUAAAAUACACUCUCUCUCUCUCCCUCUGUUAGUCUGCAUCCCUCUUUGGAUUGAUGUGCUGCAAAAAUAAACUCUGUCCCGAAUAUCUACGCAUUCAUUAUCUCACUUUUCUUUUAAGUCAGGGAGGAUUUAAACGCACAAACAUAUGCAACAUUUAACAGUUUAAACUUUUUGCAGUCACUCUCUAUGUAAGGGUCCUUGUUAUAAGCAUUGAUUAAUAGAAAAUAAGCUACUUAUAAGACCUCUCGGACUGCAGGACGGCUGAUAUGGUGUCAGCAUUUCUACAAUUUCAGACAAGCUUUAAAAGUGAUCAGUAAAAUCUUAAAAUCAAUUCUGAAACACACAGGAAGCCAAUGAAGGGAGGUGAGGACAGGAGUGAUGUGAUGUCGUCUGUUAAAACCAGUAAGAAGCCGAGCCGCUGCAUUCGAGACAAGUUGGAGGCGACAGAGAGAAUUAUGAGUGAUACCAGAGAGGAGGGAGUUACAGUAAUCUAAUCGAGAGACGAUGGGUGCAUGGAUGACUUUUUCAAGGUUUGCUCGUGACAGAAUUAAACUCUAGUAUUAAUAAACCCUAUGACUCAUAUAUAAACUGUUAACAGGUUUCUAAUGAGAGCCUCUGGGUGUCCAAAAGUAAUACUAAAUGUGUUAAUUUUGCUUUUAUUAACACUUGUAAAUGUUUAUAAGCACCUUAAAAGGCCUUAUUAGUGGCUUAUUAACUGUCAUUUCAUGUGUAUUACAAGGACCUUUAUAUAAAGUGGUUUUUUUUUGGUGUAUAAAUUUAUCAUUACAGUGACACAGAUCACUGGUACACUCCACUAUUUGCACAUGGUGGUAUCUGUUUCCUGUCAUCCUGAUAUGUUUAAUUUCAGUCUUUUUUGUCUUUUUAUGGCGGUUAAGGAAAAACAAAUCCAACUUUUAAAAAGUGGUAAAGGUGAGGAACUUUGGGAAGGUAAAAAAGUAACACAGCAGCAGUAACUUUUAGGUUCACGUUGAACUUUGUCAACACUAACAGCUGUUUCCCUGAGAGUCUAAUAUAGACAACACUUUUUACACUGCAGUUCACUGCCAAGUGGUGCGUUUCGUGCAGACGCUUUAGGGUUCUUUGUGUUCCCUACAAGAAGCUUAAUGCUGCGACAAAGUGUCAGUAUUUUGAGUCUUUGGGAAUGGGAAUCAUCUGGUUUCUGAAGGCCAGAGUGAGCUGAUAAUCUGUUAAUGUAUUUACUUUAAAAAUAUAUUCUAAUGAAGUCUAAAUAAAUAGUCUUGACUGUUUGAUAAACUUGUAACAGCUGAGAUCAGUUACAGUUGACAUUACUCAUCUUUUGGCAAAAAUAAGUGACCGACUUUCACUAGAAUCGGCUUUUAUUACGACAUAUUCUGUCCUUUGGCUUGAUUUGGUUGAGGUGAGAUGAAUAGAAAUAAAGAGAAAUGAAUGGAGGCUGAGCUGCAGAUUAAGAGGAUGAGCUGCAGAAGAACUUGACCUCCGAGAUGUGAGCAGACCACCAACAGCCAGAGCUCAAAGCUCCACAGACCGAGAAAAACCCAGAUAAAGAGAGAGAAAGGACAAGUGAGCAAGGGAGAGAUAAUAGAGGGAAAAGAAAGAAGAUAAGGAUUUAUCUCAUGACCCUACGUGCGGCCUGACUCAUGUCUGCCUUAAGCCAAGUGUGAGAUCCACUUCGCUUUAAUAUUUUAUAGUUUCCUUCAAAGAGGUCCUGCUGCUCGUGCUCACUCUCUGUAUGAGCUCAGUGCAAGAACUUAGACUUCCCACCUUGAUCUGCACAGAUCCCCUCUCUCUUUUACUCAUCUUCUUCCUUACAGACUUCAUUUCUCCACAACACUGACUGUCCUCUUCAUAAAAAAAACACAAAAUAUCUGUCAAUGAACAAAGACCAGGUUUUUGGCAAUAUGUAAUGAAGACUAAAGAGGGACUUAGUCAGCAGAUCCAGUCGUUCUCUGAUGGUGCGAAAGAGAAACAGCCAGAGAGUAAUGAUUUUUUAAAAAAUAUGUACAGUAUGUGUUUAUGCUUCUGACCAAUUACUGACCAGUCGAAGAGACUGAGGGUUUUUUCGUGAGCCCGAUCAAAUCUGGCAUCACUUUAACUUCAAAGCCAGGAAGGGGUAUAGAGUUCCUAAACACAUCAUGAAUAUUGCAGGAUUGUAAAGUCACUCUUUCUGAUCUGAAAUAAAAACUUCUGAAGAGCUCCAACCGGCCUCCUCCAGCCCCCCUAAACUUACAGUAGCCAGGCGGGCGGAUGGGCAGUCCAUUAACUAUUUAAAUGCACACAGAGAUGUGAGAAGCAGUGGCCAGCAUUUUAAUGAAAAACAGCGAGUGGAUUGGCUCCUGACGGGACCGCUCUGUUUCUGAUUACCAUUACUACAGCUCCAGAGUUACAUUCAAAGGUCUGGAAGUGAUUAAAGUUACAUUGAUAUUUUUCUUUUCCUCUUUUUUGAGGUUGUGAAUGCACGCUCCAGUUUUCUGGACUUUGUGGCAGCUCCAUUUUUAUGUCUGCAAGUCAAGACAGUGACAAAGUGCUACUAAAUUCAAAAAGGUCUGAGUCCAUGCCAAAGUGUCAUCUAUCCUUCCUAUUUCCCCUCAGGGAGUUCUCAACUAACCAGCCUUCACACUCCUAUCUUGGGCACCCUGCUAAUAAGGAACACCCAGCAUUUAAGCCGGAAAGGCUCUGUCAGGGUUUCAGCUUCAAGGCUAAGGGUGCCCACACAGGGACACUGUGCCAGGUUUGAGAUGAGGGAUGAGUGUAAGAAUAUCUCACUCCUUCAGUCAUUUACUGUUGAGGCCUAAAAUUAGAGAGAGUGAGUUUAAUUUAAAAUCAAACACGCACAAUCUCAAUCCUGUCUCCUUAAAAUACAAGAGACACUUUUUGAUUCAGAUUUUUUAUACAGUGAAUUAAAGGUAUUACUAUUUAUGUUUAGGACACCACAUUGAGUUUAUGAAUUUCACUGUGAAUCUGGAGUCGUUGUGCGGUUUCUAAACUCUUAAUCCAGACUGUGAAAGAUUCAGAGAGCAGACAGCUGGUCCCUCGAAGCUGUUUUUGUUUCUGAAGCCGUUCAUAGCAGCUGAUUCUGCCUCUCGUCUUUUUUUUUUUAUCUGAACUGGUCUUAACCCCCAUGAACAUGUAAAAAAGACCCCUGCAGAUUAGAGAAAAAAACUCAUGCAUUGUCCACAGUUGCGAUUUAAGGAUACACAGAUACAUCUUAACCAGAUCUGAUGUUUCUUUGUAAAGCGUCGGCUCUUUAGUAUUUUUACCCCUGAGAUGUUGCAACAACAGCCACUUGAGCUCCCUCGGGCAGGGUGCUAAGUGGCUGAGAGGACUGGGAGAUUCUUGUGUAGCAGACUAAAGACAUGCCUCUGUAAACACACAUGCAUCUUUGCACCGCUCUCACUUCACACACGCUUUCGCCGGCAGAGUCAAUAAACUGUUUGUUUUCAGUGUCUCUCUCACUUUCAUUCGCUGUGUGUAUCCCUCGCUUUGCUCUCUCUCUCUCUCCAUGCCCGUGAUAUGAAAUGCCUUUUUUUUCUCUCUCUCUCUCUCUGCUCUUCUGAAGCAGUGCUCAAUCUUGCGCUGCAGCGCAACAGGAAGCCGUUUAGAGCACAGUCCCCACCAUUGUUCCAGUCUGUUUCUCUCAAAAAGCUUUUAUCGCUUCUACUAAGCGCUCUGCCAGGGGAGAAACAAAGAUUUGUUGAUAGUUUGCUGCUGCUAAAAUUGCACCCUAGAGGUCUGCACGCUUAACGUGUGAAUCGUGUCAUAAAUUAAGAAGGACGAGAUGCAAACUUGGAUGAUGGAGGAUGUUUCUGUGAGCGAUGACAGCAGGGUCGUGUACUGUGGCAGGGACACUGCAGUUUCCUCUUUGUUAUCUCAGGGCCUGCACUCGAGCUUUCCUGUUUCUCUCUAACUCCACUAUUGUCUUUUCUUCUCUUCUUCAGAAAAACUGCGCCUUUGUUUGAGAUAUGUUAUCACUGUGAGUGCUAAUGUUCAAUCUUAAGACUCCCCUGUGGAGCAAAGUGGUGUUACUGGUGAAAAAUAUCUGAAUGGAAAUACAGACAAGAAAUGCUACUGUAUGAACACAAGGGCAAACAGACUCAAACACAGCUUUUACCCAACAGCAAUAACCAUUCUCAACAAAAAAACAGGAGCUAAUGUGCAAUGACAACAUGAUUUUACGUUGAUGAAUGCUCUUGUAAUGUCUAUGUUUUGAUAUACGUGUGGAGGGGUGAAUGUGUUUAGAUGUAUGUUAUCUUUUUCUAGUAAUCUUAGGACUUUUAUUUUCAUAUGAUGCACUGACUGGAGAGCACUUUUAAUUUCAUUGUACUUGGUGACAAUGACAAUAAAGAUCUAUUUUAUCUAUUCUAUUCUAUUAGGGCCUAUUUGGUAAAGUUGGAAAAAAUAGCGCUGGAUUACGCAACUCUUGAAUGAGCUUUUACAACUAGUUUUUGAAUCAUUUGGAAUAAUUUCACUAUUUCACUGGAUACAUUUAAAAAAAGACAAAGAUUAAUUGUUCAAAAGUUUAAAAACAGCAGCCGUCCCUCAUAGCUUAAAGUCUUCUCUGUUGUUUCAAGGGGUUGGUGGGUUGGAGAGAGUCUUUUUUAGACAUCAAACCCCACUGUAAAAACCACAGUGUAAUAUUUACACUAUGAUGGUGGACAAAGCCACUGAGACCUACACCAUGAUGACAACCUCUGCUCUAAUGUGUAAACAGACAGAUGUACAGACUUCUUUCAAGUUUUUGUCUGUCUACUGAAUGAACCACUGAAUGGUUUUAUUCAUCUUGUUACGUGUCGCUUGUCCUCUCAGUUAGGUAACACAGAUGUCAUCACUUACACCUGCUGCUUGUCAAGAAUGUUCCUGAAUAUUUCUCCCUGUGUUUCACGUAGCAGGGAGAAACUUAUGGGAAGAGUGGAGAAGAAACUCUUAAAAAUUCUAAGAUGUUAGUUGUGUUGUGCAUGUGUGCACAACAUAGGCUGCAAAAUACACUGAUGUAGUCUGGGUGAUUUAAGUUAUCAUUUUUCUGCCAUAAUGGAAAUGAAAGGUCUUCCUAUCUUUCAUUGGCCUCAGAGCCAAAGAGGUGUCAUUGCUGAGUGUCAUCUGCACCUAACAGCUGCAGUGUACUCGCCUUUCUGUCAAGUCAGCUGUGCCUCUGAUUCACUAAAGCAAAAACCUUAAUUCCAUUGAAAAAGAUGUAUAAUAAUUAUAAAAAGAAAAUAACUUCUUGUACAACGUAUGUAGGAAGAAAUCUGAGGUGUGAAGAUCAAAACCAUCUCUUGAAAGGUGGCGGCAUUUUUAUAUUUCCUCUAAAUCAGCUGUUUUGAAUGAGUGUGUAUGUGGUUUCAGGUGUUCUACAGCCAGCCUCAAGUGGACACUUGUGGAAUUGCAGUUUUAAGCACAUUUGCAUCAGCUUCGUUUUUGAAUAUUGGAGGUAGGCACUCUGUAAAUCAAGCUGAAAUAUGAUACACUCUGUUCAUUGUGUGAUCUAUGUAAACAUGACUAUUUAGAAAAGCAUUAUGCAGACCUCCAUCAUUAAGUUCAUUAAGGAAGUACAAUUGAUGCUUUCUAAUACUGUGAAUUUAAUUAUCACGAUUUUAUCACAUGACUUAUUUUCUUUGAUGAUCUCACUCUCAUACAAAAAUUCUGACACAUCGGUCGUACUCAUCAGUGCGUCUUGUAAUUUUCAGGGAAGUAAUCUUGUACUGUGUUAAAAUGAAAUGAAAAAGAAAAUAAGCUAUCAAUGGUCAUGUAAAAUCAUUUCUGUACUCUGAUUAUGCAACACACUGGUGGUCAGAUGGGUGUGACUGCCCUUUGACCUCUCCUCUCCUGCCCUGUUAAAUGCACAGAGCCUAGGUCUCUGCCUUGACCCUUGCUGGGCUAAGCUGCUUUUGGAUAAUCAAUGGACAUAAGUUAAUUGCCAUGUCACAAUGUCACAGACACCACACACUGGCCACAGAAGACUGUACGUGUGAGGGGGGCAGUUGUAAGAGGAUUAGAGGGACCAGAUGUCGGUGUGUUUAGUUGCGAGGUUUGGGUCAAACUGUACGGGUCGAGCCUCCAGAAAAUAAGAGAAUUCAUGUUCCUGAAAAGUGUGCAUCUUGUUCUAUUAGGAGCCUUAGUUUUCCUGAGUUUAACAGUAAUGAAAAGACUUUCAGAACAACAGCCAGAGUGUGUAGUACAGCAUACGUUAUCAAGGAGGGUUGGAAAUAUCACCCAUAACUUUAAGACAGAGCUACACUAAAAGACAAGCUAUUUUUUUUCUGCAUAACAUUACACUCUAACCUUUAUGUAAAUAAUUUAAAGAGCUACUUGAAUUAUUCAUCAAAAGUGGCUUUAAAGCUGGGGCAGCUCUCGAUAUGGCCCUUUUCCAUUUUUUAAUGUUCUUUACUGUAGUGACUAAAUGUAUUUAUGGUAAAAGACGUCACUGUAUUGGUUCAUAGGUGCCUGCCUAAAUACAUAAUGUGAAUGUAUGCAGUUUCCAGCUCGCCGUUAAGGGCUCGUUGGUGUUGCCACUGUGUCUGCAUGUUGUUGCUGCACAGUGGAUGGUGGAGCAAAGAGGCUCAUGCUGUGGUAUGAUGCUGUAAGUGUGCAUUUGAGUGGUGUGGGAGUAGAAUAGAGGAAAUAAAGUCCAACCAGAUCUGAAGAUUUUAAAAAGAUUUUCUAAAAGAGCAACAAAACACAUAAUUUUGUAUCCAUGCUGUUAUCUUGUUACAAAUUAAGACUUUUAUUGUGCUGGAGCUAAAAGAAAAACCGCCAAACUCAAAAAAAUAAAAUAAAAAAUCACAUCUUACAUCAGUGCAUUUUCAGUCAAAGCAGGACAAAGUUGAGGAUGUUAAUGUGCAGGAGUAAAUUUCUGUUCUUCACUUAAGUCUUAUGGGAAAGAGCAGCUAAGAUUGAUCUGUACCCGCCCCCGGAGCAGCGUGUCGGCCUGUGGCUGUCACAGAGACAUUUUUAAUGUACACUGUAGCAGUUGAGAGGCCACACAGGAUAUUACAGAUGUGCUCCCUAUUUAAACCCCUAAACCUCCAGCCAUCAUCUAUUAAGCAUCCAUCACAGAGCCCCCGGUCCUCUCUGUGUGAUGAGGGAUGUAGCUGAGGAAAGACCUAGGCAUGUUACCACAAAGGAUUCAGGACUGGAGUUGUUCCUCUUCAGGCUCUCACCUGAGGAUGGAGGCACCCAGCUGUAGCGAGCUUUUGUCACUCUGUCAGCGUCUCUUUUCUCGGUGACUUAUGUCCCCUCAGGCAGCUGUGGGACUCCAUUACCUCUGCGUGUAUUGUGGGGAUGUCAGGACCUCCCUGCGUGGAGAGCGUGUGUCUCAGAUUGAUGGGCAGAGGUCUAACUGUGACCCGGCUGACUUUCACUCUUAGCACAUAGACAGAUUUACAUGGUGCAGGCAUGAGGCUUUGCUGCACUAUGGGAAGGGAGUGAGAGGUCCCCAGGUAGAGUUUGUAAAAAGAGGGAGGCCUUAGAGAUGACUGAUUUAUGAGCCUGAGCUCCUAAGAUUACUGGAAAUUAGCUCCAAGUCUCUAAAUGUACACACUGCGUCAAGAAGAAAAACUGAGUAAUGUGACAUUAAAUGGCGAGACAAAGAAGAAGGGAGGGUAAGGUCUGGAUGUCUGUUGACGUCUUCAUUCAUCUCAGAUGGCACACUGGCAGCAAUACGGAGAUGGUUUUGUACGUUUAAUCUCAGUUUCACUUCUGAUGAGUCAAAGUGUGGUUUAUUCCACCACACCCAACGGCUGUGCAAUGUUACAUCAUUUUUGGAGUGAAGUAAAAACCUGCAGUUGAGAAGUUUGAAAUGUAAAGUUUCUCUGAUUUUUAAGGAAUUAAGUUACAAUUUUUCAAAAAACUUCAUGUUUCCUUUAAUGUUUUCCCAGCUAACUAAUAAUGAGUUCGCUUUUUGAUAAAGAUGUGUAAAUUAAAAAAAAAAAAAAAAAAAAAAAAAAGAGAAAAAAAAGGUGGAAUGAUUUCAUGUAUAGUUGAACUUGAAUGGGAAAAUGAAUCAGAACCCACAUAACUUUUCAAUGUAUAAUACAGUAAAUUUACAGCAAGGUGGUGUAUAUUUGUCAUAUAGUUUAUCCAUUUCCCCACUUCCUUUAAAUGACAUAUCAAUAGAUUAAAAAAUCUCCUCUUUUCCUCAAAAGCCUAUAAUAAUAUCUCUGACUCCUGUAUAUAUUACAGUUUGACUUGUGUGUUGGCUCCUUGAGUUGCUGUAGGCAAAAGAGAAGAAAAAACAGCAGCGGUUGAGUGUCACAGGAAGUGAGCUCCACUUAUGCAAAGAAACAAUAAACUACAACUAAAACACUCUUUUCACAUUAAUUAAAGAGAGCUGUACUCUAAAAAAAAAUUCAAAACACUUUUUCUCUGCUUAAGAUUGAAGCUUACUUUUGUUUGUUUGCAGCUUCAUCCUUCCUGGGGUGUGUGUGAGUUUCGAUGCACUGCCCACAGUGUCAUCUACAGCUCUUUCACAGGCUACACACAGACAGAGGGGUUCGAUUCAUAGUUUGGCAAAUAAAAAUCUUUAUCAAGUCCCUAUAGUUUCUCAUUAAGAUACGCAAUUUACCUAUGUGUCUGUUUCAGACCAACAGAGAGCACAGGAGAGACAGCAAUGUCACCACAUCUCUUCUUUUUUGACAUUGCUCAGUUGAAAACAGGUACAAAUAAAUACUCCUGUCUCUACACCUGGUCCCUUUAAUCACACAGAACAUUGUUUUCUUAUCUCUGUGCUCAUUGAAUUGUGUCAAGUCACUGUUGCAAAGUAUUACAAUAUGAAUCGUACCGUGUUGUACUAUAACAUGUGAGAAAAGUCACAUUCAAAGACCAUGAGUUUGAAAAGCUUUUAGAGGAUUUGACCUCAAUAUUUAACAGCAGGCUAAUCCCAGACAUAAGGCUGCUGUAGUCUUUGUAUUCUAUCCAUGUUAACCUAACUUCCCUGUUAGAUUCUCUGGUUUCCUUACUACAGCACACUCCAGUUGUCAGUUCAGUGGGUUGUGGAGGAUUGUGGACUUUUCUCUUCCUCUAGAGAAGCAGCACAGCGCCCAGAGCUGAGAGCUGAGGGAGGCUCCGUAAUCACUGUCCUGUCUCUGUGUUUCUCUGUCUGUGUUUUCUGUUCAGAUUGGAGCUGACAGCCCGUCAGUGGAGGGAGGGCUUUGAACCUGAGGGCUCCUCUCUCUACCAAAAGGCUAAUCACUACUUCAGAGCGGGGGACUGGCCCUAAACAAACAUUUACUGCUGUAAAGACAGGGUCGGCCCCUAACGAUGUGGGUCAGAGGUUUUUUUUUUUUUUUUUUUACAGCGUGGGUCUUUAUGGAGACGGAUGCCAGGGAUGGACAAAUAGCAGGACAUUAGCUGUCAGCAGCAGCAACGGGAGCCAGAUCUGGCUGCGCUUUAAUAGCUGUUUGUUGUUGGAGAGGAAAAGGCUCAUAAAAGUGGAGACUCUUAUCUUGUGUGGACCCUGCGUGUUUGUGUCACAGCCAAGAGUGACCACAAUGAGAGACAGGCAGGAUAGUCCAGGCCAGGGAUGGACUGCACUCAAUCUGAUAACUGCGGUGCAUCCUCCACAGACUGAGGUAUAAAACAACACGGCCACAGGCGUCUCUAAAGCGCUCAUGACACCAGCAGCAGACGCGAUUUGUCAACACAGUAAAUACACUUUUGCGAGCGGGAUGUAAUGUAAUGCUGUGAUUUUUCUGACAGCAUGAUCAUUUCAUCCAACAAGCUUUUAUUUGGUGACAGUGCUGAGGGUCUUUCUCCGCCUGAGGAGCCACGCUCUCCCGCUCCGCACACUCACACCUUUAACGACUUCUUAAAUGUCACAGAAUGUCAGGCGCAGGGAUAAAAGCAGAGGACCUCCUCCUGCUCGCCGGUGAUCCUCGGUGGGUUUUUUACUACGCUACAGUGCUGCUGGGCAGGACAGACGCGCUCAGGUGUGGCCUGGAUUUCAGCACACCGGCUGGUGACAUGAUUUAAUGCACUAGCUACUAAGGAGGCGAGUGAGGAGAGCUCGGAGUCAGUGGAGGAACAUUGAUUGAGCACAUUGCGGCCUUACAAAUGUACGCUUUGCACACACACACACUUUGAAGAAAAUCGUACAUCACAGGUCGUUUCCAAACACUUCAGAUUAUGAAGUAUUCUGUGUGGCAGCGCUGUAUCUUCUCUUUGUUCACAAGGAUUUAAAAUCAGUGUAAGUUGACUGAAUAUUCCCUGGGGUGCAGACUACUGCUGUGAUGAAAUAAGCAUCAACUCUGCUCAAUUUUCCAUUGAGCUAACCAGGCAGCUCAUCUCCAUUAGCGUUAGUCUAACCAGCGCCGCUCUGGAUCUCUUUAGCUGUGAUCUCGCCAGAAGCCAGCUGGGUGUGUGUGUGUGUGUGUGUGUGUGUGUGUCUGCACACGCUUGUGUGAUUUUGUGAGAGCUCAGUGCUCUGAGCCUUACAGCUGUGAGAGAUCUGAGUGUAAGGCCAUGAUGGGGCUCCGUUAAGCUCAACAGCAUGAGCCUGUAUCAAUUACGCUGCAACAGCGAUACGGACACAGCGUGCAGUCUUCAAAGACAAAGACUUAUGACCGCCCGGCGUCUCCCUCGGCUCCUCUGGCCACACAGUCAGCUGGAUAACCUUCACACAACACACACUGACUGAGGAGAGAGGGGGAGACACAGAAACACAAAUAUUAUUCACUCUCUGACUGCUUGAUAUUUACUCUCUAUAUGUAAAGCAGGAGACAUGAUAGUGGAUUUCUUCUCUCAGCACGCUCUAUACUGACGCUACAUUUGAGGCAUUCCUGUUAACAUACUUUCUGUAUUUUUUUCCCCUUGAAUUUCAAGUCCAAGACAAAAAUCAGCACCUCUUCCCUCCGAGGACAGUGUCAUGCCCCGUGGCCCUCCUCACCUCUUGGUAGAAAACCUCUCUGUGGUCCAGCGCUCCUUUGAACGUCAUAUGGAUCCAGUUGUGGGGCUGGAGACUAGCGGUAUAGAUGAGCUAUAAUCCAUGUAGCUCUAUAUCUCCUCCCCCAACCUUCUUUCCGAUACCUUUGUACGUCUGCACUCGAUACAGCUCCAAAGGCGAGCUGAUGCCUUUGAGGACCCUGACAAAGUUUCUGAGAGACAUUCUGAAGGCAGAGCUGUCAUGCUUAAUAUGUGUGGUAUUUUCCUGCACUCCUGCUUAAAGAAAUGACUGCCGUAUCAGCCAGUCAGCUGUGGACUGUGGGGAGUGUGUAGAUAUGUGUGAAGGUGUGAAUGGCGCGGUAAUGAAUGAAGGUAAAUGGCAGGGUAUGAAGUACUUCCUAUCGUAAUUUCACACUUGUCAGCUCUUGUGAGGAAACUUCACCUUUACACAAGGAUAGCGGAGCAGACUAGGCCUUAGAAAACAAACAGUAUGUGUCUGCAUGUUGUGGGAUGGAUUCUCUGUGCGAAGAAUUUCCCUUGCAAAUAGAUCCUACAGUCAAACCUUUGAAAAGAGGGCAACAUUUACGCUCAGAAAGCUACUGCAGUUUACACAACACAGAUGUUGAGUCCUGGAAGAGUGAGUUUUAAGGCAGUCAAACAAUGACCUUUUUAAAUUGCAAUUCCUGACUGUGAUCAGUCAUGAUUUAAAUCUCACACUCGCCUUUCAUUACCUUCCAUUUUAAACUGUUUCUUGGUCCAUUUUCCCCUCUGUAAAGCAGAUCUUUUUAGCAUCUCAAAAUGAGAAUCAAAUGAAUAAAAUGAAAAUUUACAGUAUGAUCAUAACUUUAGGAUUCAUGCACUGCUACACUCACACACUGACAUCCAUUGAUCCCCUGUUAACACUACAUCAUCUGCACUUUUCAGGAGCUCCGGUUCGGUUGCUCUUCUUGUUUCAUACUGGCCCUGCAUGCGUGAAACUACUGCUCCCUGUGAUGGUAAGACAUAGAGCUGAGUCACAGCAUGCCAACCUGAGGACGUCCCCUAGAUCCAUCUCCUCCCACCAUUUUUAACCACCGCUCAUUCAGCAAGCGGAGUCAUUGAGUUCUCUGAUCUAGUUUCAUCCACAAAGCUCUGACAGUUCUCACACCCCAAUAUUACAAUUUUCCGGUUUUUGUGGUGUGGUUGUGCUGACAUCGGUUUAACAAGUUGCACCUGAAUGCUUAGCUCGUAGGUGGACGAUCAGACUCGAGGAGCUGUGGUAAAAUAGUGAUUGCAUGUGAAACAAAGUGGAUGUUGCAAGCUGAAGUGAAAUGCGUCAUUUGGUGUCAUUAUUUCCCAUCAGUAACAGGAUGAUGCUGCAGCAGCUGGACUACGGUGAGCCUGAGGCGACAAAAUAGCUCACAGUUAACAGAAAUGGUGCAUCAUUUUUGUCGGUAUCAUAGACCACAAUCAACCCGUUAACACCGACAAGCCUAAAGGGAAACUGUGGUCCAGUAUGAUGAAGUUAAUGGAAAACUAUCAGUCAGAACAUAAAUGUGUGGAAGUCAUAGGUACGUUUUAAUAAGAGUACGGAUACGUAUUGUUUUAUGUUGAGAAGUAGGGUGAUGCAAUCAUGACAGACUGCUUCUGACAUUUACCUCCUCACAGUUUUUAAAUCAAAAAUGAAAAACGUUAGGAAUUUCAUUCACUUUGAUUGUGAUCGUGUUCGCUUUUGUAGGACAUAAAGAGGCAUUACGGUUCAUUUCAGUCAGUUUCAUGACCGGUUAAAAACUGUAGCCCUAAACUUUUUCUAAUCCCUCUGAAAUGUUAUGGUUCAUUCAGGACAUUUAGAAGUAAUUAGAUCUAAGUUGAAACAUGGUGUUAAAAACAGCAACAGUGAUCAAGAUUUACCUACAGAUACUAGUUUUUAUUGUGAAUUACAUAAAAAUAACACCUGUGGACUUUUGUCUGCUGUGUAAAAAGAAGAAGAAUAAAGGUUUAUGCUUUCUUUUAUGAAAUGUUGUAUUUUUUUUAAAUACAUCCCACAUUAACAUUUAUUCUCUGCAUGAAUUUGAGCUGCAGUCUGUUCAAAGCUUUACCUCGUACUCAGAUUUCUUGUAAAAAAUGCUUGCUCAAAGCUUUACAUUGAAUCAAGUGCCAAAUAUUUGCUUUUUUGGGGGGGGCUCAGUCAGUAUAUAUCUGGAUGUUUCUUUGAAGGUGCAGCACCAUCUGUCCGGCUCCUUGUAAAAUAUAUGUUACCUUUUAUAGGAAACCGAGCUUUAGGUUUCUUUUAUCAUGAAUAUGUCUUCUUUACCAGCUAUCGGUUAAAAACCUUGACACAAGAUAAAAAGCAUCCAGAGAAAAUGAAGAUAAUGUAUGCUGGAAUCUAAAAAAAUAAUCAGUUAAGUUAUCAAGCCUGAUCUCUGCAGUGAGAGUGAAAGUGGCUCUGGGAUUUUGUUUGUGUGUUUGUGUGAAGAGAUAGAGAGUAGGGGAAAAGAAAGGGUGAGCAGAGGGAGGAUAUGAGAGCCUUCUCAGGGGACCUUAAACAAACUGACUAAAGUGGUCCUGUUUUCUGACCAGGCACAGAGAGGAGGAACACUUAGCACUGCUGGAGACUCUCUAAACAGCCACUGAGGAAUUAGCCUGUUACUGGGAAACUUCACGGCUCUUGCACUGGGCCGCGUCCUCGACUAAGUAAAUCAGAAAAUAGAACGGGCAAUAAACUGCGAUGAGCAGAUGCGAGCGUGCACACACACACAAACAUAUGUAUCCUCUAUCUGUACACACAGGUACAAAAGCUCAGGCUGCAUGUAUGACAACGAGAGCACAGCUGAUGAUGGGUGUCUCAAACCAGCACAGAUAAACACAAAAACACAGGACGCCAUAUGUGCGAAGCUCUCUCUCUCUCGGUGGAGAAGUCGUAGAUAAUGAAUGGGCCCCUCACACACUCCAGAAAAGUGUCGCCAGUGACUCCAGACAAGGAAAAAUAUGUUUUCUCACCGAGGAAAAGCGAUGACCUUAUUCCUUCUCUCUCUGCACUAGUAUACAGUGUUCUUUUGCCUGCGUCGCCAGGUUCGGCCAAACAAAGAUGAGCUUAAAUUUAGGCCCCAUGAUGUCAACACAAACACAGGAUAGAAAGUUCAUCUUUAAUUAGGUGUCCCCCCUUCUCUAAAGUUCAUUUCAAUUAGUCCCACCUCGGCCCCACUUCCAGGUCUUAGUGAUUUGUCAAUGCCUCAACUUCUAUGUAGCGCACUGUGGUCACGAUGCAGCGUGGAAAUGUAACUCUGCGUGUGUGUGUGUGUGUGUGUUUUGCAUGCGAGUUGCUGUUUGUGUUCUGUGUGUGACCCCGACAGAAAAAGGGACUCCUGUGUGUGCCCUUGACAUUUCCUUCUGGUUCUGGUGAUGAAUUGCGGGGGUUGUUUACCAGUUCGGAGGAGGCGGUCGUGGAUCUCUUCUUUUGUUCACAAACACACGCAGGAAUGUAGAAAGACAUCCAUAAAAAUAUCAGAGGGAAACUUUUACUGUCAUACUUAUAUAAGAGUGUAUGUUUGUGUGUUAUUUUCAAUUCACUUCAAUUCAAAUGAGCUUAAUUGGCAAAAAAAGGCUAAAAAUAUUGCCAAACCAUGUGUUACUUUUUUCUUUUACAUUAGAGCUAGAAAAGAAAAGAAAAGAAAAAAAAAUCAAAUUAUUAAUCUUGUGAAAUAAAACAGUGUGCUUCAUACUUAACAAAAAGGUUAAGUACCCAAUAAAUAUUCACUUUUUAAGAUUUGACACUUAACAGACAUUCAUAUCAGAAAUAUGCAGUUUAUUAAUUGGUAAUUAAAGGUUUUAAAUCAGAGCAAAUGAGAAUUUUCUUUACUUUGUGUUGAUCAUCUUUAGCAGGAUUUCUGAACUCCGAAAGAGCUGGCUGAUGUGGUCUUGUAAUGUCUUUCUCAAUCACUUAAAAUCACUACAUCUGUGGAAAAAUGGUCCAGUAUUUUUCAUGCAGUAGUGAUAAUGACAAACUAGAAUUUUUUGAUAAAUUUCUGACUGUAAAAUGUAAAUUCUCUCCAUCAAUCCAUGGUACCCUGAGGUAUACCUUACAUCUCUGGCUUCCUGUGUACAGUCACCAUGGUUGGACAGUCUUUACGUCCCAUGUAGGAUCCUGAAGGUGUUCUAUGUCUCCCCUGUCCAUUUUGUGACACCCUCACAUAAAGCCGAUCAAUCAGCUGUAAUGAAACCCAUCAGGUCACCUUUGAAAUUUAUCAUUUUUUUUGUGUGCGUAAAAUGAAACGCCCCAUGAUGGUAUGGAAGCUAAAUUUAGAUUACCUAUAUGCUAACAUAUAUCCCCCCUCCACCUCCCCUCAGGAGAAAAAAAAAAAAAGCUCUAUGAAUUAUGCUGAGAUGCAGCACUCAUAUUGUAUGUUUGUGUGUUUGUGGCGGGUAUCAUCAUAAAACUUGGUUUGACUUUGCUUGUUCUUGGACUGAUUUUUUUCCUAAAGAUGAAGAGAAUCAGAAAGUUUUAAACAUAAUCUACGCUUUGUUGCUGAUCAGCAAAAUGAAGAAAAAAGAGAAAUUGAGCAAUCACCUGACAGCGUGACUUAUCUCAUUCACCCCGUGUGUGUGUGCGUGUGUGUGUGUGUCUUUGUGUGUGUGUUUCUGUCGCUCCCAGAGGUUUGAGGUGCUUAGCAUCUCUUGUUUGCACACAAUCCGUCUGUGAUUAUUGCCCGCUUCAGGCUUCACGCACUGUGAUGCGUCUUUUCACAAAGCAGCUUCAUUUGCAUAGAUUUUGCCAAGAAGCUCUCAAAUGUUGAGGAGUGUGCUUAAAGAGGAGUUAAAGACGAGCAAUCAUGACGACACAUCGUCUUGUUUGUGUUAACAGCAGGACGGAUCAGGAGAGUUGCACGCUGUAAAUUGGCUCUUCCACUUAAAGGUAACUUUUAUGAUUUGUUUUGAUCUGGUUGGGAGGAUUUCUUGCACUUAAGUGUUUUUUUUUAACAACACUUAAAGCUUUUUUUUGUGAAUAGUCAGGCCAAACUGCAAUCAAGGUCCGCCUGCACGGUUCAUUUUCUGCAGAUGGCACACAAAAAGUCCUUAUUCCAGCAUUUGCAAAGGAAUACGCUUUUCUUAUGCGUUUCCUGAUUUGUUUAUUUAUUUCUUUAUUUUGUUGUUGUCAUUUUUUUUCUGCUGAACACAGCUGCUCAGGCCCCUCCAUGCAGAAAGGCCCAAUAUGGCUCUGUCUGUAAAUCGGAGUCCGGGGGCCACAAGACAGAAAACAGAGGAGAACCACCCGGCGAAAUUUAGCGCACGAUGGCUCCCAGCGGGCAUCAUUUGGGGACCGGAGAGAUUUUUUUUUUCCUCCUCCUCGCUUUCCUUUUUCCUGCAUGGUGAGCAGGUUGGAAGGCUCAACCCUUACAUUGCUGCUGACACAACCACUCAGGGAUGGCUGUAACAGCUCUCUUAGCAUGGCACCUGUUAUUGAGCCGUCAGUGAGAGAGAGAGAGAGAGAGAGAGAGAAAGAGAGAGAGAGAGAGAGAGGGAGGAAGGGAGGGGAAAGGAGGGGAAACAAGGAAGGGAGAAGGAAGAAAGUGUGAAAGUGCAGAAAGAGUGAAACUCAAUUGUAAUUUCAAGGCUGUCACAGUUCUGAGAGCCGGUAAUUCUGCAGCCGUAUCCGUGAGCGGAUGUACUUGAACGCCUCUCUGUGCACAGACUGAUCCCUUUCCUUUUUGUCUAGACUGCCUACAUUUAUACAUUCAUCACAAGUCUCCACAAAUAAACUGAUGAGAAUUAGAUCCACGUCAGGCUGCUCUGCAAACAGAGCGGUGCCUUUAUGGUGGCCACACUUCCUCUAAUUCUCUCAUUACUUUUUGUUUGUUGUCUGGUUUAACACACUUUCUUUCCACUCUCUCUUUCUCUGACGACACAACUUGCCCUUUAUGGUGCUUUUUUUCGACUGCAUCAGUUGGUUUUGGCUUUUUCUUAAAUGAUACAUAAUGCUCUCAGCGAUUAAUGAUUAUAAAUACUCCUUAUGUCUGAGGUUUUACCAAGAUAAACAGCCUACAGUACAGUCAGAGUACAAGCAGUGUCCUCUUUUUUCCAACACGAGGGCGACGCUCAAAACCUUCUAACAUGGCUGCUGUCUGUUUUUUUGCACUCAGAAAAAAAACUACUUAUAAGUUUAUAAGAACAACAGAAAGAAAUAGAGAAAGAAAGAGAAAGCUCUGGAUUAUUUUCUCUGUAAGGCAAUCAUCAGAGGUGCACGGCGUGUAGCUGUCCGUUCAUGCAAAGCAGCGCCAUUCCUCUGCAGAGCAAUCAAAAUGGAUUAAAGCGAGCACGCUCCAGCUGCCUCCACGCAAAUCAGAUAUGCCUGUGAUGAUGAUAAUCAAUCCAUAAUAAAAUAACACAACAUAAAUCUGAUAGUGUUGUUCCAACACUUUUAAUAACAUAGAUUUAAAUAUUGCCAUGUGCACUGGAGUGAUUUAUUGACCAAAAAGUGCUAUCAAGCUUAUAUACACCCCCUGUUUCUGGUGGCUCGCCAAUAAUACCAUUAACUGCAUUGUUCAAACUCAUUAUGUGAUGAGAAACACAAUAAUAAUCGCAGGACUACAAACGCACAAUUUCUCCCAUUGAGCUAAUCACUUUUCCUACAUUAUUAGUCUCUCUUCCUCUCUCUCUCUCUCCCCCCUCUGCUCUCUCGCUCGCUCCGUCAUAAAUCCUGGGAGAGGCGGCUGUAUAAAUCCCUAGUCCUGAAUUAGUAUUGUAAUUUCUGGUAGCCAUUCAUGCUUUGCCAGAGCAGACCUUGGAGUUAUUAAUCUGGGCGAACAGGUGCCACAGAAACAAUAUGCUGAGCGGUCUGCCUGUAUACGCGGGGCUGACCCCACCCCCCGCCAAAGCGCUCAGUGCCUCCACGAAGAAUUACAAGGUGUGGACUGGAGCCAAAGUUUAGUGAUCGUAAAACAUCUCAAAACCGGAUUCAAGGUUUAUCAUUUUCAUCUUAUGUUCCUCAGUAAAAAAAAGUUUAAAGGUUUAAAUUAGCAUAUUAUGUUUGGCGGUUAGAUGAUAGUCAAGGGUCAGCGGUGUCCCUGCAGGAUCUGUCCUAGGACCACUAGACCAGAUUAUCGUUUAGGUUGUAAAAAUGAGCUUUUUGUUAAAUACAAAAACAUGACAGAUCAGUUAUUAUUGGUGUGAAGAGUCAAUCAGAAAUGAGGAGUUAGAGUCUCUGAGAUGAGAUGAGUCGUUUUCAGGGUCCCAUACCGUGUGAUAUCAUGUGGUUUAGCACCUCUCUGAUAUCGACGCUGUUAUGCCGCACAUAUGGCUCCCUGACAAACAUGACAGAUGAAACACUUUGUUUGCUUUUGUUUAAGUACCGGCUCCUCUCCUAAUACCAGCCUUUUAAGUGAUCAAAAAGGCCCGGCCAUAUUUGAUGUUGUCUGCAGAGAGACGGGGAGGGGGGAGAGAAGGCAAAGGAAGUGUCAUCCAGUGAUAUACAGCUCCAGUCCUCUGUCACACAGCGCAGUGUCUGCUGGGAAAUAAUCUGACAUCUUGUGCUCGACACAUCCAGGCGAUGAGUAGAGAAGGAGGAAAGAGAGGAGGCGGGGGGAAGAGGAGAUAGAAGUCAGAGAGUGACGGGACAAAGGGAGAAGAGAGGGGCCAGGGGAAGUGGGAGUGGGGGGGGGGUGAAAGGAGAGAGAGGACGCGAUCAAUUCAGCAGCCCCGUCUCCAUCAUGUCAUCGCCUGUCAGCAUAGAUUUAAGAAUAAAGCUUUUGAGAGACCUUCCAGAGCUACAGGCUGAUCGAUGCCUCGAUGCUGUUGGCCCAGAUGUCACUGACACGCACCGCACGGCUGCUCAAAACAUAACAGACCCCUUUGUGACCCUGAGUUUGUUGUUGCACACUUUUAAAAAGGCCACCGCUUCAUCUUCUAUGUCCCAAUCUACAUGCAGGCUCCUCCGCACUCUGCUGAAAGUAGGUAAGUAGUUAGCCAUGAAGCCAUAACUUAAAUAUUCCACUGAGAACUGGGAGUGCAUAUGGGCAGGACCAUUAGAGAAAACAGAGAGGCAGAGAUGAAGAUAUAGUGACGGGGUGAAUAAAUCGAGUCAUUAAGCAUGUGUUUGUGGGAGCCGGGCUCCCAUAUGACAGCGCGGGGCGGCAGGAUGCCUCUGCUGCCGGUCCCUGUAAACAGACAAACAGAUUGGCUCGUUUGCCUCUCUCCUCUGGGCAGCUUCUGCCUCCUGCUUUCUGGGGAGCACUUAGGACUUUCCUCCCCUGGGUCUGCACAGAGACGGCUGCUGGUGCUCCAUUUCAAUUUAUAGCAGGGCUUCUUUUAAUUAAUCUGCACCACUGUCAAGUGUCAGACUAAUGUUGAAAGCAUGAUGCCAAGUCAAGAGCCAGUCUGUAAGAAGCCGCAAUUGGGAAUUAAAUCUGUUUGAGUAUUUUUUUUUUCUUUUUAAAGAUAAAGAAAAGUGCAAGUUUAUGUCUUAACCUCCCUUUUAACUCACUUCGUUGCUUAGCAGCAUUAUUUUUCAGACUAAGAGAAGGAUAAGAAACCUUAAAAAUUAAAAAAAAGAUUUGUUUUUUCUUUAUCAUCAAAGGUUUUUCACUUUCAAAAUGACUUUUUUUCUGUUUUGCACUGCGAGCCUAAUUGGCCUAUUUGGAAACAUAAAAAAGUGCUCAUGGAACAUAAACUUUGUUUUGAUCCUUUCAAUGAUUUAUUUUUCCCUAAAACCAUCAGGUCAGUUAUAUCCUCUCAGCGGCUGACAUUUAAGUCAAACUCCAGAGUCAAAUGUGCAUACUUGCGGCUUUUGGACUGACCCAGCCGUCUAGGGCAUCAGGACCGUCAGGAACUUUUUCCUUUGUGUUUCCCAUCAUUGCUGUCAGCCCAGACAGGAACUUUGUUCACUGUGUGUUUCCCAUCACUGCUGUCAGCGAAUAGUAUGGAAAAAAAAAAAAAAAAAGUCAUUAAAAUAAUGUUUAAUGUUUAUACGGAAAAGACGUGAUUUUUGAGCCACGUUCAAAGUUUAAAUGGCGAAGGCUUUAAGUUGAACCUGCUGUCGAGACUCUGUUUACAUUUGCUUUUGUUUGUUCAGAUACUUUAAUAAUAAUAAAAACAUGAAGCACAAAAGUAGUUUGUCUUUUUACAUUAUCAUAUAAAAGCAUUAAAAGAGUAUGUGAAAUAAAAAUAGCCCAGGAGUUAAAGUGUGAGCUAAAUCUGCCAGCUGAGUGGAACAAGUUCAUCUCUGGCCAGUGGAAAGAGAAAACCACAGCGGUUCCAUUUCUGCAGCACAGAGAGGAAGAUCUACCUCUGAGUUCAAAACUUUAGAAAAAUCUAAAAAAAAAAUAGACUUUCACAGAUGAAACUCAGAUAAAAGGCUCUUUUUUCCCUCUCUCUCUGCAUGUAUCUGUAACACAUUUCCUCCUGUUCUUUGGACCCUCUCGCUCUCUCAUUCAUCUUUCGAUUUCACUGCAAGGAGGGGGGCGAUUUCAUGAGUGAUGGUACCCAUCAGUGUAGUGCAUGUGUUGUAAAACUGUCAGCCCCUGACAGAUUGACUGACAUGGUCAACCCUUCGAUCACCUCCACAGAGAGGCCAGAGUGAGAGGGAGGAGGACGCAGUGUGAAGCACAUGGACGGAGGGAGGAAGAGGAGGAGGAGGAGGAGUAAGGAGGAGGAGGAGGGGAAACAGGUGCAUUAAGACAGAGCUGCUUUAUCUUCUUUAGCUGUGUGAGCGCUGAUCAAAUCAGACACUAAACUCGAACCAUAAAACAAACAUGCUUGGUUUUAAAAAAGGGAAGAAAAGAAAAGUCUGAUAUAUAGAGAGGGAGUGUUGCCGCGUAAUUCUCGACAGCUGUUGAUUCAAAGGGAAAAACUUUAUUCGGUCCAGAUGGUCUCAGUCAGUGGCAGAAUGAGAGAGCUGACUUCAUUGGCUCCAGCCAUGUGUUUUUCCUCCUGACAGAAAUUAAAACGGUCGUUCGUUUGUCACCGCUCACUACACAGCUUAAAAUGUAGCAAUGAAACGUUCCUUGGCGAUAAUGCACCAUAAUUACUCAAACGCCUGUUCUUUAUCUGCAGCAGAGGGACGACAGAAGGAACAUUUUCCUCAGAAGAGAUUUGAAAAAAAAAAAAAAAAAACUCAGAGAGCUUGCAAAAGACAAAGCGCAGAGUGAAAAGUAUCGAGUCGUUUUGAGCGGGAGUCCUUUUCUUACUUAAUACAUGUGCAAUGUGACCUUUUUUACACCAAACAGAGGAGGAGAGUUUCCUGGUAGCACGGGUAUCUCUGCCGGGGAUCACACGCUGUAGUCAAGUGUUGUAGUCAGUAUCAGGGUGUGACAAAUGUAUUAUUUUAGCUGUUUGAUGUGUAUUGAUCUCCUCUACAGGCUAACAUUAAGGGACCUGGGGAGGGAAGAGAAGAGAGUGGGCGGCUCCGUACCGUCACACACACACACACACACAUCUCACACCUCUCAAAUGAGGUGAAAAACACACCGCUGUGGAGGCGUAGAAAGGUUAACGGUGGCCUCUGACUGCCAGUUAAACAUAAAAUCACUCAUUUAUCGGAAAUAAAAGUAACAGUAUCUCAGCAGAGAUGAAAAGCCGAAACAUGACAGAAGUUGAGUCACGGAGGAAUGAAACUGACACAGAGCAGAAAAUAUGUCCUCACGCUGGUUUUUCAGGUAGCGCUGCACGAGCACAGAGUGGGUCAGGAAGGUAGAGAAAAUAAAGCGAGGACGUGACCUGUGGUUAUUUGAUUCUACAUCAACUCUAAACCCUCUUCCCCCAAACUGAACAUGAUUCACUGCGAGCUAACCGAGCUGCUCGAUGAAUCACAUUAAAAGGGUAUAGUCCACAUUUUUGAUUCUGAGUGGUCUACGCUCACCCACAGUCUGGGGCCACUCAUGAUAAGUGUGAGAGAUUUCUCUGAUAGAUGUCUUUAAGCUCAGUUUCACUUCUGUCUUCCCCCCUUUGAUCAACCUCUCUCAAUCUUUCUCACACAUGAAUUAUUCACCUUUUCUUUAAUGCCUCUGAUCUCUCUGGACACUUUCAGUUGUCUUUUCCUUAUAAAACAGCACAUGUAUUUUAUUCAUUUAAGUUUGAAGAAAGGAAAAACAACCGCUUUUUAAAUCUAUAUAUCAUUAAAAUUGUUGCAACAAAAAUACAUGUGCUAAUUAUUAUAAACCGAACAGUUAUAAUGUCAGUCUAUACGGAGCUGGAACUCAAAGACAAUGAAAUAACUCCUCAUAUUCUGGCUGUCUUAAAAAUGAUGUCCAAUGAGUGGAUUUUUGAAGGAUUUAAUUUAUGUCUCUAAAGAAGCACAUUCCUCUUCACAACAAAUAAAAACAAAAGAAAGUGUAAUGAAAACCUUUUUUGUCACAUAGUUUCUGUCAGCAUAAGUUUCUCUGAAGAGGGUGUUUUUGUCAAAUUUAAUUCAAUACGCCUUUUUAUGGCACUAUAACAAAAAAAAAAAAAAAACCUCUCGGAGUGAUGAAAUGGCAUUUCAGUUUGCAAUGCCAUAAAACAAUCAAAAACAUUUGUCUGGUUGUUUCCAGCUCUACAGCACUUGCACAAAGCCGUUGACUUCACAGUGUGUGGGUCUGCGUGUGCAGAGACGGCUGUGCCACCACAGAUUGUGAAAUAGUGAGCAGUGCCGCUCUCAUUGUGGCUUGGUCUAUAAACACAGGAUCUGAUUGGGUAAUCUUCAUCUUCACUAUGGUCUCUUUAACACUUAAUUUACCUCAGUGAGGUGGAGAGAGCUCUCCAGAGUGACUCUCAAAAUAUACACAGAGAUAAGAGCUGAGCACUUUCAAUAUGAGCAGGGGCGUAUACAUAUAGACCCCUAAAAUCAGUCAAGAAGAAUAGACACUAUCUGGGCUGAAGUACAAGAAGAGUACAUGUGUGUUAUAUUUCACAUUCUUCACUUUUACAUGAAAAAAGUGACUCUAACUUGAAUGAACGGUGACGACCACAGUCAUUGCACAGCUCACAAUGACACAUGACCUCAAAAAUGUGCCUCUUGUGUCUAAAUACAGCCCACCCUGCCUCUCGCUGAAUAAGUAAAUUAAAAGCUGAACAUAUUAUACAUUUUAAUUAUGUCAACAUGCCGUAUAUCUGAGUGUAUUCUGGACUAGAGUGAUAAGAGAGAGAAAAAAAUCUGUGUCAAACAAAGGCAGCCUAAAAUGAAAAGUGAAAAAACACACCCCCAUGUACACUUGUUAAUGAUUCAUCCGGUUGACAUUACACGUAGGCCUUCAGAAACACAGUAACAGGUUUUUAUUCAGAGAAAGGAUCAAUGAAAGGUUGUUUAGUUUCUGUGUACAUCCAAUCAUCUGCUCAGCCAACCUUGUAUGAAACAAGCGGUGUAUUCACACGGCAGAACAAUGAAAGGAAAGCACAUACUCCACUUUUAUUUUGAUAUUUUCUCUUUUUCUUCUCCUCUACAGUCUUUUAAAAGCAAAAAAAGGGGAAAGUAUUCAACUUUCGACACUCGUUUUAAUUUUGCACCGAUUCUGUUGUGCAACUACCUGUUUCUGUGUGUUCAUGUCUUUCUUUCUAUAUGCGCAAUAAGAGAAACAAAUAGUAUAGAGAAACACUAUUUUGAGAAAAACCGCGAGUAUUUGCAUCUCAGGAUGUGUGUCACAUGUGCGGGGCAGUCCCCAGACAGAGACCUUUUUAUCUUAAACUUUCCUUUUUAUGUAAACACAGUAUUAUGUUGAUUUAUUGUUAAGAAAUGUUAAGAGUAACAAAUCUACGACUCUGCUUAAACAAGAAGCAGAAUUAAAGACCUCUCCCUUCUGUCUUUUUUCCAUUUUAACUCGACGUAGUGUUAUCUGCUUUCCUCUUCUGGUAAUAUUGCAUUAGCUUUCCAAUACUCGUGGUGUGUUUUUCCAUCUUUCACAGAUCAAGACUUUGUGGGCUUUUUAGAUGAAAAAUUAUCAAUACAAGAUGAAGCAUCAGCAGAAAAGCUGUGACACAUUGCCAACAUUCCUCUUGUUCCCGGUGCCAGCAUCAAUAAUUCAGCCACCAGCUCAUAACUUUAUUUUCAAUGCAUAAUUGAGGCCAAGCAGUGUUUUCUUUGGCCAUUUAUAUGUUGAGCAAUUUUUAAACAAUAAGAGGAGCGGUCCAUUAAGCUUUUAACAUCUCCUCUUUGUCAGACUUCUCUAGAUGUGGAAAGUAUGGAUGGUGAGGCCUCUUUGAUGAUGUCAAAAGUGUGCGUACGAGUGUGUGUGGUUGGGGAGGGGGAGUCUUUGAAUAACUGAGUGAACACUGUGGUGAGUGAAUGACAAAGUGCAGACUCCACAUUAUAACAAUGUGGUUUGGAAAGGAAGGGGGUCUCGGGGUCGAGAGGUGAGGUUUCUCUACCUGCCUGGGUAAAUGCUGUCACUUUUAUUGCAGUCAUUUUUGAGAUACCUACACUACUUUUAAUUAUAAACCACUCUAUGUGACUUUAAAGGGCCCUUCUCUAUCCAGUGACUCAUUAUAUGACCUGAUUAUGUUUCUCAUUUGUGGUGUAUUACUGCUUAAUAAAUAUUGAUUUACCAUUUUAAUUACAUGUUAAUCUCAAAACACAUAGGUGGACAGGGUUAUGGCCCUCUUAAGUCAAGCUGCAAAUUUCCUGUUUGCAAAUAUUUAUUGAGGAUGGCAUCCUGAGAGGGCCGUAAAAGUGAAAGGCAAUCAUUAAACAGAGAGUAUCUGUCUACAAUAUCUGCACAAGUGUCAAUAUGAGCAACGCAGCUUGACCCAGCUGUUAAUCAAUUACUUCUACUACUUUACAGCUGGAUUUAUCAGAGCAAACCCACAGAAAGAGCAGUAUUUAUGUUCAGGAUUUAUCAAUAUUUCAUUUUUAUCUUAAGAAAGGUUUUCUGGAAUCUGUACUACAAUCUUUAUGUCUAUUUCACACUUAAGAUCUAUUUUUACAAGCUCUUUACCAUCAGGAUGGACUGAUUUAUUUGAACCCAGUGAGACAGUAAGAAACAUAAUUAGAAAAUAAAACUGGAUAUAUAUGAAGUGUUUAGAAAAAAAAGCUUUAACACAGCCAUGUUUAAUGCAGUCCAAAAUCAGCCAAUAAUCAUAAGACUAUCGCAUAAAAACUCUGAAUUGAAGUCUGACAGAAGAUCAUUUUUAGUAGACUGUAUAAAAAGGUUUAAGAUCCUUUGUGAGUCAUAUUGGUUAAAGUGGAAACUGUGCCACAUUUUCUUUUUCGGUGUUCACACUGUGACGACCCUGAGACAGUUACCGCUUCAUCAAGUCUCUCAUCUAAACCUUGAAUUAUUGUGGCCAAAUGAGCAAAAAGUGAAGUCGAUGUAUAAUAGUUGAGUCUAUUUAAGCUUGUUGAUUAGGUCUCAAAAGUCUGGGAAAGGAGACUUUUGCUUUAUACGCCCUGAUCCUGGACUGUAUGGAAAUAUGGUGUCAAUUACGCCAAUGCAGAGUGGACACGUAAAUGUUUGUAUAAAGUUUAUUCAUUACUGAUAGAAUUAAAACUGAAAACUCUAACUUUUUUUAUGAAAUCUAUCUAAAUGUUCACAUAAUUUACAGUAGACCCAUUAGCUCUGGUGAAAAGGGUCUGUAUAAACCUUAAUUUUAAACUGCGGGUCAUUUACUGUAUUUCUUCCUUUUUGUUUUGCUAAAUGAUACGCUUUUUUUGUUUGUUUUUUGUUUUUUCUUUCUGCACAAUAAUGACUAAAUGAGGAAAAGCAGCAGUUUAAAAAUGGUGCAACCACCCCCUGCUAAACAUUGUCAUUAUACUCUUUGUAUCCACUCUUUGAAAAUGGUAAAAUACUUUGUACACUCAGCACACAUUUUAGUGUUGUGCUGCUUUCAAGAUUGGAUUGAAAGCUUGGAAUCUAUCAAAUGAGACCAAACAGAUAAAAAGCCAACAUUUUAGAGCUAGAGGCAGCCAUAGUAUCCACGUAUAGCAGUCAAGAAAUAAUUACACAUUCACAUCACUUCCUGUAGUUACAAACUCCUCAAAUUUCUUGGUAUAGUCAGUAAAAGCACAGUACACAAUAUAAUACAAUAAACUAAUUUAUUCAAGUGUGUUAUUUUUGUUGGGAUGACUAUCUACAGAUUUACAGCAGUCAGUAGUCAGCCGUAAGGUUAUACUACAGCAGUGAACCUCAGGAGUUUAGUAUGCAUCACUCCCCCUCCUCUCUUUCAGUCUCCCUCCCUCUCUUCCUCCCUCCCUUUCUGCUGCUCUUUUUCACUCCGGUUCUAAAUGCCUCCAUCACAAAGAUAUAUUGAAAGUGAGAAUGCAUUAGGAUGAUUGGAAGCUGAAAGAGUAAAGCCUCUUUUUGCAGGGAAAAGCUGUAAAUGAGGAAAAGUAAACAAUAUAAUUUUAAUCUCAUCCGGCCUAAACAAAAUAAACAGUGUGUAAAACAUCAGCUUUAGAUAGGAGUGUGGAGGGUGUGUGUGUGUGUGUGUGUGUGUAUGUGUGUGGGUGGGUGUCUGAGAAUAAUCUGUGCAGUGUGGAGGUUUGCAUGGCUUGUUCCUAACAUCAAGGUUGCUAGUUUAAUUGAGCCUGCACUGGACCCAGGGCUGAGAGAGCAGGCAGAGGAGCAUCGAUAAACUAUGAAAUGGUUCCAAUAUGGUGGAUCGAUGGGGCUUUGUGAGCAGCUCCCCGGGGGCUUUGAUUUCCCUCUCAAACAACAAUCCAGGAUCUCUGCUCUUCAAAGGCUAACUCCAUCUCUGCUGUUAUUGUUGUUGUUGCUUCCCCCUCUUCCAUGUUUGAGUGAUGUCACUGGGGUCGAUUUUAUCCAUGUCCAUAAAGGCUCUCCCACACUUGAAUCACCCGGGAGACGGCUUCUGUUGGUCUGUGCAAUGGUAACAACGACCAAUAAAGGUCAAUCUCCCAUGGUAAUGGCCAAUUGGGUUAGUUCCCAUUAUUGGCCCUCUGAGUAGUGGUCAACAGAUGGAGAGCUGGCAUCACUGACACAAGUUACACUCCAACCUUAAGGAGGCUCAGUUCUGUCUCCCAGCACUAACUCCCCCGUUAGCUUGUGUUGGCCCAUACAUCACUCCGUCAUGUGCGGCUCCUGUAUAAGCAGAGCCGUCGCUCGGCGUAGCGUCACAGGAGCGCUGCCAGGGAGGGCUAACCGUCUAACCAUUUCAGCUAAUUGCCUCAUUAAUGAUUCACCGGUGUUAGGCUGCUCCAGCACUUCGCUGUGGGGAGCAAAUUGUUCUGAUUGGUUUGCCUCUGUCAAUUAUUGAUGAGGCAGUGAGCUGAAGUGCUAACACCUGGCUUUGGAGGUCCAAAUGGCCCUGCAUUCCCAUCACACACUCGGUUAUCACACACCCUGGGACCACAGUCAGUCUUGAGGAGCAGGAGUCUUGACUGUUGCUGUUCUCAGAGUGGAUGUAGCAGACCCCGGGGCGAUGGCUGUAAUCUCAGCUGUGAGGAUAUUAGCUCAUAGAGCACGGCUCACUGCUGUGUAAAAGGUGGACAUAACUGAGACCAUGCAGCUCGCAGUGAUUUACGCUCAGAGUGAUAGAAAAACUGAGGAAAUGAAAAAAAAAGCUACCACGAAUAACAUUGUGCUUGAUGAAGAGUAAGCAUCUCAACCAAAAUACAACUUUUUAAGACUUGAAACUUGUGAUUUAGCCUCUCAGCUAGGGAUAUAUGCAUAAGGAUAAUAUAAUAUUUAACAUUUUUCAUUCUUGCUUUACAAGUACAGAAUUUUAAAUGAUCUUCUGACUUUAAAAAUAUUACUAACAAUGCCAAAAUUUAACAGCCACCCACCUCUACUUGGGCUGUAUGUGCAGUUAAUGUCUGUAGCCCUAAUAACUCUCUACAUCAGGAUGUUAACAGGCACAGAUGACCUCAACUCAACUCAACUUUAUUUGUUAAGCACUUUAAAACAACCACAGCUGUACAAAGUGCUGUACAUAACUAGACAAAACAACAAGAUAAAAACCAAUCAAAAAACAAUUAAAACAAUGGAUAAAAUAAAAGCAGAAUUAAAUGUAUUGUUUCAAUGCUUUUAAAAACUAAUUUAUAAACAUAGAAACAAAUAACUAAAAACAAACCAUAAAACACUAAAACAGGAGCCGAGUCUCAUGGAGUGUUAAAAGCCAAUGAAUAAAAAUGGGUUUUAAGACGACUUUUAAAAAUGGACAGUGUGGGGGCUUCUCUAAUUUGGAGGGGUAGCUCGUUCCAUAAAAUUGGGGCUGCAACAGAAAAAGAUCUAUCCCCUCUGAGCUUCCGUUUGGACCUCGGUACCUGCAGGAGCAGCAGAUCAGCUGACCUGAGGCACCGAGCAGGGGUGUAGGGGUGGAGAAGCUCAGAGAGGUAAGAUGGAGCCAGACCAUUUAAAGAUUUAAAAACAAAUAAAAGAAUCUUAAAAUGAACUCUAAAAUGCACGGGUAACCAGUGGAGGGAGGCCAGGAUGGGAGUAAUGUGCUCCCUCUUACGUACUCCAGUUAAGAGCCGGGCAGCUGCGUUUUGAACUAACUGGAGACGUGAGAGGGAGGACUGGCUGACUCCAAAAUAAAGUGCGUUACAGUAAUCCAGCCGAGAUGUAACAAAGGCAUGGAUUACUGUUUCAAAGUGCUUACGUGAAAGAAAAGGCUUUGCCUUCGCCAGCUGCCUAAUAUGAUAAAAACUGGAUUUCACCACGGAGCUAAUUUGCCUAUCAAAUUUAAAAUCACUGUCCAUCUUAAAACCCAAAUUUGAGACGGUUGGCUUUAAAUAAUCUGCUAAAAUACCCAAGUCUACAGGAGGGGUUUCACAAGGGCCACUGGGACCAAAGACCAUCACUUCUGUUUUUUUUUCAUUGAAAUUUAAGAAAUUCAAAGCCAUCCAGGCUUUGAUGUCUUCAAGACACGCCAGAAGUGGAGUGAGGGAGAAAGCAUUUCUCUUGUUAAGUGGCACAUAUAUCUGACUGUCAUCAGCGUAACAAUGAAAUGAAAUGCCAUGCUUUCUCAAGAUGGAUCCCAGGGGCAGCAAAUAUAAAGAAAAGAGCAGGGGCCCUAAAAUCGACCCUUGUGGAACCCCAUACGGCAGUGGAGCAGAGCUGGACUUUGUAUCUCCAAGACUCACACUCAUUGUUCUGUCUGUUAAAUAUGACUUGAACCACUCUAGUGCAGUACCACGGACACCUAUAAGGUAGCUUAGCCGAGCCACCAGAGUGUUGUGGUCCACUGUGUCGAAGGCUGCUGUUAGGUCUAACAGAACAAGAACAACAUAAUCACCAGAGUCAUUUGCCUGGAGGAUGUCAUUAAAAACUCUUAUUAAAGCAGACUCCGUGCUGUGGCGAGUUUUAAAACCAGACUGGAAGACCUCCAAGACACCAUGCUCAUCCAGAAAGGACUUUAGCUGGACAUGAACAACUUUCUCUAAAAUCUUUGAAAUAAAAGGAAGUUUGGAGAUGGGCCUAAAAUUGGCCAGCACACUGCAAUCAAGGCCUGGUUUUUUGAGUAGAGGCUGCACCACUGCAUGUUUAAAACCUGGCGGAACAACACCAGAGGACAGACUGCUGUUUAUGAUAGCCAGAACAGACUGACCUAUGCAGGGGAAAACCUCUUUAAACAGCCUGGGAGGGACAACAUCACAGGGAGAACCAGCAGAACCUCUUAAUAUGCAGCUGUUUGUUUGUUUGUUUGUUUGUUUGUUGCCAGUAUUUUGAUCUUGAAAAUGGAUGUUAGUUGGCUGUGUCUGAUUUGACUGGCCAACGACCACUAAACUGAGGCUAUAAGCAGCACAAGCAUGUAGACUUAAACUUGGAUGGAGGACUGAAGCCAGGUGGUGCUAGCUUAACCAAUUUUAGACACGAUAGCCAUUAUAUACGUAGACGCCUCCUAACAUGCAGGAGUGUAAUCCAGCGUUGCCACUGUAUAGGAUGGGUCUCCUCACUCCAGGCUCACAUAAGAGCCAAAUGGAGUCAAUGGAGACUGAGCAACUAUGCCCAUAUUUGUGCACUCUAUGGUUGAAAAAAAAAACGAAGCUGUAUUGAAACCAGAUCAUGUAGAAAUACAUUUCACAAGUAAGACUGAAAAAUAGUUUUGGUUGUUUUUACCGUGUGACAGGGUCCGGUAUCAUAGCUACAUCUCUGUCGUUUGUAAUAAACAAAACUGUACGGAAAUUGGGCAGAAAUUCUGAGACUUAAUAUUAAUAUGGUUGGGCAUUCCUAGCUACCUUAAUGCACUGGGGGGCGAAUGGGGGACCUAUCCAAGAUGGCAGCUGCAACGAUAUGAGAGCUCCAAUAGGCAGCAUCAGUCUAUGAGGCAUCUAAGUGUAUUAUGUCUAUGUUAGACACCGCCCUCAAAUCGCUUUAACAUAGUUUGCUCCCAGACCCCGUGAUCCUAUGUUAAGCUGUACUGUAUAAAUGUUGCUAAGUGUUGACUGUUUCCCAAGUGCUUUCUGACCUUUAGAUUGGUUGGUUGGUCAGAAUGUAAAUUUCCGUUUAAACGGGAAAUUAGGAAAUUAGUUGCUUAGUUAUAUCCCCACUCUUAACCCUAUGGGAAAAAGUUUGCAGAGGUCAUAAUUAUUAAAGAAGUAGGGAUGUUUCCUGGUCCAAUUUCAUAUGUUUGUCUUUCUGUAAUCAAAUCAGUCUGCCAGUGAGAGAGGAUGCAAGUUUGAGGUGCUGCAGUAACGAAGCCCAGGGGCUAAACCUCAUGCAUUCUACAUUGAUGAUACCACAAAUAAAAGUUAUAUACAAUGUCUAAAAAAAAAAAUGAACAGCCUGGAUGGAACUUUUUUUGACGCUUUAAAAAAAGCUGCACCUGGCUCUAUCCGUUUUACAGUAUUUCUUUAGAUAUAACACUUGGUGAAAUAUCUUACAGCCAAUAACUAACAACAUCUAUAGACAAAUUGGGUGUAUACUUGAAUAAAUUUUACAGGCAUGACUGGAGCUCUAAUGCUAUGCAAUGUAAUGUCAAUACUUGCUUUGUUUAUGGUGAUUUAUGAUGGGUGCAGGCCUGGCACCUUUACAGUAGGGUCAUGUAAUUGGAUCUCCAGCACACAGUAGCUGAAUUCCACCACACUCUGUAUGUCUAAUGGCCCACCCACAAAGCGCUCCUUCUGGCUACAUGAAUCAUCCCUGCACAGGCUGCAGAGGGGUCUCUCCAAACUUUGUGUGCUGUAGACACACUAACAGACAAAAGAGCGAGUAUUUCCAGAGGAGUAAAGCAUGAAGACGUUAAAUAAAGGGAAGUAGACAUGGAGUAGACUCAUCCACACUGAAUCUGCUCGUCUCUCUCUGGCCUUAAUUGAAGCUGAUUAAAGAGUCACCCCCUGUGCUGACGCCACUGUCACUCUGAAUCUGAGCCAAGUGGGUUUGCCAUGUACACUCACAGGGUGGUCACUCUGCCUUUGUUUUUACACUGGCACCAGUGACAGCAGAAUUCACCCCACCCCCCAAAUACACCGACUGUGACUCACUGUGUGUCACCAUAAAGCCUGGUCUGGGGGUCGUAGUUACAGCUCAUAAUGUGGACUUCACUCAAUGCCUCAUGAAGUGCUCUACAUGUGUGUUUGUGUGUGUGCAUGUAAACACUACACACUAGUGUGUGAGAGGAUUCUGGCCUGAGUCACUCUAAUGAGUUUUCUUCUUUUCUUUUCCAACCCCUCGUUUCUUCUCCUCUCCUCUCCCUCUUCCUUUCUCUUCUGUCAACAGAUAACCCGACAACUGCAGCGAUGACAUCAGAGCGGCCGACCAAUCGCGAGCAGACACCUACAAAGCACAACAUUCAAAAAUGACUUCACAGAACAGAAAGACGAGACCUGCUGAAAUCCCUCAAAAUCCCCACAGCGAAAUUCUUGAAAGCCUCUUACCACUCCUGGUUCCCUCCCUGAUAUUUUACCUCCAGCUUUUUUCUACAAAAUACGAUAAAAGAAGAAAAAAACAGACAGACUCAUGAUCAUGAGAUGGUUGAGACGCUGGAUAAAUACACUGGAAGGACUAUUUUCUCUUUGGUGGGAGGAUCCUUGAUGCAUGCUUCUGUAAAUAGAUCAUAAUAACACCCUAUUCUUAUUCCUUAUAUAGGAAACAUACCAAGUCACUCUCAUCUACUCCAUCAACCGUCAUGCCAGUGUAUCAAUGACUCAUGGUUUAAUAUUUCCUAUAUGAAGUCAGUAAUAUUCUUACCUCCUCAGAAACCAUGUAAUUAUCAUUUCCAGUCUCAUUUCUAUCUAUUUGGAGUGAUUUGGACUGUAGAAAAUUUGUGCUUCCUAUUCUUCUUAUCUCCCUUCCUUACAGCCUAGUCUUCCUCUUAAAUAUCCACAUUAGUACAUGUAAAUAGAGAUGAAUGAAGACGACAGCAUGGAACAGAUUAUAGUGUAUAUUUACCACUCCCUUAGUAGAUCUCAAACCUCAGUAUGUGGAUAUUUUAGACCAACUUUUGAAAAGUUUUAAGAACCUGUUUUCUGAUAGCUACAGACGUAUAGUCCCAGGUAUUUUGACACUUUCCUGUGUAUAUGAAUAGAUAGUCAUUCACUCCAGGUAAUGUGAUUCCUUGACACUCUUACAAGGGUUAUAAGGCAGCAGCUACUUUGGCGUCAUGUAUCAACUCAAGCAGGAAAUAAACCGUCAAAGAGGAACAGCAAAAUGAUCACCCGAGCUUUGAGUCUAGCAAUCAUCCGGUAUUAAUUUUUAUAUUUCUUUUAUAUGUUCUCCCGAUAUGUAUAUUUUUAUUCUUUCCAGUUGCAAUAAUCCCCCUCUCCGUCCCCCUGAGAGGGCUGUAACUGCUGUAGCAAAGCUGCUGUUAACACGAGAGGGCUCUGAUCCUGAGCCCACACCACCUAUUUCAUAGCAAUGUAGACAUGAGGACUCUGGUUUUCAUCCUCUGUGGACUCUGAGGAUAUCCAAAUGGACUGAGAGAUAUCACACCAAGGAAGACCUCAAAGUCUGCACCACCUCUGGUGAAGACAGGAAACCUUUUUUCAAGGACAACAGGGAAAAUGCUACAUUGUUGAAAGCCUCAUCUCCAACACCGUUCAUCCUCUACCUCUCAGCGUGUGCUGUGCAUCAUGUAAAACCAUGACUUACCGGUGACCCCUGCACCCCUCUGUUCCCUAUGGUCCUCUCAGUCCACUCUUGUGCUGCAUGUCUGCAGAGCCUCAUGAGGAGAGAGAGUCGCUCUGCACUGAAUGCUUCUGACGGACGCACGAGGCGAAAGGGAAAACAAACGCUUGUACACUUUGACACACUCAUAGAAGUGCAUGCAGACAGGUGCACAAUCAUACACAGCGCCACUCAGAUAUGUUGCUGUAUAUAUGUACACUAUAUCCACUAUGUAUAGUUUCAGAUGCUGUACUCUGCAUGUUGACUUGUAGAUGGAACGUGACCAAUAUUCAUAGCAGAGGUUUUGCUGGUUUGACUCUGUAAACCAAUGCAAGCUUUUGGUAAGCUCAACAUCUCUGUACUUUCCGAAAACAGAGAGUAACAUACCAGAAAUGGUUGCUACUGCUACUUUUUUUUUUUUUUUUUUUAAAUACAUGCCCUCGUUUGCCAAACAGUCACCCUGAUAGGUUUAAAAUUCUUUGAAGAGGCACAUACAGUAACCUCCUCUUUGAUGUCAGACAGAACCUGGCCAGGGCGAGCGUGGGUAGCUGAAGGAGGGAAGGUGGGGGGGAGGCGAACUGGGGCGCUCCAAUUAAGUGGCAGCACACAAAGUGGCAUGGGGCAUCCUGCCAGCAACUGUCUAUUCAUCCUAUGUCAAAGGGAUUUGCACAUCCCAAUGAGUCUUUGCGCUGCCAGAGAAGUCCAGAGUAGAGAAAAGAAGGAAGGCUCAGAAGGGACAAUGAAAAGAAGCUUGAAUUUGAUUUAAAAAAAAAAGAAAAAAAUCAGGUUGCGCAGCGCUCAUGUAGAGGUUUCCUCCUGGACUGUCCACAUAGAGACUCAUCUGAGCUGCGGCCACUGAGGAGAGUUCAAAAACCCCUCGACCCCAAACUGUUACACCGUCAUGCAGCUCUCUGGUCUGUCACAACCUCACGUCCUAUUUGAGGUUAACACUGUGAUAAUGAGCUCGGCCCUCAGCUCCACCAGAUGUUCGGCCUCGUGGUUAAACACUUGUUACUCUUCUUUACCAGCGAUUCUUUACUGCCUGAAUUCUGCAGCUGCUCUCUUUUAGGCACAUUUGAGAGAUUUGAGAGGAAAAGAUCAAAUAAUUAAAUCAUAAGACAUCCAGUUAGUGUGGCUUUUAUUUUUGUUUAUUCUAACAGAACACAGGCACUGUAGGUUUCUUAAAUUGCAUCUCCUCUUGAGCAGCUGAAUCACAAGUUUAACAUGCUGUCAGAGCAGCCCGAUUCACACAUGAAGGUGUUUACAGUCACCAAUUAAAACAACAUGAAAAUAUGACUUGGCGGUGAUUAGUUAAAGAAGAUUUCAGAAAAAGGAAGGAUGAAGAUGUCACUCAAACGUGCUGUUAGAAACAAGACAGUGAGGGAGGGGGGGCUGAUCUUUCCUGAGCCUCAAGGCUUUCCACUUUCAGAGAAGUCAAACAAAGCUCUGUGUCUGUACAGCUGCACACAGAUUAUGACAGGUUGUUUUCUGUACUUUUCAAUGAGAGGAGAGGCGACAGUUUGUUCUUUAAUCUGGCGGUGACCCUGACCAGGGUCAGUGCGCGUACUUAAACAUCCGUGGAUGUAAAUGUUCAUACACAUAGAGGCACAUCCUUGCUCUUUCUCUCUCUCUCUCUCACACACACACACAGACCUACACACACCAUGCUAAUCUAAACAGCACGGCUGUAUGUAAACAGAUCGUCGACAUAAUGGGAUUGUUCAGUGUGCAAACAAUAAGCUGUUAGCGUAAUCACAGGUCAAAGAUAUAUUACCCAGAGGGCCACGCUGUAGGUAUAUUAACAUGAUGGAUAUGUAGGAGGGAGGAGGGGGGCAGGGAUACGGAGGAUAUAGAGCGCUACUGAUUCAGAUUUACCCCCUAUUGGGCCCUGUCCGCUGCCUUUCUCUGCCCUGCCUCCCUCCUACGGGCCCCGCUUAAUCAGCCUUCCUCAUUCUCUCCUUGCUCCUCUCCCCCAUUCACCCUCCUCUUCUUUAGACACGAGGUCCUUACCUUUCUUCAGCGUUGCUCUGCUCUGAUACCUUCAUUCCUGGCGUCUUUCCUCCCAUUUCCCCCCUUGUUCUUGAUGGAUUUUAAUCUCCUUCAGUGAGGCGCACCAUUCAUCUCUGCGGUCAGUUUGAGUGCAGAAUAAAGCAGCUCCUCAAUCUUCUUUUUGGAUUAAGUAAAGUGGGGUGCAUGUCUGAUGGAAAAACACUAGCAGGACAGAAACAGAAAGAGACAGGAAGAGCAUCAGGUUAGAAAAACACAUCCAGUGAUUAAUAAAACAGCUGUUGGUUGAUAGCUCUGUAAUCUACACUGACGCCUGUUCAUCUCUACCUGAACAUGUGUGUUUUAGUGAGUGCCAUGUUAGUCUAGAUAAAUCCUGUACCUUACCCCAUUUCACAUCCAGCUUAUUAACUUAUCUGUUUUAUUUGAUUACCAUCUCGCCCAUUCUUUCAACUGGUUAAUAAGUCUACAUCCACCAGGCUAAACACUCCAUUAGUGUCAUCACUGGCUGGCAUGUGUGCAAGUGUAUGUGUGUGUGAGUGGACCACUGAAGCAGAUACACAUUGGGGGCAGGCAGAGUAAACACCGGGGCAGAGCAGCGGAGAGAAAAACAACCUGUGUGACAGACAAGGGGUACAAAGGUGGCCGCUCUGAUAAUGACGCUAAUACUUCAGAUCCUCUGUCUCAUGGAUGGUUGGUUCGAGGUGUUUGAGGUUCUUGUACAGACGGCCUUAUUAAAAUAUCAAAUAGUGUGGCUGUCACAGUGUUGAAGAUAGCCUUCUUGUUCAAAAAUGAAGUAUGUGUUGCUAGAAAUAAGCAACUAGUUCGACCAUGUAAUCAAUUGUAGGGGAAGUAGUGGCUCUCCUUGCUACCUGCCACCCCAUCAUAGAGAGGAAGAUGAAGCCACAGCAGCAGAAAACUCAGUAACCAGCUCGUUCAUUAGCUUUUGCCACAGUGUGAGUCUACUACUGCAGCUCAAAUCACGUCAAAGGAGAGGACAGACACAAGUUAAGCACUUUACCAGCACCCAAAUAAGCUUCCACGCCAGUUUGAUGCUUUUUUUAAACACAAUCACAAAUGGCCUAUUGCAAAGUAGUACAUCAACUGCAUUGACUACUAAAAUUAAGGAUUGAUGCCACUCUACCCUUGUCUUGCCUUUCCUAAAUUUGACCGACAGCUUUGUUUUAUUUCCCAGUUCUCCAUGAAAAUCACAAGAACAUCAUUUCCUUAUUGUUUUGGUCAGAAUAAACAUGAGGAGAAAUUCUGAAAUCAUGACAGCUCCACAAAAUAAUAUGAGUAUCAACAUUUCAAACUGUGCCUGCAAGCAGAGGCGUUAAAUUGGGGGGAGUAUGCAGGGCCUGUAUACCAGAGGGGCCCACAAAGAUAAAAUGAUGCAGACGGGGGCCUUAAAGUCUACCUUUGUAAAGAGCCUAUAAAACCCUAUAAAAAGCUAUUUUCUCUGCAAAGAUGUAAAGUUAGUGUCAAGUAGGUGAAUGAUUUGGUUGGUCUAAAAACUACUCUAGAUAUCCUUCACAUUUUACAUUACAAGGUGGAAGGAGCUGCUUGGAUGCCUCGGUUUCUUCUAGUUUUAUUUUUCAAACAGUGAGAUGUAAGGCUUCAUCACAAUUACAAAAAGGGACGGGGAGAUGACAUGCAGCAAGGGGUCAUGGCUGGGAGUCAAACCUCUGACUGCUGGGUCACAGCCUUGGAGGUAUGAGGCACCAGCUUAGAUUACCAGGCCAACUGGUGUCCCAAGAAAAUAUCAGCCAUUUAAAAAUAAAACAGUGUUUAUAAAUAUUUUAAGGAGAGGUUAAACAUGACUCCUAGUGUGCACUGUCUUAAAGGAAAGGGGGAAUAAAAUUAGCAAAGUGCAGAGCCAAGAGGACAAACAUUAAAGUAUAUAGAAAGGUAGAAACACAAUCUGCGGCUCUAGUGGUGGAUCAAUUUAGGAUGGAUACCUAAGCUCUAGUGGCAUGAUCUCAUUCCCAUGAUACUUUUUUAGGUCACUGUCUCUCUGAUUUGCACCUCUAACUUUUAACAGCGUUCAAGGUGAUUCCCGCUCUUUGAGCUUCUGCCAUGCUACCUAAAAGACAAAGCAUGGCUUCUUACAGACAAAGAUGAAUCAAAGUCUCAUCAAAGUUUGGUGAGACUUGUGUGCGCCUACUCUGAGUGAUAAUGUUGUCAUGAUGAAAAUUAAAAUGGGAAAACGUAUGAGAAAGAAAGGAAAAAAAAGGCAUAAACCAGCAGCUCCUUUCACAUACACACAACACUGCUUUCCCCCUCUCGCUCAUGCCUGCACAUGAACACAAACGCUGUUCCUGUGUCUGGUGGGGUGUCACGAUUAACAGUGACCUCAAGCCAGACAUGGUCGGGGUUGUGGGAGUAGGGUCAAAGGUGAAGGGAUUACAGUGAGGCAGUCCAUGUCAACUGCUCGGCUCUAAUCCUGACCCCAGACUAUUACAAAAUGAGCAUCGUCACAUUACUCACAGAAUUACUGACUUGUUCAGGAAUUCUGACUGACAAAGAACUCGUGAAAGGCUCAGAUGUAGCAUAAACAGUGCGACACCAUGGAUCUGAACGCAGAGAUGAGAGGAUUCGGCCUGCUCUAACAGCCAGACAGCAGCAAAGACAGAUCAGACCUCCUUAUGUCACACAGCUAAUGACAGGGCUGAAUAAUGGACCCUUAAAGCCCUUACUCCCACCUCAUUUUACCCCACACAUAAGCUUGAGCUCUGUUAGCCGCCCGCCCCUCACUGAGAUGAGAUGGGCUCCCAAGAAGAUUUGGGGGGUCGGAGUGAAUCGGAUUAUCCAAUAUGCCUCAAUUCGAGUAAAUGCUCUGAGUUGACCUGGAUGUAAUACCACUGAUAAAUGCUGUAUACCAAAUCUUUAGCUGCUGAUUAGCUAACGGAGGAAAACAUCCUUUUAGCGACAAUUAGCUGCAGGGAAAUGGCCAAAUUCUUCAAGUUACUGUUGUAUUGAAAUGCAUCAAAACACAAACAGGCUGAGUUUGUCAUAGGCAGUAGGGACUUGAGACAAACACCCAAGUUGCCACUAUAGAAAUAAAUAAACAGUGAAGUAAUAAAUCGCCAGAAGCUGUGGACAGGUGGCAUUUCAGCCUGCGCCGUUUAGCUGUGCAGUCUGCUUUCUGACAGCUUGAUUUAGACUCUUGCACCUGAGCCAGAAGAGAGAGAAAAUUAACUGCAGGAAAAACAGCUUAACUGGAUUCCAAUUUGCCUGCUUUGAAACACAAUUGAUGAAGCUAAUGGAUAGGAAAAACACAGGACUGACUGUUUUUUUAAGCUUAUUGUCAUCAUGCAAAGACUGUCAUUCAGGGUCAGGUGAACAGGGGGGGAGUUGUUUGGACACCCCCUCACUCUGUCGUCUGAACGCAGCGUUGUUUUUCUGAGACUCUGUCUUUAGGGUGUAGAAUAAAGAUUAAAGUGGCUCAAGGGGAGAUGCUAGGAUACAUGCUGUUCUUCCUGCUGUGAACAGGGUGUAAUCCUUCAGUUUUUUUUGAGAAGUGAAAAGUUUGGAAAGCCCAGAAAGUUACACAUACAUCCCUUCUGGCCCCCCUACAGAGCAGCGAGUGUGACACAGCAGGAGAUAACCAUAUGCUAUCAAAGUGUUCUUCAAAGCUCCCGUCUUUGGUCCACAAAAUUAUACAGUAUCAUCACAUAUACCUGACAACACAGAAGAAACAUAAUUAUGCAGCUCAAUGCACUAACAGGAGAGGAAAACAAUGGAUACCUUAAAAGUAUGUUGUAAGAAAUGUGCUGCCUUUCAACAAUGUGAAUGGGGCUGUUUUGAGUUUCUCGUCUGCACCGACUUUUUAAACUUUUUCCUAAAAAGUAUCCAUGUCCCAAUAAUGUGGGUCAGCUCAUAAUAUUGUAUUUACAUGCUUUUAUGAUACUGCUGCUGCCGGACAAUUAAAAAUUUAUGAUUCCUAUCACAAUGAGCCCCUGCUCUGCUACCAAAGGUUAAUUUGUGCUUGCCUCUCAUUUCAAUUGUACCGCAGUAAAUGUCCACAUUAUUUCCCACAUGGGCCAGGACCAGGGCUUUGAUUAUCCAAAGGUAGCCCUUGGUUGGCUCUGUUAUUGUCAGAGGGGUCGUAAGCUGCAGUAACAGCUUCUGGGGUCUUAUUGCUAUGGCGAUCAGCCCCCUGCCACUUGGCCUUCAUGACCCCAGUCAAAGAUAAGGUUUAUGGGAAAGCACAUUAACAUGCUCCUGCAGUCACCUCGCUCCUUUAUCAAAGGCAGUUCUGUGAAAUCAAGUGUUUAUGGACCCCCGGUGAGGACACAGGGCUGCUGAUUGCCUUUAUUAGAGGUUGAGUGUAAUUGAGCUGGAGGUGGACACAGGACCUGGAGUAGUGGGCAAGAACUGAUGGUGUUGUACUGAUGUUAUUCUCUCUAAAUGAGCAAUAUCUUUAAUGGCUGCAACGCCCCAUGAGCCUGUUACUGCCCCCUGGAUUACAAAUAUUGUCUGCAGUCUAAAUACCUAUACCCACGUCUUCCAGUCCUUCUAGUAAUAUGAUGAUUAUUUUAGACUUUAAAAAAUUCCAGUAAGUUCUAAGAAGGCUCCUUUUUCCAUUGAUUUUAUUAUCAAAAACAAUAUAAGAUUCAUCAAUAAAUUAUAUAUUUACUUUGCGUACUGUUGCAGCUCAUUUUCUAACCCAGGACACCCAUAAUACCAGAAAAGUGGAUUAAAUAUUUCAUCUAAUUUCAUUUUUUUAAAGCUCUACUACGUUCUGCAGAAUUUCACUCUACAGUAUUGUCCUUUGGGUUACGCCAAUCCUAAUAAUUAAAUUGGUUGAUAGUUGGUUUUUUUUUAUUUACUUAUUUUUUAUGUUCUUGCACAUGUGUUACAUUGAUAUGGGCCCUAUUCUGUGGCUGCAAUCAACAGUACAAUAAAAGACAAAAAUAAAUCCAGAGGUGUCAGUGGUGUGCGCCUGCUUACAGCCUGAUCACUGCUGAAAGAUCCUCUCAGUAUGUCUGCAAUGAUGGAUGGUGAUAGCCCUGUGUCUUUGUACACAUCAGGGGGGCCCUACUGUUGUCACUGGACAGAUAGUAGGGAGUGAGAAAGAGAGAGAUGUAGCUGCAGCUUAAUGUCCUUCUCCGGUGCUGUGCAUGCUCUUUCCUAUUUGCUUUUCCCUUCACGGCACGGUUAACAUCGUAAAUUAACCUUUCUUAGCCCCCUGUGCUCAGAGACUGCUGCGCAAUACAGACAAAAAAGGGGGAAAAUAGAUCUAUGUUAUGCAAUGCAGUAGCCCUGGUCAGAGAUGUAGCUUGUUACAGAAUCGAGUGCUUCCCUUUUUUGAGUGUACAGGAAUAAAACAACACACUUUGUUCAGUCAAGCAAACAUUCUAUUUUAUGUGCAUGUCCUGUGUACUCUGCAAAUCGGUAUGAGGCUGCUUUUUGUUCUCCAUCCUAGAAAUGUAAAUGAACCACAUGAAAGAAAACGUAUUGUAGAUCCUCCUCCUCUUCUUAGUUCAAUUCUGUAAAUAGGAUGUAAAUACCAAACAGCUAUGCAUGCUAAUAUACAAGCAAUUUGUUCAGGUACUUUUGUAAUCCAGACUUCUCAUAUGGCAUGUAACGAAGAAAAAAAAAAGAAAAAUCAAACAUGGAAAAAUGUAAUAAAUUGUGAACACAGAUAUGGUUUGUAAACAACUUCAAACAGGAGAAUAUAUGUCUUUGCUGUUAAUGUUUUCUUACUGAUAACUAAUGCAUCGGCCUGCCAUUUACUACAGUGCUCUGCUCAUGUUACCUGUUAUCUUUUUUAUGUUUUAUAAGGUAGGGCUGAGGCAAAACGGACCAUAAAUCUCUGGUUUGUGGAAUUGUUUGGGGAGGGAAAUAGAAAAGGGAAGAAUGACAGUCUCUCUUUGUAUUUUUGUCUCAUUUUCACUGCACGAGAACAUGCAUUCACGUAAUAAUAAAUUACAUAUCCUUAGUGUCUAACACAGCCGAUAAAAUGCCAUGGCAACAACUGUAGCUUAAAAGCAGUAGAAACUGGGCUGCCAUUUGAGUUUCCACACCAAAAAGACAGACCACCAGCUUUAAAGUGUGCUUUUAUUCUGAAAAGGCAUACUAUGUAUUUCCAGUUAACCAAUGCAACAACAUUUAGCAAUCUGAGAAGCUGGUUCGACUCAUUCCAAAUUUUCCAAAUCAUGACUUGCAAGGGGGAGAGAUUUUAAAAUUGUCAGUUUUUACUUACACUAUACCUGCUAACAAAUAAAGAUUGUCUAUAUGCCAAAUUUGCCUCUGCCCUAGCAACUCUAAUGUGACAUUUGAUGAAAAAGCAACAGGAGGAAGCAGGGGGAAAUCUUUUUGGUUUCUAAGAGUGUUUAUUUUCAACCAUGUUAGAACCAUGUUCAAUCCCAAGGCGCUCAUGGUAGAUGGAAGUGUCUAAUUUUUAACCUGUGCUAAAGAUAUUUUAAAUUUAAUAAAUAAUUAUUGUAACAAGAAA